AUGAAACCAAUAAAGAAAAGUACAGGCUCUACACACAGCAAGGCCUCAAACUCCACUCGUGGUAAGAAACCAAAAAGAAAAGUUGAGGAAGGACGGCAGGAGGAAGAAGAGGAGCAGGAAGGAGAAGAGUCUCCAGAACAAGCAGAGGAGUUCGAGGGAGGCUCAGGUCAACCCUUGGCAUUGGUAGCAAGGCAGAUGCAGGUAAAAAUUGACCUUUCUACCAGAGAAAUGGCCGACACCAGAGUGCAGGAUCAGGAAAUGCCUGCGCAGAGUAGAGAGCAGGAGAUAGAUGAUGAAACACAGUCUGUAAAAGCUCAACCUUGCUUGGAGGCCUCCAGUGAUGAUCAGUUGAGCGGCAAAGCAGGAUUUGAUCCAGCUCGAUGGGAGAUGCCUUUAAGCAGGAAAACUGCCACUUUCAAGUCUAGGGCCCCUAAAAAGAAAUAUGUUGAAGGCCAUGGGGCUCAGGAGGGACAAGAGGACUCCUCUAGUAGCAGUGAAGGACCUUCUGCUCUGCAGGAGUGUAGCACAGAGAAGCCUGUGACUCCAGCUCUUGUUUCAGAAGAUAUGUGCCCUUCUGUACGUUCUUCAUCCACAGAUACAGCUAGUGAGCAUUCUGCAGAUCUAGAAGAGGAAGCAGAGAAAGCAAAUGUGGAAAUAGAGCCUCCGAGUAGCUCAUGGACUGAAUUUGACCUUCGUCAUCUGCAAGCCAAGAGGGUUCUGGUCAGAAAAGGGGAUGCUUUCCAAGUUUGUCAAGUGAAGCAGGUGUGCAAUAAUCAGGAAGUAGCAGUGCAGAUCCCCGGGGAGCAAGCCGUUACAUUCCUGGAUAUCACACAAGGGCCGGUUCCAGAUCAGAUCCCUGAACCAAAUGAAGUGAAGGAGGGUACAGCAGUGUGUGCGUGCAUGGGCCCUGAAGACACAAUGUUUCGGGAGGGCACUGUAGUGGAAAUUAUUCCAAAACCAUUGUCAUAUAAGGUUUGUUUCCAGCAGAACCCUGGUCGAAGGGAACGUGAUUAUGCUUGGGUUCCACAUGCUAACAUUAGACUUCUGCGCUCUCCAUGGUGCAAAGAGCCAAUGCUUAUUGUUCCUAGAGCUGCUGAGGAAAAGCAGCAGCAGGUAAUGGGAAGGUUUUCAACGUCUCUGCCCAUGUCCCAGGGACCCGGGGGACCUUUAGAGAUUCCUGGAUCCCCACGUAAUUCAGACCAGAAGCAUUUGGAAGAUGCAGAAGUAUCUAGGUUUAGCAUGCCUGUAAGUGAAGAGAAAGUGACUACUGUGCAGCAUCAGAUCCUUUCUCCACCUAAGUCCCCUGCUUAUGGCAUGAUCUUGGGCCGCCUGCCUGAGCAGCCAUCACCCCUGCUCAGCCCAGAUGCAGGAAGCCGGAGCAGUUGUAGUAGUGUGUCCCUAGAUAAGUGCAGUACUCCGGGUUCUCGUUCCCGUACCCCUCUGACAGCUGCUCAGCAGAAGUACAAGAAAGGCGAUGUAGUUUGCACCCCAAAUGGGAUCCGCAAGAAAUUCAAUGGCAAGCAAUGGAGAAGACUGUGCUCUCGUGAUGGCUGCAUGAAAGAGUCUCAACGUCGAGGCUACUGUUCUCGACACUUGUCAAUGCGCACCAAGGAGAUGGAGAGCAUGUCAGAUGGUAGAGGAGGGCGGGAAGGAAGUGCUGAGUUUGAGUGGGAUGACACAUCAAGAGAUAGUGAGGUCAGCAGCAUACGCACUGACUCUCGACCACGUCUCGUUGCCCCCACAGAUCUCUCACGCUUUGACUUUGAUGAGUGUGAAGCUGCCAAUAUGUUGGUAUCUCUCGGCAGCUCAAGAUCUGGAACCCCAUCCUUCUCACCUGUUUCCAAUCAGUCUCCAUUCUCCCCAACGCCAUCUCCUUCACCAUCCCCUCUGUUUGGUUUUCGGCCAGCUAACUUCAGCCCCAUCAAUGCUUCCCCAGUUAUACAGCGUGCAGCACGUAGCCGGCAUGUCAGUGCAAGCACCCCUAAAGGAGGACCAGCGUUGACUCCGGAGAUGUCUUAUCACUCCCAUCACAGGGAGAGACAGCCAGCUGGUAUCUUACCAUCGUUCCAGACAAACCUUACCUUCACUGUGCCCAUGAGCCCUAGCAAGAGGAAGCCAGAUUCUCACCAUGGCAGCGUCAGCUCUGCUCCUGACUUUCAGAAGAGCGACAGCAUGGACUCUGGAGUAGACUCAGUGUCUCAUACUCCAACCCCCUCCACCCCAGCUGGUUACCGCUCUGUUUCCCCUGCUCAACUCUUCUCCCGUUCUCAACAGGCCUCGCCAUCUAUGCUGUUGUCCCCUCCUGCAGGUUUGACUUCAGACCCUGGUCCUUCUGUUCGAAGGGUGCCAGCGGUACAGAGAGACUCUCCUGUCAUUGUUCGCAACCCUGAUGUUCCCCUUCCCUCGAAAUUUGUAGAAAAGCCCCAAGAUAGUGGAUCUCGUAGUAUAGGUGUACCUGGGGCAGGUGGAGGUAGCCCUAGGCGAAUGGUUAAAGUUUGCACUAAGGAUCAUCCUUCCAAAACUCAACUACAGAUUCCAGUGCCUAUCAAUGCUACACAAAUACAAAACGUGGCACGAACUAUGCCUUCUGGGCAGCCAGGCACAGGAGAGUUGGCCACGUGUACGUCAUCUGGGCCAACAGACCACCCUCCAGCCGUGUUCAGCAUCUCCUCACCAUUCCAGCCUGUUGCCUUCCAUCCUUCACCUGCAGCCCUGCUCCCAGUUAUUGUUCCCAGUGAUUAUACCAGCCAUCCUGCACCCAAGAAGGAGAUAAUUAUGGGUCGACCUGGCACAGGUAAGCGUCGCCUCACAAUUUUUCUAAUUUUCAGAAGUUGUUAGGUGGCUACCAUGCUUCAAAUACUACAGUGUGUAGUGUGUCUUGCAACAAGACCAGACUCAUCCUAAAAUCUGGGGAGUGUCGUUCCCCUGUAAGAUUUUAAGGCUUUUGUUUUCUUGGUGGGUCCUGUGCACUCCUUUUGGAGAUCACUAAUCCAAUCCACACCUAACAGAGGUUGUUUGGAAAACCAACUCCCAGCCUCUCAUUUCCUUGUGUAAUUUGGUUUGAUUGCAGCAACUGCUGGCAGAGCAUCAUGGGAGUUGUACUCUAAAGCAUCUGUGAGGGUUCAUAUUGUUUUUUUUCUUGCAGUGGAUUUCCUUUGGUGCUGAAGCUGUUGUGGACCCAUCAGGUGGCUCAAUAUCAAGGGUAGCAUAGUCCACAACCACUGCAUUGCCUAAGCUCAACCAUCACUGCUUACUACAAAUCUUUUCGGUAAUACUUGGUAUAAAUAUGCCAUACAGCAUACUAAGCUCUGCACAUUUCCCUUGUGUGUCAGCAGCUGCUAUCUCCCGAGAUCUGCUCAAUUUGUGUUCCAUGCACGUCUCCGAGCCAGUCAAUGGGAAAAAAAACAAACCAACUUUUAUCUUAAAGUGCAAAUUUACUUUUAUUUUCACAUUUCCAAGGACAUUGAAACAAAUGUUUCUCUAAAAGUAAAAAGCUAUAGUUUAAAGCAUUUAAUGUAAAUGUGGGGGAAUAAUCCGGUACCUUUCCAGCUGUAGAACUACAUAUCCCACGAUCCUUCACUACUCUUUGGCUUACCAUCUGGUGAGAUUCCUGUUGACUCCCCUGGGUCAUGUAGAUUUUGUUUUUAAGAUGUCUUGUUCUCUGUUAUAAACCUAAACAUUAUUUACUCUGUGCAAUAUAUGCUUGUGACAAUACUAAACCUCUAUCAAGCCAUUUAUAUUUUAUAUAAUCCAACCUUCCAUUUAUUAUAGGUACCUGUGUACAUUUACAAACAAAUAGCUAUAUAAAUAAUAAUAAUAACAUGCUUCAGUUGCCAAGGGUAUAUCCAUAGUUGAUUAAGGAAUAUUUAUUAAAACAUACAUAAAAAGAGAAUAAUUUCACGGACUAUAUUGAUAUUGUUUUUUAAAAAAAAAUAAAAAUUUCCCCCAACCCUGAUGUAUACAUCAUAUCCCUCAAUAAGUCACGAUCUUACAGGUAAUCUUUUUCUAUAGAGCUGUCCUUGCUUAGAUACAUGUUAAUGUAUGUUCUAGAUCAGGGACAGUCCACCUUUGGCUCUCCAGGUAUGGUGGACUACGUCUCCCAUAACGCUCUUAAAGCCAUUAUAUUGUCAAAGCAUCGAGAGAGAUGUAGCCCACCACACCUGGAGUGCCGAAGGUUGCCUACCUGUGUUGUAGAUGAUCUGCAUGUUUGCGAAACAGCAUCAGUUUGCUGCACUGCGCAGAGUGUUUGUGUUUGCCACAGGGUGCAGUUCUGUUUCCAUAGGUUUAUACAACAAAACCGAAGGUGUUUUUCUUUCGAUGCAGUGCAGCCUUUUUUGUGAGCGUGAUAGUGCAAGAACAGGGCAAAGUCAGUUGUCUAAUGAUUUCAUGGAGCACUGCAUCUCCUGAUAAUGGGAGUGGCAGUCCAACAGCUGCUACUCUUCCAUUACUUAUUGUACCUGGCUAUGCAUGUCACUUCUAAUUGUAAACCCAUUACCCACGUUUGGUCCUACCCUAUGGCGUUAACGAGUUUGUGGUUUAAAUGUAUCCCAUAUGCUACUGCACUUUCAACGUGGAAAGAUUUCCCUCUGGUCCUUUUUUAAUUCUUUUAGUUAUGUCGUCUCCUCCUCCUUCUUCCUGUGUCAUAUCUGUUCUCCCCACCUUCCCACCACUCAUGUCCUGUCUGCUCUCCAUUCCUGUUGCAUCCUGUCUGCUCUUUCUGUUUUCUAUGUCUAAUGUCAACAUUGUUUUCUAACCCAUGAGUCAAAAAUUUUACAUGCAUGCUCUGUCUGAUUUUCUGGUGAUCUGCUCCAUCUUGCCCAUUCCCAUUUUAGAGAACCUGUUUGACGUAUCAUGUUCUUCUUGCGAUAUCUAGGUUAUCACCCCACUUUCCCUGCCAACUGGUUCCCUUGGCUAUGCCCAGCUGUCUGCCUCUCUCCCAUCCCAGUUCCUAGUUGGAUUCUGUGCCCAUCCAGUGAUCACCCCUUCCCUGAGCCCAUUCAGCUUUUAAUUUCUCCUACGUUUCUGUGCCCAGAUGGAUGUCUCACUUUACAUCCCUUGCCCCUUUAAGUGCCCACUCCACUUGCUAAGAUAUUCUAGUUGCUAUUCUUUCUUCACAGCAGCUCCCACACUUGCAGAUAAUCUGUACUUUCUCAUCCUCUCUGCUGACUUCUCAUAUCCCACCAGGUUUCCUAUUCUUCUGACUCUCUUCUCUUCCCUUGACCCUAAGGUGUAAAUGUGAUAGCAGUGUGUCUGUAUGUGUGACUUAAACUUGGCAGCUCCUCUGGUUUUAGAGGAGGUGUCACACGAGGCACAAUAUAUUCUUACUUAUGCCUGGAUCCCUGUUUCUUCUAUCCUGUACACCCUUCACAAGUUUGAGUUCACUGAUUAUAGAAGCUUUUUAUUUAUUUAUAUAUAUAUAUAUAUAUAUAUAUAUAUAUAUAUAUAUAUAUAUAUAUAUAUAUAUAUAUAUAUUAUACACAGUUUUUUUUUGUUUUUUUUUAAGUAAAGCAUUUUAGAAAGUUUAUCCAGAAAUAUUAAAUAUUUUGAUAAGCUCACACCAAAAUAUUAAACAUGGGCCUAUGUUAAAAAUGAAGUGAAAUUCCAAUGAAGUCUUAAGUUUUUCAUAAAUAUUCGAUCCAUAAAAGGUUAACCUAACCGCCAAGACCACUCCUGCUUUUAGAAAAGGUCAUGGUGUAUGGAGUCUGUGUGUAUUGUCUUUGCUUAAAAAGCUGCACAUACUGAGAUAUUGGCACUUUUGUGCCAGGGGCUAGUUACACCCAUGGCACAUGUGAUGUGGGUAGCCCAGAACCCUGUGCCAGGCUAAUAAAUUUCAAUUCUAUGCACAAUUUAUGUCUGUGGUCAGCACGGGAUAGCUUACUUUUCCCUUCCUUCGUGUUAAAUUCCAAGUAACUUUAACCCUUUAGAGGGGGGGCUAUUAAAUAAUGCCCAUUAGGACAUUAUAUAAUAUAAUAGGAUAUCAGAAAAGGGGUCACAGUAACCCUUUAAUAAACACUAAAAAGAGAAAAUGUUACUUGAAUUGUUUGGCCUAGGGGUGACAAAUAUGUAAAUCUGUCAGUGUGGGCUCAAUAAUGAUUAUUUCUGAGGUCUGUACAAAUACAUUAUUACAAACUCUUGUGUGCUUAAAGAUACAACUCUGGAAAACUGUAGAACUGCUGGAUUCCAAAAAAACUAGGGAGACUCCUUAAAGCCUUCAUGUGCCACACGGCAUUGGUUCAUUGAAAAUUUACUUGAGACCUACAUCUGGGCUUUGUCGGGCAGCCAGGUUAUGGUAAAACCUUUCAAUAAUACUGGAAGUGGUCAAAAAACACCUGUAUACCAAGUUAUAGCUUACCGACACUUCCAGUCGGUAUGAGUACAAAUGGUCUUAUCAUUUGUUCUUCCGCACUGGCUCCAUUGUUCGAGGAGAACUUCUCUGGGUUCUUGUGAAAUAUAUUAUCCUGUACACUGUUCAGUGGUAUGUUACAAAGUAACUGCCUGAGUGGGAUUGCUUUACUCUGGCCUUGUACUUUCUAUUGCAACAGCUGCCAUAAAGAAGGAAGGUAUCUGGUGAGAUUUUAAUUAAAUUUUUUGUGAUAUGCAUAAUGUGCUUUUCCAUUUACAAUCGGUGACAUUUGAUUUCUUCAGCAUGGUUGCAUUGUGAAUAUACUGCAGUUUGACUCGAACUUUCUUCAGCUCGCUUAUAGACAACUAGAUUUUAUAAGACCAUUCUGGCGCCAGUGUUAAGGUAAGGUGAAGGUCCCACAUAACCUACUCCUCCUCCUCAUCACAUACUGGUUUUCCAAUCUUACAGUAGAAGGUGGACAUGGAGCGCUUUACUUUCUCAAUGCCACCUCUCUGUUGGGACGCUGAGACUUUUGUAAUAUAAAUCAUUCUCUUCACUUUUAAAAAAAAAAAACAAACAAACAUUUAUUUGAACCAUUUAAUAAAUUUCCAGUAUGGAAUCAGAUGUUGGGAAACCUCCCAGCAAGUAGUAAUUGGGAGAUUGUAACGGACCGUUUUGCCCACAAGAGGUUAAAAACCGUUUAGGUGAUAUUUCCCUUUUCAGAUGCACAGGCAGCUACUGCAAUCACCAAUCUCCCGAACUGCAAACACACAAAUUCACCAAUCUCCCAAACUGCAAGAAAACUCCAACUCACGAACAGGAAACACAAGAAUGCUGUAAACAGCCGAACAGGAAAAACCAUACGAACAGUUUACACUCCUGGCAGUCGCACUGUAACAGCAUACAAUCCAAUUCCCCCCCCAAGAACGAGACGACACUUCGUUUGAGGAUCAAGCAGAACUGAUUUACUGGGGCUACCUGCCUGGCUUUUAUGCAGGUCUCCCACCUGGUGGACACUCCCCUAGGGGACCAGAUGGGAAACUGGGAAACUUAUUGGACAUUGACCAAUCACAAGCUUACAAUCCCACAAUGCAUCACAAUCCCUCCUCUCUGUCCAGGAGAUAAUUGGGAAGGACAGAGGCAAAACUCCAUUAGCCACAUGGCAUACAAAGGACAAUAAAAGACAUAAAAUUACAUACUGUUACAUUUAUCACAUAGAACAUACACAUUCUACAUAUCCCCAGAUAGCUUAGAUCUGAGCGCACAUUAUUACCGGAUGGCGCUCAGAUAACAUACAUACAGUUCAAUCGCCAUGGAGCCAAAGUCUUUCCCAUAGUCUUUCGGUAUACGAAUGGGCUCCAUGGCUUCGCUAUCUGGGCUAACACUGCUCACAUAGGGAAAAUAAAAGGUUUUUAUUGCAGGGCCAUAGUCCAGCAGCAAGAGGUGGGCAGCCAGGCUCCUCCAGUGGCGAGGUUGGUUCCGCCACAGAGAUGGUUUUGAAAAGAGUCCAACAUAAAGAGAUCGGUUUACCAUAGAGAAGGCAUAAAGAGACUUCCAAUUCAAAAAGGAAAUUGCUCCAAAGUAAUUUGGUUGCAUUAAUGUGCGGUUGUGUGUGUACACUUUUACUCGCUUUCCGUUAUUUCAAUGAGAAAAGAAUGUUUUCAUGUACAUAUAUUGCACAGUAUGACUGGAUACUGUGCAGAGCAGAAUCCACAAGUCUAAGAUUAGCACCAGGACAUACAAAACCCAGACUGCCUGAGAUUGAUGGGAGUCAUUUUUGGGUAGGAGCAGCUGCACCUAUUUAUUGUACUCGGUGCAUCCCUUUCCGUAGCUCCUUGUAAGAUUGUCUUUCUCCAGCAAUAAUUCUACUAUGUCAUAAAGGAAUGAGACUAAAUAAUGUCAGUUGCAAAAAGUGACUUCUGUUUGGGAAGGAGACCCAUAUGAAUCUAGUGCAGCCUGGAGCAUGUUUCAUUGAACCAAAUAUCUGUUCAAUUCUAGUAUUAAAUCGCAGGGUGCAAUCUGCGGGAUUCUAGCUGUCAAAAUUCCAAAACAACAUUAAAGACCUCAAAAAAUCCUUUUGUACUUUUUAGAAGAUAAAUAAUAUUAAGCUGUAUAUUGGCAAAGUAUGCCAUAUUAGGGUUCUGGUGGGAACCUGGUGUGCAUACCACUUUAAAAAAAAAAAAGUCUUGGAGGGUUUGAAAAUGUUGAUGCAGUUCCAAGAUGGCCGCAUCCCUGAUGAGAAAGAGAUCAACUUGUUGUUCUUCUUUGUAAACGGAUUUAUAUAAAGUAAGAAAAGUAGGAUACAGUGCAGCUUUAACCAUAUUACAAAAAAAAAAACAACAACCGAAAACCAUCACCUGAAUGUGUGUUUAUAGCUACACAAGCCUGGGGUUCAUAAUUUGCUCUAAUACAUCACAUUAAUAUCUUGGGCUUUUAACUACGCAGAGAUGUUUAACCCCUUAAGGACCAAACUUCUGGAAUAAAAGGGAAUCAUGACAUGUCACACAUGUCGUGUCCUUAAGGGGUUAAAACUCUCAGCAGCCGACUGUUUAGUUAUAAUCCAAUGGCUGCUUGGUAUCAGUCUCCGUAUCAUUCUGUGCCGAAGGUCAGUGGUUUUUCUAUAUAGUGAAUGAUCAGUGAUAUCCAAUCAAACGUAGAGCCCUGCCCCUGGUAUGGGUGGCUGGCACAAUGGUAUUCCCCUGAAUCACGGAAGCUGUGCCUGCUUGGACCUGCUGUAGGACUAUUUUUUUUUUUUAAAUUUUUUUGGCACACUGUCAGUUACUCUGUGCAGAGGACUCAGUGUGAGAACUGUCUGCCGUUACCCUUCACCCCCCCUCCCUCCCUCGUGCCCAGACUAGCUCCAUAUGCAGACACUGGUUUCCUAGCCAGCAGAACAUGCCAGAGCCAACAGGACCAUAGAUCUCCAUGCAGAAAGCAUUUUUUUUUUUUUUUCCUUUCUCACUGCUAUCAAGUUCACGACAUAAACUGCUCUGGGAAACCUUAAAGGGACAGUAAAGCCAAAUAGACAUUCUAUUAAAGAUUUGGGUUAUAUGUAUUGUGUUGCACACAAUUAUCUACGUCUGAUUAUGUACUGUACGUAAGCCUAUAUAUAUAUAUAUAUAUAUAUAUAUAUAUAUAUAUAUAUAUAUAUAUAUAUAUAUAUAUAUAUAUAAUAUUUUUUUUUUUUACUUAAAUGACUUUGAAAUCAUCCUAAGCAGAAAAGGAAAUUUUCCAACAGGAGCAAACCUGCUUUUAUAUUCCUCAUGCUCUGGAUACAAGCUUGCUUCCACUUCCAUAAAAUGAUCAUUUACAUGCUUUUAUUUUUCAGAGAUUUUAUUUUUCUCUUUCAUACCUUUUUUGUAGAAACCUUUUCACCUCAAACCACAAUUGAUACACUAGAUCAGGCAUAGGCAACCUUUCGGAACUCCAGAUAUUUUGGACUACAACUCCCAUGACGCUUUGCCAGCAUUAUGGGUGUAAGAGCAUUAUGGGGGAUGUAGUUCACAACAUCUGGCUUGCCGAAGGUUGCCUAUUCCUGCACUAGAUGUUCCCCAAUAUUAUAUGGUAAAAAAUAAUCUUUAAUUUUUCAGAUUUGGCUGGACACAUUUAUAUCAACUUUAAGAGCCAGAGGGUCUAUUUAAAGAACCACAAAAGGCACCCAGACUAAUUCAUCGCAAUGCAAUGUUCAAGGUGGAGUGGCUUUUUACUUUUAACCCUGCAUUGUAAAACCAUGUAGUUUUUGUAGAAGCUGUAAUGUUUCCAAUGCAGGGUUAAACACGCCUCUAGUGGCUCUUACUGAGCGACAAUAGAGGUGCUAUUAAUGCAACUACCGAGUGAAGCAUUGAAUUCCAAACUUUCCUAUGAGAAGCAUUUAAUUGGACUCACGUAGCAGUAGCUGCGCUGGCCCUGCAGAUACCGAGAAGAUAUUGUGAAAAACAUGGGGGUUGAAGCUUGGGAACAUCUAGGUGACCAAAGUUUGAGAUGUCUGAAUUAAAGCAGUUCUGUCACUUUUCAGUAUUUCAUAAAGGUGUAUGCGUUGUGAAAUACUGAUUAAGGCUGUGUUUGAAUACCAUUGAAAUUACAAAGCAAUCCAAAGGUAGCAUUGGACAAAAUAGAGACUACUGUGUUUUAUGGACAAGCCUGAGAUUGACCAAAAAUAACCAAGGUGGAGCUCAAUGUCAAAUCCCAGCAGCCGUGUGGGCUUCAGGCAUCAUUCUAUGGUGUGGUCUUGUGGGAUCCUCCAUAGACCUCAGUGUGUAAUCUCUAAAGCACUAAUGCAGCUCUGGGCAAAUGAAGUGCCAGGGACUAAAGAGGACCAGCUAGGUGAAAACUGCAGCAGCCAUGAUGGACAGCUUGAGAUACCUUCUCCCGCACCCCAAAAAUAAGCAAGGAAAUUAUUCCUGUGCAAGCUUUGUGUUACAGUCUAGUAACGGUUUAGUACCGCUAUACCCCAGAUGUUCUAAAACUACAGCUUCUAUUAAGCAUUUUCAUUCUAAAGGCAUGCAAAGCAUCAUGGAAGUUGUAGUUGUAAUGCAUCUGUGGAUGUGCCUUUAGGGGCACCCCUGCUCUAUGUUGUCUAUCAUUGUACCUGUGUACUAUAUAUGUGCCCUCAUGUCAGAGGAGAGACACUGUCAUGAGUAUAGGUUCUAUACAGACAGAUCACAUAAGCCAAUGGUGGCCAAAGGACAUUUGUUUGUAAGAUCUACAAAAAUAAAACGGUAUGUAGCAAUCCACAUGGCUCGAUUUUUGCUUCUGUCCCAGCGAAGGGUGCAUUCAUGUUGGCUCUCUCGGACAUUGUUAUAAUCUUUGUCCUUUUCUAUCUUUGAACAUAUUGUGUUCAGAUGGAAAAUCAGAAACAAUGAGUUUCCUCUUCUCCAAUACAAUGUGUGCAUUGGCUGAGCCAGGAUUGUUAAAUUUUUAAUAUAAAUGUUAAAAGAAAAGGGAUCAUCACCUGGAAAAAGUAUAGUACAAAUUAUAGGUAAUUAUUGUUGUUUUCUUAUUAUUUUCUUUAUUUCUCCUAUUCUGAGGAUGUACUUGGACUCCCAGUCACGGCUGGACAAAACCCAGGAGCCAGCAAGAUAAAACAUACAGACGGCCCCUAGCUUUUCUGCCAAUUGAUAUAAUUCUUUUUGGAAGACUAGCUGCCAAAGUUGCCUGUAUGCUACGGUUAUCCAAUCUAUCUGUCAUUGAACGACAAUAAAGAAACUGUGUCAUGCAGACUGCUGGUUCUCUUCCAAGCUGUUUUACUUUAAAGGAAUACUAUAGUCAUCAAAACAACUUUUGCUUAGUGAAUUAGUUUUGGCGUAUAGAUCAUGCCCCUGCAGCCUCACUGAUCAAUUCUUUGCCAUUUAGGAGUUAAAGCACUUUGUUUAUGCAGCCCUAGACACACCCAUUACCCACGUUUGGUCCUACCCUAUGGCGUUAACGAGUUUGUGGUUUAAAUGUAUCCCAUAUGCUACUGCACUUUCAACGUGGAAAGAUUUCCCUCUGGUCCUUUUUUAAUUCUUUUAGUUAUGUCGUCUCCUCCUCCUUCUUCCUGUGUCAUAUCUGUUCUCCCCACCUUCCCACCACUCAUGUCCUGUCUGCUCUCCAUUCCUGUUGCAUCUUGUCUGCUCUUUCUGUUUUCUAUGUCUAAUGUCAAGAUUGUUUUCUGGCUCCUGUCUGUAACUUACACAGCCUUCCUAAACACUUCCUGUAAAGAGUCAUCUAAUGUUUACACUUCCUUUAUUGCAAAUUCAGUUUAAUUUAUAAUUUAUUUUUUUUGUAUCUCCUGCUCUGCUUAUUGCUUGCUAGACCUUGCAGGAGCCUCCUGUAUGUAAUUGAAGUUCAUUUUACAGAGCAGGAGAUAAAAAAAAACAUUUAAAGUAAGUUACAUCAGAUUGAAAAUGAAACCAUUUUGUUUUCAUGCAGCCUGUAUCCGUCACAGCAAGGGGAGGUGUGGCUAGGGCUACAUAAACAGAAACAAAAGUGAUUUAACUCCUAAAUUGCAGAGAAUUGAGCAGCAAGACUGCAGGGGCAUGAUCUAUACAACAAUACUGCUUCAUUAAGCUAAAGUUGUUUUGUUGACUAUAGUGUCCCUUUAAAGGGACACUGUAGGUACCCAGACCACUUCAUCUCAUGGAAUUGGUCUUGGUGCAUUGUCCCUGUCCCCUUAACCCUGCAAUUUAAAACGCUGCUGUAUCACGAAAGCGAUGCUGGACGUUCUCAUGCUUUGCACAAGGCACCAGCGUCUUCACAAUCCCCAUAGGAAAGCACUGGUUUAAGUCUUUCCUGUGGGGAAGGCCCAAUGUGCACGGUGCAUGCAUUAGGUUCCCUCAACUCAAUCUUGAUUUCUGAUUGGCUGGGGAACUCAUCCUGAUCUGGAAAGGUACGCUAGCAGGGUGGGAAGGUGGGGGAGGCAAUUAAAAUAGUACAUAAGCUUAUGGUAGGCAGAGUUCUGACCGGUAUUCCUCCAAAUGUUGUAGACUUGCAUUUCCAUGAUGCUUUGCUAGCCUUUAGGCUUGUGAGUUGUAGUUCUACACCAGCUGGAGGCGCUACCUUUUCACCACUUAUGGUAUAACACGUACAGUUAGGAUCUCUCCUCCCUAAAUACAUUUACUAUAGACUUACUGAGCAAUUACAAGCGAGUCCCCAGCGAGCAUCAGAAAAUCAAAAAUAUGCCCCUUUUCUGCACUCCGGCACUGAACCUAGUAACGUGCAAUUCUUGUAUGAAAUAAUGUCACUCUCUGUGAAAUGUAGGGGUUAAUUUACAAAGCAGCAUGUCCUACUGAAUUGCAAAAUCCAGGCCAAUGUGAAUUGGUAGCAUUCCUAACCACAUAGCCACAGCUUGUCCAUUGUAUUCUGAAUUGUGCAGUUUGGUUUUCAUUUUCCCACAGAUUGCUGUUUAGUGGAUAAUUCAUACACUCUGUAAAAAAAAAUAAUAAUAAAAAAAAAAAAAAAUAUAUAUAUAUAUAAAAAAGGCUAACCGAGCCACCCACUCAUUUCAUUCAUUUUUACCAAAGUGUAACUUUCGUUAUUGGCCAGAAGGCUAUAAGGAGCAAAAAUCUUACUUUGAAACAAAACACAAGACGUUGCUUUUGGCAUUAUAUUGCUUUUUCGAAUUCUAUGUAAACUGUGAGAUUUAUCAUAUGAUCUCUGUAUGAUCAUAAAAGCAAUAACUGCUUUAUUGCUUAAGCUUUAAAUAACUUGAAACAUUAGAAUUUCUGCCUGUUCCAACAUGGCUGCUCUCUUCAAUCUCAUGCUUUUCAAACACAUUCCUAAUCCCACAUGAGGUCUAUAUAUUAUGUUAAUAUACAGGGAGUGCAGAAUUAUUAGGCAAAUGAGUAUUUUGACCACAUCAUCCUCUUUAUGCAUGUUGUCUUACUCCAAGCUGUAUAGGCUCGAAAGCCUACUACCAAUUAAGCAUAUUAGGUGAUGUGCAUCUCUGUAAUGAGAAGGGGUGUGGUCUAAUGACAUCAACACCCUAUAUCAGGUGUGCAUAAUUAUUAGGCAACUUCCUUUCCUUUGGCAAAAUGGGUCAAAAGAAGGACUUGACAGGCUCAGAAAAGUCAAAAAUAGUGAGAUAUCUUGCAGAGGGAUGCAGCACUCUUAAAAUUGCAAAGCUUCUGAAGCGUGAUCAUCGAACAAUCAAGCGUUUCAUUCAAAAUAAUCAACAGGGUCGCAAGAAGCGUGUGGAAAAACCAAGGCGCAAAAUAACUGCCCAUGAACUGAGAAAAGUCAAGCGUGCAGCUGCCACGAUGCCACUUGCCACCAGUUUGGCCAUAUUUCAGAGCUGCAACAUCACUGGAGUGCCCAAAAGCACAAGGUGUGCAAUACUCAGAGACAUGGCCAAGGUAAGAAAGGCUGAAAGACGACCACCACUGAACAAGACACACAAGCUGAAACGUCAAGACUGGGCCAAGAAAUAUCUCAAGACUGAUUUUUCUAAGGUUUUAUGGACUGAUGAAAUGAGAGUGAGUCUUGAUGGGCCAGAUGGAUGGGCCCGUGGCUGGAUUGGUAAAGGGCAGAGAGCUCCAGUCCGACUCAGACGCCAGCAAGGUGGAGGUGGAGUACUGGUUUGGGCUGGUAUCAUCAAAGAUGAGCUUGUGGGGCCUUUUCGGGUUGAGGAUGGAGUCAAGCUCAACUCCCAGUCCUACUGCCAGUUCCUGGAAGACACCUUCUUCAAGCAGUGGUACAGGAAGAAGUCUGCAUCCUUCAAGAAAAACAUGAUUUUCAUGCAGGACAAUGCUCCAUCACACGCGUCCAAGUACUCCACAGCGUGGCUGGCAAGAAAGGGUAUAAAAGAAGAAAAUCUAAUGACAUGGCCUCCUUGUUCACCUGAUCUGAACCCCAUUGAGAACCUGUGGUCCAUCAUCAAAUGUGAGAUUUACAAGGAGGGAAAACAGUACACCUCUCUGAACAGUGUCUGGGAGGCUGUGGUUGCUGCUGCACGCAAUGUUGAUGGUGAACAGAUCAAAACACUGACAGAAUCCAUGGAUGGCAGGCUUUUGAGUGUCCUUGCAAAGAAAGGUGGCUAUAUUGGUCACUGAUUUGUUUUUGUUUUGAAUGUCAGAAAUGUAUAUUUGUGAAUGUUGAGAUGUUAUAUUGGUUUCACUGGUAAUAAUAAAUAAUUGAAAUGGGUAUAUAUUUGUUUUUUGUUAAGUUGCCUAAUAAUUAUGCACAGUAAUAGUCACCUGCACACACAGAUAUCCCCCUAACAUAGCUAAAACUAAAAACAAACUAAACUACUUCCAAAAAUAUUCAGCUUUGAUAUUAAUGAGUUUUUUGGGUUCAUUGAGAACAUGGUUGUUGUUCAAUAAUAUAAUUAAUCCUCAAAAAUACAACUUGCCUAAUAAUUCUGCACUCCCUGUAGUACCAAAUCACUCCUAAUAAAAUUAAAAUCACUCGUCUGUUUUGAGAUUUUUUUCUUUCUUUCUGCAAUUGAUGCUGUUGGCGAUCUCCCCUAAAGCUUGAUCAGGGGUUGCACAGCUUGUGCUCUUACGCUGUUUCUUAAACUACGACUCCCAUGAUCCUUCCAUGCUUGCUGAAUAGCAGAAAUGCAUAUACUGGUGUGGUUUUCUGUGACUUAACUCCUAUGAUAACUUACUAUAGUUUUCUGCCUUGAGUAAGUAACAUGCUUUGAUCAAGUGUACAUUGACUCCAACUCCUAUGAUCCCACCCUAGCACGAGGAGGUAUCAUGUUGUGAACAGCCCUCAAUAAACACCUUAUUUCACAAUGAGGAAAGAGAGAUGGGUAACCUGUGUAUUCAUAUGUCCAGUAACAAAUCCCAUAAUCCAUUGCAGGGUCAUUAGCCUGCUGUGCACCGCUAGUAUGUUACUACGGCUCCGAUAAUGCUUCAUUUUAGCUGUCAGGCAACGUUUUGUUUUGUGUUAUCAUAGUGCUCUGCUCAACUUUUAUAAAACAGCAACUCCUAUUACCCCAGGACAAUGUGGUGUUCUUCAAAACAUAAUUGAGAACCCAGAAUGGAUGUUCUCACUGGACUUUGUGUUCUCUGAUUUAAACUUCAUUCUAAUGGGUGGGGGGUGAGCUGCAUGCAAAGACACAUUACCACGCUGUGGCCACCCUUCUUGUUAACGUGCCUACAUGCCCAAUGACGGGCAAAAGGUACAUCGUUAAAGCAAAAUAACACUUCUUUAGAAUAUUAUCUAUGUAUUAGCAGGCAACAUUAAAUGUUGGACUCUAUAAAUGGCAUCUAUGUUAAACACUCCAAGCACUAUCACCACUAUAGUGCGCUACAUAACGUAGGACCACACAUGAAUAUAUAAAUUUAGGCUUUAUAUUGGGUAUCCACAGCCAGGGUUUGUGUGAAUGGUGCUUUCACAGACUGUUUUACCUGGCAGGACUACCCACUUUUGUUGUCCUUUGUCCUUGCCUUCCAACCAUUUUCAAAUAACUCUAAUAUUCAGGGAAUGAAAGUGGGGGAAACCAUCACAAAUAUAUGCUUACGAUUUACUAUUUUUGUUGCAAACAUAGAAGUCUCAUAUUAUUUAUACUUUUUAUUUUGAAUGCAAAUAGUGGAGAUGUUUUUAUUUUGGGGGAAAAUUAUGUAUUGGGCUUCUAUAUUGUCCUGAGGUCUAGUAAGCAGACACCCACCUUUCCUUAAAGCCACCCAACAAAUAUGGCAUUCAGUAGCACAUAGACUGGUCGCUCCUUGAAUUGUCAACCUCCCCUCCCGACCAAUAAUGCAGACUCUUUCCAGAUGCAAACACAUUUCAGGUGUUGCUGCUCAAGACUUCUUGCCCAAAUGAGGCACGUUGUAUCCUUGAGUAAGUUCUUGCCAACAUGAAUUUUGGAAGAUCUCCUUAAUAAGCCUCUUUAGAUGUAUGGUUUUCGGGGUAUAACACUCUUUGAGAAUACAUGUUCUGUUGGAACACUGAAUUUUAUUCCUAUAUUUCACUCUUCAGUAACUGUAUGGACUCCACACUCUACCUGUCUUUGGAAAAGAGGAUAAACCUUGACUCCCACUCAAUGGCUGAAAACCCAAAACAUUUAAUACAGAACCUGGUAGAUAAUAAUCCAAUAUCUACUAUUUAUAUAGCGCCUUUCUCCCAUUGCGGCUCAAACAAGUAACCAAAUUGGCAGCUGAAUAAUAGGUGUUAUUAUUACCCAAUUGAUGGCACUCAUAUUAUCGACCACAGAAGGGUGAAGAGCUGAGUUGACCCUGCCGGGAUUUGAACUGGCUCUGUAGUCAGGGAAUUUACCAACUGAGCUACCUCUCUCUCCAUGGACACCCCUACCUUACAUGGCCUUUGCAGGUUUUGAAACUCGGGCACCUUUUUCCACUUAUGAUAGGAACGUCGUCUUCAGAACUAUAUACUAUCAUUAAAAGUUUCUAAUAAUGUUCCCCCAUCUCAUCCAGCCCGCUACUGUUACAACACAAACUCCACUGCUUCUUCAUACACUAAAUCAUUAUCUGUCAGCAUUUUGAACAUUGCCAAAUACUUAAUCCCUCUUUACUUGAGAGAGGAUUCCCCACUUUUAGAAAUCUGGUUCACUGGUUCUAUACUAUGAUCUGGAAACAAUGGCUGCUGAUAACAGUAGCAAAUGAUUUUGAACAGUUAACUAACAUAGAAAACAAAUCCGUCAUCUCCCCCUGUUUUGAUCUAAGUUUAGCCUUCGAGUGGAUUUGUCUCCCCUCUUCCCCCUUCUCCUCUUACACCAUCUUUCUAGGUCUAUUUCUCAAUGUUUACAGUUCUUUGUUGUUAUCCACUGUUUGUUUUGCCUGAGGUGUGAAAUAAGACAGGACGAUGUAAUGACCGUGAACCAGGAAAAAUGUAAUUGACUGUGUUUUUCCAAUUGUACUACACAGAAUGUACAUGUCUGUUCUUGCUUAAAUAACCGUGUCCGUAAUCUCUACAUGGCCACACAUGAAUUCUUUAACUUUUAAAUUCUAUUAAAAAAAGUAAAAAAUACCAGUAUAUUCUAUGUAAGUGUGUAUUUUCAGGAAUUCAAAGCAAAUUUCAUAAUUGUAGGCCUUAAUAUUUGAACUGAAAAUAUAUCUGAUUCAGAAAAUGUUUCCAGUUUGGCUGAUUGUGGAUUAAUAUUUGAAAUUUACUUUAUGUUCUAGACAAUUUACACUUGAGCGAAAAUCCCAAUAAUAUUACAAAAGGCUAAAAGCAAAUAAUGGUUUCCUUCAACAAAUUCUUUGCAUGCUCUGUCCAGCGGGUGCAUUGAGAUUUUCAUGUACCACCAUUGCCCCUUGGCUCAACCAACUGUUUAGGCAUUCGAAACUCUGCUACUUUGUAGUCUGUACUAGUGGUGGCCGUACUUGGCACCCCUAAUGCUUACAAAAAUAUAUUUCCUAAUCCUGGAUGAGCUUCAUUAGUAAGUAGUUCACUAACAUGAGAAGUGCCACGGUGUGGCUGCCACUAGUACAUUCCCAACACCAUUCUGUGUUGGGUAUGGGAUGACCCAUCUGAACUAACCAGAUGCUUCAGACAGAAAGGCAGACGGUGUGUCUGUUUAUUAGACAUAUCUCUAUUUAACUCCUUCACUGGAUCAAGCGCUAAUAAUAAUACAAAAAAAAACCUGUGACUAGCAUUAAACCAGUUUACAUGUGCCAUAAUGCCUUUUAACCCUUUGGGGUAGUUCUCCAAAAUGUUGUUGUACACAACACCCAUUCCCAGAUCCAUUGUUGAAAAUGUGGGGUAAUUUGUUCGUUGUGAAUACUAAAGCGGUUUAAUUGCGGUCGCCUUUGCCAUUUCCCUAUUUGUUUAGUGAAGAAGAGGUUAAGGGAGUCUUGUUCUCGUCAUCAGUGACAAAACUGUCUCUCGGCAACAGGUAACCGGGGCGACCGUUUCCGAAAAAGCCUGAAAGUAGAUUCCUGCCCCUUCCCAUCCUCCACCCCUGGCUGAGCUAAUGCAAAUUCUUUUCUAAGCAAUUAUGCGUGGAUGUGUCUAAAUAUACAUGUGUAAUAUUUCACUUUGCCAUCGUAAUCCCAGAUUUCCUGGUUUUAUUUGUUUUUUUGCCAAUGUGAACCUCUCAAACAACAGUUGCCAAAAUUGUGUAUAUAUAUAUAUAUAUAUUUCCAAUUAUUUAUUUAUUUGGUAGCUGUGCGACGCAUCUGUGUUUGCACAGAAUGAAAAAACAUUAAAAAAAAAGUUAGAUGCAACUUUCUUUAAAUCUCGAGUACCUAGGUAUCAAACAGUAAGGUUGGACAUUCUCGUCUCUGGCAUGCAAAAGAUAUACCCUCACCAGCAGCUUGGUGUUGUAUGAAUAUUUGUUUUACAUAGAGUAAUUAUUCGUUAUCUUAUGUCAAGCACUAUGGCAAGCAGUAGGUUAAUUGUGGCAUGUUCAUUCUUUGUCGCAGGCGCUGUAUAAAUCUCUCAUAUUAGCGGGCAUUCUGGUUGGUCCGUAAUGUAUACCUGCCAAGUGACAUUCUUUUGGAGAUAGAGUCCCUAUUUUGGCACAAAGCCACCUUUUCUUUCUUAUUUUCUCUCCUUUCUAAAAGCUUCAAAUAUUAUGUGUGUGUAUAGGUGAAUUUGGUUUGGAAAUAUAAUCUGUGUAGUUUUAAACUACAUUUUACAUUAAAGGGACACUAUAGUCACCAGAACAACUACAGCUUAAAGGACCACUCUAGGCACCCAGACCACUUCAGCUUAAUGAAGUGGUCUGGGUGCCAGGUCCUUCUAGGGUUAACCCAUUUUUUCAUAAUUAUAGCAGUUUCAGAGAAACUGCUAUAAUUAUGAAUGGGUUAAGCCUUCCCCCUAAUCCUCUAGUGGCUGUCUCAUUGACAGCCACUAGAGGCGCUUGCGUGCUUCUCACUGUGAUUUUCACAGUGAGAGCACGCAAGCGUCCAUAGGAAAGCAUUGUAAAUGCUUUCCUAUGCGACAGGCUGAAUGCGCGCGCAGCUCUUGCCGCGCGUGCGCAUUCAGCCCAGGAGGAGGAAUGGAGGAGGAGAGCUCUCCGCCCAGCGCUGGAAAAAGGUAAGUUUUUACCCCUUUCCCCCUUCCAGAGCCGGGCGGGAGGGGGUCCCUGAGGGUGGGGGCACCCUCAGGGCACUAUAGUGCCAGGAAAACGAGUAUGUUUUCCUGGCACUAUAGUGGUCCUUUAAUGUAGUUGUUCUGGUGAGUAUAAUCAUUCCCUGCAGGCUUUUUGCUGUACUCACUGUUUUUUCAGAGAAAAGGCUGUGUUUACAUUACAUCCUAGGGACACCUACAGUGGCCACUCCUCAGAUGACUACUAGAGGUGCUUCCUGGGGCAGUGCUGCACAGACCUUCAGUGUUUUCACCCUCUGCAUGGAGACACUGAACUUUUCUUCAUAGAAAUGCAUUAAUUAAAUGUAUCUUUAUGAGGAGAUACUGAAUGGGUAGAAUGGCGUUUGGCUCCGCCCCCUACCAAACUUUCUUGGCAAUCUCAGCCAAUCCAAUGGUUUCAUAUGGGAAAGCAUCGUGAUUGACUCAGAUUAUCACUUUUGAUGUCAGCCAAGGUUUCAGAUCAAGGGCAGAACCAUUACCUGCAGACUGGAAUAAAUGUAAGAUUUUACUAUAUAUUUAGAGGGGCAGAGAGCUAAAUAGUGAUUUUAAGACUAUAGGAUCAGGAAUAAAUGUUUGCUUUCCUGACCCUACAGUGUUUCUUUAAUGGUUGUUAGAAGAUAAUGUUUCAAUUAAAAUGGCCUGGAAUCAAAGUGCUCCUCUUUGUCCAUUUUUAUGUUUUUUUCAUUUUUUAUUUUUUUUGGCAGAUAUGGUUGUAUGGAUUAUUUUGAAGAGAAAAAAAAAAGAGCCAUAACACUGAUUUUUCCCUUGGUACAGAAUCCUUUUAAAUAUUUUUAAAGGGGCACUCUAAACAUUAUAACGACUACAGCACAUUGCUGCGGUUUUUGGUGCCUGGAGUUCGCCGCCACCGUUUCUUGGUAAAGAGUCAAAAUACAUUUGAAUGGUUUGACACUUAUCUGGGUGCUUGGGGUGCUCCUAAUCCUUCUGGUCUCACCAGUGUUCAUUUUGUUGACGAACAAUUUGAGUCAAAGUUUAGUCAACAAAAUUAUUUGAAAUUUAGUCGACUAAAACAAUUCAGAUGAAUCAAAUACGACUAAAACAGCUCUUAAGCCAAAAAACUAUGACUAAAACUGGAUAGAAAUUUACAGCCAAAAUUAACACUGCACAGAGGGGCUGUGGAAGGGGCAACGGACAGACCAGGGGUUGGGAGAGAGACACCUAGAGGGGCUGGGAGGACACAAAGACACACAGAGGGGCUGGGGAAGGGGCAAAAGAGACAAAGGCUUUAACUAAACCCAUUAGAUUUUAGUCGUGUCAACUAAAACCUACUAGAGCAAGGGUUCUCAACACAGUCCUCAAGGACCCCGGAACUGUCCAGGAUUUAGGGAUUACCCUGUUGUGUCUAAAGUGUUUGUCCUCCUUCCCCUCCCAAAAACACAUUAGACACAGCAGGGUAAUCCAUAAAUCCUGGACAGUUCGGGGGUCCUUGAGGACUGGGUUGAGAACCCUUGUACUAGAGAUUUAGUCGACUAAAAAAAUUCAGAUGGCUAAAAUUAAAACUAAAAAUAAAAUGGCAUUUUAGUCAAAAGACUAUGACUAAAACUAAAUUAAAAUUUGCCGCCAAAAUUAACACUGGGUCAUAGGUUACACCUUUCCUGUUAUUGAACAUAAUUUCUAUUUCUCCUCCUCAUUUACAUUGAGUGCCCUGGCUGUGCCAUAGACUGAGCUGGAUUAUAAUGCCACUUACUAAUUUAUGUUAAAAGAAAACUGCAUCACAUGGGGGGCAAGGGGGGUAACACAAGUUAUGUGAUUGUUAGGAUUUUAGUGUUUUAAUCUGCAUGCAAUUAAUUUUCAUUGAGGUGUGUGUGUGUGUGUGUCUGUCUGUCUUGCAAAAAUAGCAGUUCUGCCUUUACAAGCCCUCCCCUUCUAACCCUGCCUAGACUUUCUGUGGCUAUCCAAUCAUAGACUUACCAAUACAGCUAAAUGAGAAGUAUUUGCAAGGCAGGUGCUCUAAGCCACUGCUGCCUCUUGCAUUUAGCUCCACUGAGCUAACAAAACCAGGAAGUAACAGGACAUGUCUGUAUUAAAGCCAACGGGGUGUAACAAGGUUAAUUUAUAAAAGUGUACAUUUCUAUUAAAAUCUGCACUUUUUGCAAAAUAAAAUGAAGACACACUCCUCACACCUAAAGCAUAAAUUCUGAAAAUAUCUAACUGUAUAUAAUAUUUUUUUUAUUUGCUUUGAUCCUAUUCCCUUUUUACACAAGUAGCUGUCAAACAUUAUCUGCGUGGCUGCAGUGAGGCUGGACUUUGAGUGCCCAAGAGAGCCACAGUUUAUAUCCUGUUGCCCAGCAUUCUGUGGCAGAAAACAUUGGGAUGGCUCCCAAAAUGACCACAGCUCCCUAAUUGCCACAAUAAGCUUGUAAUGGUCAUGUUGCUUUAAUAAAGUUGGGUUUUAUAUACAGCCUGCAUCGUUGGUAUGUUGCUUCUGGCAUUGGACCCAGUUCCUCUGCGUUCCAUGUUGUUUACAUUAUUUGAAACUUUAGUAUCUGUGUCCCACAAAUACCCUGCCAGCAAGGAGACAAGGUAAAGUAUCAUGGAGUCGCAUUCCACAGGCGAGCCCGUUAGUGUCACUGAAGGACAGGAUCUGUGUUCUUACUGUAAAUAUAAAACUCUUCUUUUUCUUCUUCGUGAAUUCUGACAAGGGAGGCUUUGUACAGUUUAUUGGUUCCGUAAGCCUGUUAAUAACUGCCAACUGGCCUGGACUCUACUCUAUUACAUUUUAGGAUUUUUUUUCUGUCUCUCUCUAUACAUGGUGUGGACGUCUUUUCUGUUUUUGGAAUGUAGAAAGUUGACAGUUAUGCAACACUUUAACCCAUUUUGAAUCUCUGAAGGCCUAUACCAGGAUUCAAAACUUCCACUAGCCAUUGUUGAGUGAAAAUGUAUCCCUGACAAGUAGAAUUUUUCCCGUGCCGGGUGUGCAAUGAACCCUUCAGUAGUGCAGCUUACUUAAAGCAGGUCUGUCACUUUUCAGGGUAUUCGCAUAUUUAGCAAAAACCCCAGGAAGUAACAAAUCUGGUUAGGGUCUGAUACAGACUCCAGGCACCAUGAGCACUGCAAAUCACUGAAGCAGUCGUGGUUCCUGGAAUAGUACUUUCAGAAGUUUUUUUUUUUUUUUUUUUCUCUCUCUUUUCACGACAUGUCAUAAUAUUGACCCUGCUUAAUAUAAAAAGAAAAAAAAAUCCACUGCGGUAAUAAAAUUUGGAGUUUGGAUUUCAUUAUUUCACUGUCUUUGUGGCUUUUUCGCCUAACCCAGACAUUUUUGACUAUCUAUACAUAUGGGUGUACGCAGCUCGAAUUAGCUCAGUUUUAUAUUUUCUCAUAUUUUCUUUGCAUUGUUAAAGAAAUUGUUUGUGUAGCCCUGCACCUUACACUGCACAUUACAAUGUAAAAGAUGUAACAAACAGUAAAGAUCUUGUUUUAACAAUAAAGAUGCUUAUAUAAUACACAGAUACUCCUAGAUAACAUUCUAUGGCUGUCUACUGAUGGAUAUCUAUUUAACCCUGAUACUCUGUUGUUUGUGAUCUGUACGUCCCAUGACGCACCACCCACCCCAGACAUGUGGAGUGCCAAGGCAGUCAUCACUAUAACAGAAUGUACAGUAUGUAUGCGCAAUUCCAUCUACUGCAGCCAAUUUACAAGUGAUUUAUUUUUUUUAUUUUUUAUUUUUGUGGUGCAUAAGAUAUUACAAGCAGGAGAGAGGUGCCCCGAAAGCAGUCCUCAAGCAAUUUCCAUGCUUAACGUGCGGGGCAUAAGGUUAACAGGCACAUUUUUAUGUAAUGGUUAAGUUUAAGCUAUCGAUUGUAAAAGUAAAUGUAAAUUAUAAUGUAAGUUAUAUUUAGACUGUAUAGCUUCAGCUGUAAAUAUACAUUUCUGCUGUAGACAAGCUUGGUCAGAGCACAAGUUUAGUUAGUAAUAGCAUGAGUAAUACAGGUAUGAAGCAACGUUAGCAAAGAAAAGAGGGUCAGUUCGUAGGGUCAACUGCUCGACAGAAGUGGGCCGGUUUGGGUCUUGAGCUAGGACAGAUGGUGUGAAAUACCCCAGAGGGCCAUCUAUGUGCUAUGUGGCAAUAGUCAGUGCUAUGCUUAUCAAGGGGUUUGGGUGGUCCGCGAAAAACGGCAGUCCUGCCAGCCUAUGUGAGUCUCUCAGGGGGAAGCUGCACAGUAAAGCAAGCAAGUGUGCAAGCAGGUGUGGGUAUCUGGGUGUGGGUAUCUGGUUUCACAGUUACCCUAGGGUGAGUCUCCGUGGUCUUGUUGCUUGGGUCUUGUGUGACCGGUUAAGCUUGUGGGGUUGGACCAGGAUAUCCCCCGCCGGUCCAUAUGGGGGGGCUAAACGAGAGCCCUGAGUCUGGCUUCCCUCUAGUCCUGGCAGCAGGAGAGUGGCCUCCUCUCCCGCGUCCGUCAUGCCAGUGGGCCUCACCGAUGUGUACGGCGUAGGUCGGUUGUCGCUUGGAAUGCAUCGUUUUGUGUGUCCUGACAUCCCCCAUCGCUUGUAGGGGUAUCACGCUUUUUAAAAUGCUGCUCGCAGGAGCUGUUAAGUGUUGCUGCCGCUCAGCUCUGUGGUUCGGCCCUGCCCCUUUUUUUUUUAACACACUAAGUGCUGUAUGUAUACAGAUAUAGCAGGUAAUAAUGUAGGUUUGCUGACUUUAGAGCCCCCACUGUCCAAUGUUAGUCUGAUUGGAUUCCCAAAUCUUUCCUUGGUUGCCCAGCAAGGUUGCUGCAUUAGCCCAGUAGCCAGACAUGCCCAUUUACCUGGCAGAAUGAUUAGUGAGGGUGCAGGGAUAUUCUGGUACUAGCCAGAGAGUUUGAGUCCGUAUAUUUAAUUAUUGUGAACGGAAGUGGAAAACUGGAUUACACUUCGAUGUCGGAGGUAAAAUGAAACUAAAAAUGGCGUGUAGGCGUUAAAUGUGAAUUUGUACUACAAGCCUGAGGUUUAUGUGAUUUCCUCCCCCUCACUAUUUAAAUCUCUAUGGUUGCUUCUUUAACAUUUGCCACUACUCUAGCAGUCAGUCAGCUUGAAGUGAUUGUGUUAGUAUACACUUGGGUACACAUACUUUCACCCUGAUACAGUUAGAGACAUAGACAUGCAAACACAUACACACACACCUACACACACAUACGUGUGUGUGUAUUCAUGCAUGUAUGUGUAUGAAGGCAGUAAUAUUUUAAGUUUGAAUUCCCCACAAGUGAGAUCAACCCUGACCUACAUUAACAAGGUUGUUUGUUAAACUUUGAAAUUCAGAAUAAUGUUUACUCUAUAGUUACAUAGGCUGAAAAGAGACAUGCGUCCAUCAAGUUCAGCCUUUCUCACAUCUGAUCCAAAAGAAGGCAAAAAAACCCACCCAGUUUUAAGUGCUUUCCAAUUUCGCAACAAACUAGGAAAAAUUCCUUCUUGCCCCCAGAAUGGCAGUCAGAUCUCUCCUUGGAACAAGAAGCUCUUACCCCACUUAUAUUUAACGCUAUAGCUAAAAUACAUUUGCUAUUAACUUGUUCAGUAUGGUACAUGGAUUAAAGGGUCACUACAAGCACCAUGACCACUUCAUUGAUUUAAUAAAACGCUGAUAUUUGUUACAGUAACUCUUUCUGACGUGGUCCCAGUGGCGGAACUUUCACCGGUGCAGCUUGUGUGCUGCGCAGAGGCUUCCCACCAAGGGGCCCCAUCAGAUGGCUCAUGCACUAAGGGCCACCUGGUGGGCAUUAUUAGCAGCGCUGGGAAGAAGUGACAGGCGGUGACUUUCUCCUGGAGAGCCAGGAAAAGGCAAUGUGGAGGACAAAACAGACUGCUAGAGCCAGAUAUAUGUAAUUUUGUACCUUAACUUGUAAAGUGAGGCGCUAAAGUUGUGCAGGUAUGCCCUAAAUGAUCUCUUUAAAGUGAUAGCACACCUUGUUUGCAUGACAAGCGUCUUUGCAGGAAAAACAUGUCAUUUUUAGUUUCUGUUCCAUUACACUUAGUGCAUUCGCGUAUCUAAAGUGCCUGUCAUAGGAUAAAGACACACAUCUCUCUCCAGGGAGCACUCUGAACUGUUUUACAUAAAAAUCACAAAGAAAAAGAGAAUUGCAAAGAAACUUGCUUGCAGUGAAAAGAUGCAUUGUAUUCAGGAGAUAAAUCACUAAUCCAUAUACAAGCAAAGGGCAACAUUGCUGAGCAGCGGAGCCUCUUCCCAACCGGCAGCCAUUGUGUGCUUAAUGGGAUAAUUUACCGAACUCUCAGAUGUGGCCCUCGAUGUUUUAAAUGUAUUAGUCCUCAUUGGAUUACCAUAUCUGCUAUGUAUUCCUGGACAAACUUACAUCUUUGCGCUGUAGGACAGGACAUACAAAUUGCUGUCUUGACGUAUGUAGCAUUCAUAUGGCGUGUGAAUCGAGACAUUUCCUCGGACAGCCUUCUUAGGAUGAGUUUCUUUCAUGCGGCAUGUGAAUUCUGAAUAUUGUAGGGCAGCACUUUUUGUGUACAGCCCAUCUGCUGUCCAUUAAUGAAAGGAUUGAUCCAGCAAACCUAGUUGGAAGCCUAGAUGGAGUGUUAUUCAGUCUCUUUCUAUCAAAGGAAUUCUCAGAGCACUAUAACUAUUAUAGUGCACUGUAGUGGUUAAAGUGCCAGGUGUGUCCUGGUGCCCCAAUGGGAGUAGUCAAACCGGAAAAAACAAACUCAUAACAAAAUAGUGCGGCCAUAAAUCCAAAGGUUCAGACCUCAAACUUGACAGACACCAUCUAUGCAUUUCUUUUUAUAUCGUUCUCAAAACAAUUUUACAACUUUAUCAAGAUUUAACUUUUUACCUGGGUUCUGCAAGGAGCCGCUACCCGCCUCUCUACCGCCUCCAGCAGGGCCGGAUGCUUUCAUUAGCUUUCCUGAGCGAAGCCCUAUUCUGAUGAGUUCUAGGCACUGAACGAAGCCCUGCUCUGCCUUUCUGUGCUUCUGGAGACUUCAGAGAGGUGGGGAGUGUCACUUGGCUGACUCCAGGUAAGAAGUCAAACAGUUCUACUUACAUUAGGGGUAGGUGGAGCCAGGGAACCCUGACACCAGCACAACUAAAGUGGGCAUUUUAAGUGUUCUUUAAAUGCCCAUUUUUUUUUUUUUGCCAAGUUAUAAGACACUGUAUCCAUGUUCUUCACACAGAAAGUCCACUGUUCAAGAUGCGUCCCUUCCAUUUGGUAUCUGUUUAGAAAAACGUUAUCUUACACCACAAAUGUCUUGGGUCUCUAUCCCAGUUACCGUGUUCAUUACUAGAAUGUAAAUGGUUGAAAGAUUUUUCAGAAUAACACUGGGUGAAGUGAUAUAGGAUAUGUUUCUUUACAUGAUAAUUAGAAAUGUCCUAAAACUGAGACAGAGAAUUGGCCCUUAAGGGCCAUAUCUGACCUCCCUCUGGUAGACCUUCAUAAGUCAAACUAAUUCCUAGGGCCAAGUCCUGAUCCUGCUAAUAUUUUCCAUGAUGCUGUAAGAUAGAGGCUUAUCACAUUUAUCUAACAGUCCAAAACAAAAUGUUGUACAAUAACAAGGGGUUCUAAAACUGUAUUUAAUGGAAAUUUGAAAAGUGGCAUUGUUAUACACACAUUUUAUCCCCUGAAGUAGCCAGAGACAUCCUUACUGGAAAUUAGAUUUUGCCUAUACCAAGAUCACUGCUGUAGUGGACGUGAUCAUAUCUGCAAACCCCCUGAUGCUGAGUGCUUCAUUCAAUCAUGUUGCAGCAUUGAGUGGCAUAAAAUUGGUGCAGGAGUGCAUGCAACUGGCUGAUAAGGGUCUAGGGUUGCCUAUGUACUAAUUGCUGCAGAAAUUCACUGCAAUAGGUUUUCUCAAGUUGACUUGGGGAUAUACGUAACCUGGGGAUAUACGUACAUUUUGCAUCUGCAUAUCCUGCGUGCUAGUGAGAGUCAAUUUUGCCUAGAUUAUUUUUCCUGAAAAAUACUGAAUUAAAACUGUACAAGUCUGUGGGGAGGAGCUUGACCCAGGAGCGGAGCAGACAUUUGUUACACAGGCUCCGGACUCCGAUUUCGGGGUGCUAAUCCCCGCCAAGGACCAAUUCUGACCACUCAAGUAUGUUCCAUGGGCCAGGGAUUUCCAGACAAACAGUCAUUACUUAUGACCUUACUCCACCGGGAUCCCAAGUAGUUCUGUAGUGGCCUGUUUCCAGAGCGGCAGCGCUCCUGUUUCCCCCCCACCCCUUUGACCAGCAGGGGUUAUCUCUAUCGCCACUGGACUGUUCUGAGCAACUUCUGCUGCACUUACCUCUUGCUCUGAGUUGCCCUCGAAACAUAUUCCACCUCAAACAUUUAAGAUAGCAGCUGCUCUUCAUGAAACUGGAGCCCUGGCCUCAUGCGACUACUUAUUGCUGCGUCUAAAGGGGCACUUUCGGGCCUUCUGGAGAAAACUUCAUGUCUGCUGCAACCGCAGGGAGGCGAUCAAAGGCACACUGUGCCGGAGAGGAGGAAACUCCCACUGAGCAAAUCUUUGAGAAUGCCUAAACACACAUGGCCUGCCGUCCCAGACCAAGGGACUUCCAAGGAGGUACCUCUACCCACCAACCACACAAGCCAAAGCUCAUACGCCGAAAGAGGCGCUUACCACGUGGUUCUUUCACUUACCCCUGCUGGGAGACAGACUUGCCACCCACAAAUCAUCAUAUCUGUGGCUCCUGGAUGUCGGUCCUCAUAGGCAUGAGGCUGGGGGUGACACGCCGUGGCGCUACACUUCUGAUGUUCCAGGGAACUCCAGGCAGCGCUCUACAUUUCAUGCCUCAAGGGAUAAGCUGAUGCCAUUGUGUCUUAUAUAAUAUUAAUGCCUUGCAAAGGGUCACUAUAUCUGUUGAAUAUAUUUGCUUAUUUUUAUUUAUUUACUUUGGUUGUGCAUAUAGGAAACCACACAGGUAAACUUACUAUGCCACAGCUGCAUGAGCAAGCAUCAAUAAACAUGUUUAACGCAGUAAGUGACGUAUGAGGAACAUGCACGCUUUUAUAGUAAUAUAGAAGAGAUAUGUGAGGGUCAAUGCAAACAGUAAUAAAAUGAAAGAUUAAACUACGCUUGGUGCUCCAACAAGUUUAUACUAAGCUUUUAGAGCGACAACUAAGCAACAGUAGCUGUAUUUUGUGAGCAUGGAAAGCAAGUGAGAGUUACAUGUCUGUGGCUGAAUAUAUGGGGUUACAAUAAGCCAAUGCAUAGAGAGGUGUGUGUGUGUGUGUGUGUGUGUGUGUGUGUGUGUAUAUAUAUAUAUAUAUAUAUAUAAUAUAUUAUAUUAACCACUGGUAUAUAGACUAAUGGGGCAUUAUGGUAAACUUGAUAUAUAUAUUGACAGCCGAAACAGCAUGCUCACGAUGAGAAGUAAGGCAUGUCCGCUGUGAGAAAGAAUAGUAGGCACUUCAGCCUAUGCCCAUUAUAGGAUUGUCCCGUAUUCUGUCACUGUCGGCCCCUCUGAUGGAGCCCCUUGGCUUAGCCCUCACAUGUCGGCAAGAUUUUCAGCAACGCGGCCUUCAGCUUUAGCCCUUAGGUGCAGAGUUGAUCAGAGACCCCUGGGGCAGGUAUGUUGCAUGCAGGUUGGGUUUGCUUGUUGUUCCAGCUCUGGUGUAUGUGAGAGCAAGUGCGUGCGCCCGAGUAGCAUGUUGCUGUUUCCCGCCAUAACAAUCUUCGGCGUCUUCUUUGCCGGAUUGCCGCUCUGGAGGCUCAAAGUGGAAUGCACAUACAGGCGACGCCAGGUGUUGCAGGCGAAUCCAUGAAGCCACCACUCUAACGGCAAGAUUGUAGGUCAGUCCAUGAGUACAGAGCUUUGUCCAGAAGCUCACAAAGAGCCGGUCAAAGGCCUCUAGGGGAUGCAUGGGUGUCUGGGUGCAGGUGCGCUUUGUCGUUUGCCCCAUCUGUGCAGCCAUCUUGAUUGUGCCUCGACAGUCCAGUACAGCUGCAGGCUGUGUCGCUCGUCCUGGUGAGCCUCUCAGCAAUCCAGUGGGGAUUUAAGCCAGCUAGCCACACUUCAAGGCUGGGGAUCGGCCGACUCCCCCACCUCGUGCGUAGCAGCAGGCUGCGGGUAGGUCAAGUGCCGACAUGAGCCGUUAGUUGCAGGCUUGCAAUGCUCGGGAGGUCAGUAAAGGUGCUCCCCAGGAUGAGAUGCAGGAUAGAGACCAAUUAGGAAUCACUUAUGGCCCGUUAGCGGUACAGAAAGUAAUUUCUCCUGAGGAACUCCAGUUCUAAGCGGCCAUCUUGGUCGGCUUUCAGGCCCCGCACCCUUUUUAUUUUUGCAUGUAGUGCAGCAGCCUAAUAUAGACCUGACUCCAGUAGUUCUACUCUUUUAACAGAUUAGUCUAGCAUGAUACGCUAUGCCAUUUUUAUAGCUAUUAUAGCUAUGCCACUUAUCAUGCCUUAAGUUCUAUACUCAUGUUUAUAGAAUACUAAAAUGUGCAGUAUGUAUGAAUACCACACAGAUUUUAUACUACAAUGUUUUGCUAUGCUCUUGAAAUUGCUGUUGUGGCGAUUAAUUCUUGCUUGUAUCUUUUUGCACAUCAAAAAUUAAAGAAUUUAAAAAAACAAAAGAAAAAAAACCCUGUACUAGUCUUACUACUAGAACUACAAAUCACACCAUGCUCAGACACCUUUCGUGGCCAGUGACUUAGUGGCAUGUUUUCUGAAGCUGUUUGUUCUUUAUAAAAGUUAUUUCCCUGUGGCUAUGCUGUCACAGGCUUGUAUCUGUCUCACUGUGAGCGGAGUUUGGCCAGUAGAUUGGAACACGGAUACAGCAAUUAGCUUAUCGCUCAGCAAUGCGAUGUUUCGGUUUGUAGUACAAUGCUUCUGAAACGCUCAUGGAAUUUCCCCUUUCUGUUUCAAUCCAGUCACAGAAACAAAAGUUGGCACAUUGUAAUCUCUCCUACUGCAGCUGUUUCUUGUGUAAGGCCAACUUCCUGGGUACUGGGAGACUUUACUCACGCAGGCUUCUGGGAAAAAAUAUGCAUGUCAUUGGAAAAUGGAAUUUAAUACACAGUAAAUGCUUCCAGGCAAUCUAUGCUUUCCUCGUAAAAACCUCAGAUUCUCAAUUCGUGUAUUUAUGAGGAAGACGAGAACCAUGAAACUUUACUUUCUCUCUGUCCUGAUAUAUGUGCUUUUCUAACAAAUCAGGUAUUCGUUUAUCACCGUACUCCACAGUAAGAAACACCCUUUACUGCAGUGUGCAUGAGCAUAUCACAGAGCUCUACAGCCAUAAAACUCACGGUAAUGUGCGAUUUGUAUGACAGAGCUCCACAGCAUUAAGCUCACAGUAAUGUGUGAUGUGUAUGACAGAGCUCCACAGCCAUAAUACUUACAAUAAUGUGCAGUGAUGGGAGUAUGAUAGAGCUCCAAAGCAUUAAAACUCACAGUAAUGUGUGGUGUGUAUGACCGAGCUCCACAGCAUUAAAACUCAAAGUAAUGUGCUGUGUGUAUAUGGGCAUGACAGAGCUACACAGCAAUAACAUUUACAGUAAUGUGCAGUGUGAGCGUUUUAUUGCUCUGGAGGUUUGUCAUCCAGUCUUGUGUGGUGCAGUGGAGGCAGCGCCCCACCAGUUUUUAUGUGGGAGAAAAAAUUAUUUGCAUUACGGUAGUUUUGAAACACUAAGACUCUUUAUCUGAAUUAGUGUCUCUUUAAUUCUGUAAUGGGAUUCAGUUCUGCAGUGCCUCUGCCCCAUCAUUUGAAGCUGUUAGGAAAAGAUCACUUGAGAGUAUCUGGGCAUGUCAAAAAAUAAAUAAAAAUGGGCCUAGUUUGAGAUCUGUCCUAUUUUAGAAGGUUUUGCACAUGCCCAGUGUCCUUUUUAAGAAGGAAUUUCUAUUGAGUUGACAUUUUGGCAGCAGGCACGCUAUUAGACUCUAUUCAGGGGCCAUUACUGGCGGAUAGCACCAGGGUCACAGUGCCCACAGGAGAGAGAAGCAAGAAGCCAUCUUGGAAGCAGCACAGGGACAACAGAGCAGCAGCUCCUGGCUCCUGCCAAAUGUAGGUAUAAUAUUAUAUUCUCUGUAAAAUAUUACACUCUGAGGGCUGAUUAAGCAAAUGAAUUUCCGCAAUUAUAUAAUUAAUAAAUGCAAAUCUAGGGAUGGCCAGGGGCAGGGCCGGUGCAAGGAUUUUUGCUUUCCUAGUUUUAACACUUUACAUGUUUACAUUACAGGGUUAAUCCACCCUCUAGUGGCUGUCUUCCUGACAGCCGCUGGAGGCGCAUCUGCAACGCUGGAUGUGAAAUUCCCAUCCGGCGUGCAGAACGUCCAUAGGAAUGCAUUGAGAAAUGCUUUCCUAUGGAGUGUUUGAAUGCGCGCACGUGCAUUCCGCUCCACUCAGGAGCUGACGUAGGUGGGGGAGGAGGGGUCACCAGCGCCAAGGGAGCCCGGUACUGGAUUAAAAUAAGUGGCUGAAGGGGUUUUAACCCCUUCAGCUCCAUGGGAGGGGGAACCUGAGGUUGGGGACACCCUUAGGGCACUGUAGUGUCAGGAAAACCGCUUUGUUUUCCUGAUACUAUAGUGAUCCUUUAAAGGGCAAUGGAAAUACUAUAGACAAUGGGUUGGAAGCAGAAUCUAUAAAUGAGAUUACAGGUAAAGUAUAGUAAGGAUUCUAAAGUAACAGGAAAACCUAUAAACUAAAUUAUAGGCAGAAGGAAGGAGUAUAAAGAAAAAACAGAGUUAGGCAAUAUGCACCCGGACAGUCCCAAACACUGUUAGCAGCAGUCUUGCCAGAGGCGCCCCCAGGGAUCUGGCACCCUAGGCCACCACCUAAGUGGUCUAACGGAAGCGCCGAACCUGGCCAGGGGGGACAAGGGGAGGGGGACAUUUCUGACACAGAGCACUGUGCUGCCUGUCACUUGUUGUUUUAAUAACUCCUACUGCACAUAGCCACGAUCUUAUUAAAAAUGAUAAGGCUUCAAACUGCGGGACUCGGGCUGUGACUCUGAGGACUGAAAUUAUUCUGAUUUGAAUCUGUUUAAAUCUGCAAUGAUUGUUGAUUCUGUUAACCAUGUCCGCUACUUUCUGUCUCUAUAGUCCAACUGCAGAUUAAUUAUAUUGCCUGCUGCUCUAACCUAGUUUAAGGAGUAGCUGAUAUGUUUGGAGUCUACUAGUAUCUUCAUGCUUUAACCAUGCGCACACUGUGUGCUGAGAGCUAAUGCAGUAGCUGACAUGUUUCAUAACAGCAGCAAUAUUUACUAGAAAGUCAUCAUAGCAGGAGCACUCCUUAAGGUGAGAUUAUGUAAGGGAAAGGACUAGGAAGGUAGACAGUGAGAGCAGAGACAUGCACUGUGAGGGGAUCUUUGUAUUGUAGCUCUGUGUAGUCUACAGUGAUCCUGGCUGUGUGGGAUAGUUAUGGCUAGCUCCUUAUUGUGCCAAGCUCUGUGCAUUAUAGCUCUAUAUUUUUUUUCUCAGUUCUGUUUGUGGCAUGGUUACCUCUGUAUUGUACUCAGCUCUAUGUAUUUUAUAGAUAUCUUUAUGUUAUGCCUAACUUGUUUUAUUGUAUGAGUAUAUAUCUCUAUUGAGCUCGGUUCUCUGUAUUGUACAAGUAUCUCUUUAUUAAGCUCAGCAUUCUGUAUUUCUAUAACGCGUAGGGAGGAGUCUGGCGCCCCACCAUCUUAAACCGUCGCCAUCUGCAAUGUGCAGUGUGUGUGUGUAUCAUACAAUAAUAAAACACAGCAAUGUGCAGUGUGUAUGUGUGUAUCAUACAAUAAUAAAACACAGCAUUGUGCAGUGUGUGUGUGUCACACAACAAUAACACAGCAAUGUGCAGUGUGUGUGUAUCACACAAUAAUAAAACACAGCAAUGUGCAGUGUGUGUGUAUCACAAUAAUAAAACACAGCAAUGUGCAGUGGGUGUGUAUCACACAAUAAUAACACAGCAAUGUGCAGUGGGUGUGUAUCACACAAUAAUAAAACACAGCAAUGUGCAGUGUGUGUAUCAUACAAUAAUAAAACACAGCAAUGUGCAGUGUGUGUGUGUGUGUAUCACACAAUAACACAGCAAUGUACAGUGUGUGUGUGUAUCACACAAUAAUAAAACACAGCAAUGUGCAAUGUGUGUGUAUCACACAAUAAUAACACAGCAAUGUGCAGUGUGUGUGUGUGUAUCAUACAAUAAUAAAACACAGCAAUGUGCAGUGUGUGUGUGUGUAUCACACAAUAAUAAAACACAGCAAUGUACAGUGUGUGUGUGUAUCAUACAAUAAUAAAACACAGCAAUGUGCAGUGUGUGUGUGUGUGUCACACAAUAAUAACACAGCAAUGUGCAGUGUGUGUGUGUAUCAUACAAUAAUAAAACACAGCAAUGUGCAGUGUGUGUGUGUGUGUAUAUCACACAAUAAUAAAACACAGCAAUGUGCAGUGUGUGUAUCAUACAAUAAUAAAACACAGCAAUGUGCAGUGUGUGUAUGUGUAUAUCACACAAUAAUAAAACACAGCAAUGUGCAGUGUGUGUAUCAUACAAUAAUAAAACACAGCAGUGUGCAGUGUGUGUAUCACACAAUAAUAAAACACAGCAAUGUGCAGUGUGUGUAUCACACAAUAAUAAAACACAGCAAUGUGCAGUGUGUGUGUGUGUGUGUAUCACACAAUAAUAAAACACAGCAAUGUGCAGUGUGUGUGUAUCACACAAUAAUAAAACACAGCAAUGUGCAGUGUGUGUGUGUAUAUCACACAAUAAUAAAACACAGCAAUGUGCAGUGUGUGUGUGUGUCACACAAUAAUAAAAUACGGCAAUGUGCAGUGUGUGUGUCACACAAUAAUAAAAUACAGCAAUGUGCAGUGUGUGUGUAUCACACAAUAAUAAAACACAACAAUGUGCAGUGUGUGUGUGUGUGUGUGUAUCACACAAUAAUAAAAUACAGCAAUGUGCAGUGUGUAUAUCACACAAUAAUAAAACACAGCAAUGUGCAGUGUGUGUGUAUCACACAAUAAUAAAACACAGCAAUGUGCAGUGUGUGUGUGUGUGUAUCACACAAUAAUAAAAUACAGCAAUGUGCAGUGUGUGUGUGUGUAUCACACAGUAAUAACACAGCAAUGUGCAGUGUGUGGAUCACACAAUAAUAACACAGCAAUGUACAGUGUGUGUGUAUCAUACAAUAAUAAAACACAGCAAUGUGCAGUGUGUGUGUGUGUGUAUCACACAAUAAUAAAACACAGCAAUGUGCAGUGUGUGUCACACAAUAAUAAAACACAGCAAUGUGCAGUGUGUGUGUGUGUGUGUAUCACACAAUAAUAAAAUACAGCAAUGUGCAAUGUGUGUAUCACACAAUAAUAAAACACAGCAAUGUGCAGUGUGUGUGUGUGUAUCACACAAUAAUAAAACACAGCAAUGUGCAGUGUGUGUGUCACACAAUAAAAUACAGCAAUGUGCAGUGUGUGUGUGGAUCACACAGUAAUAACACAGCAAUGUGCAGUGUGUGUGGAUCACACAGUAAUAACACAGCAAUGUACAGUGUGUGUGUAUCAUACAAUAAUAAAACACAGCAGUGUGCAGUGUGUGGAUCACACAAUAAUAACACAGCAAUGUGCAGUUUUAUCACACAAUAAUAAAAUACAGCAAUGUGCAGUGUGUGUGUGUAUCACACAGCAAUGUGCAGUGUGUGUGUAUCACACAAUAAUAAAACACAGCAAUGUGCAGUGUGUGUGUGUGUCUAUCACACAAUAAUAACACAGCAAUGUGCAGUGUGUGUGUAUCACACAAUAAUAAAGGUGCCGUCCUUCCUCCCCAGCGGCAGUGUGAGUCCCAGUGGCCAUUUGAAGUGUUGGUAGGUAUGCAGUACAGGUGUCGAGGAAAGCCAAAACACAUUGGUAUGUGCCCCACCCAGUUUAUUUAGUUUAUAUUUGUUUGCAACGUUGCCACGCUUAUCAAUAAAGGGACACGCUAAUCACCACCACUAGUACAUCAUAUUGCGGUGUGUAUGGUGCAAUAAGACUUUGGGUGUCGCUCCCUAUCCCACGUUUUUAGAAGCUGUGUUCGGCCUGCUCUCUGCUUGUGUGCACAAACGCUGUGAGCUCUGGACCAAGCCUAUCAUUGCCGUCUGUGAAUGUAUAAUGCAACCGUGAAACUCCCUCAUUAUCAGAGGGGCCGGCCGGGUGCAGAGGAGAGCAAGAUGUUUUGUAAAACCUCUUUAAAACCCAAAUGCGGUUACCCAAAAAUGUUAACUGUUAGCGAUUCAGAGUUAAUUUUCAUAUUUUAGGCCAAAGUGACAAUUUUUCCAAAUCAUCUAUUUUGGCCUGAAAGUUGAAAUUCACUUGGAAUUUUAAAGUCACACCAUAUAUAUAUAUAUAUACAUAUAUAUAUAUAUAUAUAUAAAACCCGACGUCUUGCUUCAUAACCCCUACCAAGCUGUAGGAUCUCCUUUAAAUCACAUUUUUUGUGUGUGAAAACCAUCCAUUUUUAAUUGUUCCCUUUCACCGUCUUGUGUAAAAGUACUCAUUUUAAAUUAUCUAAAAAUCUGAAUACAUUUCUUCCUUAAAAAAGGAAGUUGAUAUGCCGGCUGGCACCAUCUUUGUAACAUUGUAACACAAAUUCCUUUGAUGGGAGUCAAGGCUUUUACUGCCAGAGGAGAGUUUUUAUUUUUUUAUUUUUUUUAUUUAAGUAGCAACAGAUCCUUUCUGCCUACAAAAUCAAUUUCCAGGAGGUCUUUCCUUCAGGAUCACUGGCACUUAACCCUUUCAACAUUUCAUUGCAUUUAUUAGGUGACCCAUUCAUCAGCUGUAAAAUUAACUCCAUGAACUGUCCUUUAGUCAGAAUUUAGGAAGUGGCAUUCUGGGAGAAUUGUGGAGCACAAUCUUUUUAGAGCUGAUCUGUCUGUAUAUUACUAUAUCUUUGCAUCCGGUUGCCUUUGGAAAUGUAGGUGAUGGGUAACAGUAAAUUUCAGUAUAUGGUAGACAUAUUUUCUUUUGAAGAGGAAGGGGUCCCUGUUAUGAGAGUUCGGCAGGUAGGCCGCAAACAUGAACAAUUUAUUGUAGACUAUUACCUGAGGCUUACCUAUGCCCACGAAUAGACACCCGUUAAAGUCGACCUACUAUGCUGGAUAGUUAUAUAUUGGGACAUAAUCCGCCCAUCUUGAGCAGAGACAAUCAUGCAGUCUUCUGAUUUUUGAUACUUCAUAAACCCUGCAUGACACUGGCUGAGAGCAUGAGCAAUAUGGUGAGCGAGGUGGUGGGGGCACACGCACCUCGUGGGGCCCUUGGUUUGUGCCAGUAAUUAUGGUGCUCAGAGUGUCUGUUUAAUGUGGCUCGGUGUCACAUUUUAAACAGUAAAUAUAUAGACAAAGUUCAUUCAUAUUUUAAUAUAAUAUCUUUGACUUUAAUGUGGUUCUUCAGUAGUUUGUAGUUUAAUUUUCAUAUUUUAUUUUUUAAAUUUUUUUCCCAAAUCAUCCAUUUUGGCCUAAAAGUUGAAAUUCACCUAAAAUGUUCAACAAAUCACACUUUUUAGUGAAUAAUAGCUGUGUUGCAGGGGUUGUUGUGUCUGACUAGUUUUAUUGCGAUGGAUAUCUAUACAUGUAUUACAGCAGUUAUUUUUUUGUGUUGAUGUAAUUGCUUUGCAGUUGUGUCAAAGUAAAUGUAAGUGUUUAGUACUGCAGUAUGUUGCCGUAUUGCAGAAUUGUUUUGUAGUUAUGUGACAGGAAUUGUAUGUAAUCUUGUAGCAAUAGUUAUUAGGCCCAAAACGUUUUCUGUGGUUGUGUUGAUUAAGUUAUUAUUUUACCCUAGUGGUUUUGUUGCACUAGUUAUGUAAUUUGUAGUUUUGUAAUAUUUAGGGUAUUAUUCUAGUUGUUUAGAUGUGUGAAAUGUUAGCUGUGUAUAAUUGUGUGCUAUGAGGUGGAAUUUAUAUCACCCGACGCCCGGCUCAUGCAGUUCUAGGUGUGUCACAGCAAGCGGCAAGUGGUGGAGGGUGACGACGACACACAACUGUCCGGCUUGUGGUUGCAGUAUGAUUGUAGCUGUGUACCAGUUAGUGAGUGUGUGUGAGAUUCUAGUUGCGUAAUGGUAUACCGGCUAGUGUGUUUGUAAUGUAGGGUUAAUGUUUUUGUGAGAGAUUCGAGUUGUGUAGGGUUUGUUAUUGUAGCUGUGUUCCAGUUAGCGUAUAUAUGUGAGAUGCUAGUUCUAUAGUGCUGUACAGUUAUAGCUGUGUAUCAGUGUUGGUGCAAGAUAUUAGUUGUGUAGUGGUGUACCAUUGUAGCGGUGUACCAGUUAGUGAGUGUGUAUGUGUGUGAUUCUGGUUGUGUAGGGUGUUUUAUUGUUGGUGUGUGUUUCUAGUUGUGUAAUGGUGUACGAUUGUAGCAGUGUACCAGUUAGUGUGUGUGAUUCUAGUUGUGUAGGGUGUUUUUUAUUGUAACUGUGUAGUGUGUGGGGGUGUGUGAUUCUAGUUGUAUAGUGGUGUACGAUUGUUGCUAUGUAUGGCUAGUGUUUGUGUGUGAGAUUCUAGUUGUGCAGGGUGUUUUAUUGUAGCUGUGUCGUGUGUGUGUGAUUCUAGUUGUGUAGGCUGUUUUAUUGUUGCUGUGUCGUGUGUGUGUGUGAUUCUAGUUGUGUAGUGGUGUACAGUUUUAGCUGUGUACUAGUUAGCGAGUGUGUGUGUGAGAUUCUAGUUGUGUAAUAGUGUACGAUUGUAGCGGUGUACCAGUUAGUGUGUGUGAUUCUAGUUGUGUAGGGUGUUUUAUUGUUGCUGUGUAGUGUGUGUGUGAUUCUGGUUGUAUAGUGGUGUACGAUUGUUGCUAUGUAUGGCUAGUGUUUGUGUGAUUCUAGUUGUGUUGAGUGUACAAUUGUAGCUGUGUACGGUUCGUGUUUGUGUGAGAGAUUCUUGUUGUGUAGGGUGUGUUAUUGUAGCUGUAACAGUAUUUAGUUAUUUAGCUAUGGGUGCUCUGAGACGCUGAGUCACAGUCACACGACCUCUUGAGUUGAGGAUCCCAGACACUGUUAGAGAGUUACACCCAGUGGAUGGGGGGUGAGGGGGAGGGGGCUUUUGUUACCUUCUUUACCCCUGACUCUUUACAGUAGCAAAAUACUCUGUGUGUGACUUGCAGUAAGAUCCAAUACUAGAACUCUCUUGCCACCCUCUCUUCUCCUUCCUUUCUAUCUGUAGAUGUGAAGUUACACAGUGCCACCUGGUGGGUGUGUUUGGAUAUGUUACUUGCUAGAAUGCCCAUGAUAGUGGCUUGUCUGUCUGACAUUUUCCAAUUAUGUUGUCAAAGCAGGCCUGUCACCUUUUGACAGUUUUAUAUUAUUCAUUAGGGAGUUAAAAAAAACAAAAAGCAGAAAACACUUGAUUAAUUCCGUGUUUGUAAUAUUCUUGUGUUAACCAUUUCAGUACCGAUUAUCAUGCCAAGCCAAAUAAUAAGGGAUUUGCCUUCCCGCUAACUCCUACCAACACGCACACCUCAACAUGGGCAACCCAGCACAUUUACAAUAAAAAAACAUGUUGGCUCUAUGUACAAAUACUCCGGGUUCUUCAAGGUGAAUUUAAACCAAAAUUCAAAUGUAACAAAAUAGCAGAAUUUGAAAAACUCAGCGGUGCUUUCAAUGAGUUCUGGCCUUAAAGCUUCUCUGUCUGUAAAAAUAAAGGUAAUCUAAUCUUUUUCUAUAUAGCUCCCUGAGUCUAAAUCUUUCAAUUUUUUCCCUGGGCAUUCUAAUUUUCAUAAAAUACAUAGGGAAAAAUAGGGACUAUUUUCCUUAUGUGUAGCAGUCACAUUGCAAAAAUGUGACAACAAGAGGGGCUUUGAAAAAAUAGAAAACCGAAAAACCCGAGUGUGUCAUUGUGUUUUUUUUUUCAUUGUUUUUUUCCCUUUUCUUCCACCACCACUGGUUAGAGGUCGCAGAGCUAUACUUUUGUAACUUUAUUUUUCACUAAAUGCACUCAUGUUUUAACUUUCCGUUAAUGCGUCCUUUGGCUUUUCAGAAAGUACAGUUUCCUUUUUUUUUUUCGUUUACUGCCAUGCCGCUGGUAUAUCAUCAACAUAUCGGAAUACCAACAUUAGGUCCGUAUCUAAACAAAAAUAACUUUUGGAAUUGAUGGUAAAUUAUGAAUGUUUUAUUUAUGCAUUCAAGUUCAGAAGAUACAGGUGAUUGGACAGUUCAACGGGGCAUACGCAGAACACAGGUGAGUUUCGGGAAGUUGUACAUAUGAUGAUCUAAUUGGCUGAUGAAACCACCAGCCACACACACUUGAAGACCCUUCUCUUCUCCAAUAUGGCCGCCACACCGAUUACAAGAAGAUAAUUGGGAAUUUGCCCAUAGCAGCCAUUUUCAGAUUGACCUGACCUUUUUAUCUGUCCAGCUACCUAUCCAGAAAACUUACCUACCUGGAGCCAGCAUGACCUCCCUCAUUGAUGGCAUAGUAUAUUCUGCUGAUACCCUCUGUGUUCACUGUUUAGCAAUGGCAGCUCAGGACAGUUCAGCCACAUUUAAUUGCAGUGGAACGAGUCAGACUGACAACAUUCUGUAGUAUGUUUUGGAGUUUUAAAUCCUGAUCCACCAGAUCAUAAGUGAGAUCGAGAAGGAGGGCUUGUUUGAUUGUAUUGUUCCCAAAGCUGGGUAGCACUUAAAUAUUUUGUAUUUCUGGAAUCUUGUCCUUAGCUAGUAAUCUGAUUUUCCGUAUUUCUUCGACUCUGAUUGAAUCCUAUUAUUUAUUACAUAUUUUCGUUUUGUACUACUUUUGCCUUUUUGUCUCUCUCUCUGGGGUUUUAUAUAAAAGGGAUACUGUAGUGCCUGGAAUACAAAUCUGUAUUCCUGGUACUACUGCUCCCCCCUCCCUCACGCCCCCCUCCCCCUGGUAAACAAAGGGUUAAAAAAAACUCUUUAUUUACUUACCUUAUGCCAGCCACAAUGUCCCUCAGCACUGGGUUGCAGCUCUGUCCCUUGACGAGCGGGGUCUAAUGCGCAUGUGCGGCAAAUUGAAUCAAUGCUUUCCUAUGGGGACAAAUCUAACGCUGGAGGUCCUCGUGCAGAGCGUGAGGACGUCCAGCGUCCGAUACCAGACCAAAGGUCAAUUUCAAUUCAGGAAGCCCUCUAGUGGCUCUCUGGUAGACAGCCACUGAGGGUAGACUUAGAGCUGCAAUGUAAACAUUGCAGUUUCUAUGAAACUGCGAUGUUUUACAUUGCAGCACCAAGUGCAAAAGGGACACUGCACCCAGACAACUUUAAUUAGCUUCAAAUAAGCUUGAAAUGUUUAAGGUCUGAUAAUAUACAUUGUUGUCUUUAUAUUGUUUACCUUUACCCCCUGAUUAUAGCCUAUGCAUUUUGCUGGGAUCAUCCUGUGUUUUACAGAAUCUCUUUCCAUCUAACACAUAACUGUAGCAGGCCCAGCCCCCCUGUACUAGUUACUUGUAAGGAAAACAGUGCAAAAACAACCAAUGGGAGAAAUAAAAGACUGCAAGGAGAGAGAAAUGUUAAAGGACCACUAUAGUGCCAGGAAAACAUAGCCCCCACCCUCAGGGACCCCCUCCCACCCGGCUCUGGAAGGGGGAAAAGGGUAAAAACUUACCUUUUUCCAGCGCUGGGCGGAGAGCUCUCUGCCUCCUCUCCUCCUCCGUUACACCCCGCCGGCUGAAUGCGCACGCGCGGCAAGAGCUGCGCGCGCAUUCAGCCGGUCUCAUAGGAAAGCAUUUACAAUGCUUUCCUAUGGACGCUGGCGUGCUCUCACUGUGAAAAUCACAGUGAGAAGCACGCAAGCGCCUCUAGUGGCUGUCAAUGAGACAGCCACUAGAGGGAAUAGGGGGAAGGCUUAUCCCAUUGAUAAACAUAGCAGUUUCUCUGAAACUGCUAUGUUUAUUAAAAAAUGGGUUAACCCUAGCUGGACCAGGCACCCAGACCACUUCAUUAAGCUGAAGUGGUCUGGGUGCCUAGAGUGGUCCUUUAAUAAGAGAGUGCCAUUUUCAAAAGCAGUGUCACCAAAAUGUUGGGCAGUCUUCAUUUUUAAAAUCUAGGUGGAGGUUUAGACCCAGUUCUAUUCAAGCAGGGAAUACGGACAAAACCUGUGCCUUAAGAAACCAUUGAAUGAAAGGUUUUCCACAGCUGAUAUUGUGGACCAAGUUUAGAAGGUUGGGUUGGCCCAGAAUGUGCCCCUCCAUUUUCUAUCCCCCCCAUUUCUGACUGACCUACUGGGGCUUUAAAAAGUGCUUAUGGAAACCAUCCUCCGUAUUUUUCUGACCGUUUGAGAUCAGUUCCACAGAAGUCAGGGUUUUAUCUGGUACUCACAGGCCUCUUUUUCCGCUGCUGCAUUGAUAAUUCAGAAUUUAUACUUGCACUUAAUUCAUAUAUUUUCUCCCAUAUUAGAUGACAGUGGGACCAGUUGGUCCAGCAGUGUCAGCCUGUCUGUCUUUCUCAAUUCUGUUGGACAUUAUUUAUGUAGUUAUAUCGAUGUGGAAGCGGAAAUUCCGUAUUGUCAAAUUACCUGAAGAGGAAUCUGACAAAAACGGGCUACCCCAACAUCCAGAAACAAACCGCUCCCAAAUAGUGACAGAAUUGCAGGGAUGGCUGCUGUUGCCUUUUUGCAGCAAAUCCACUGUGUUGAGCUCUAGUCAUUGUGUUUUUUUUUUUGUUUUUUUUUAGACUUGAUGAACUAUGUAGCCAUGGUAACAAAAACACUGUAUUUAUUGAAUGUUAGCUUGUCCCUCUAUUUACUGUCCUAUUGAGUUUUUAAUGGCUUUUUUUGUAUUAAAACUCAUACUUUGUAACGUAUCAGUGUUAUGUGUAGACUAUGAACCACUAAUAUGUGAUCUUCGCUUUUUAGCCUAAACUUAAAUCCCAAGAGGAGCUUCAGGUAAAGAGGGUUGAUACGAUCAGGUACAAAUCAUUUUUGGGUUGUAUUUUGGUAACAGUUGGCCCUCUGGCAGUAGAAAGCGGGACACUUGCCCCCAGCUAAACACUUUAAUUUUUAUGUGUGGCUUUUAUGUUUUAUUGUUUUUUUCCCAUAACAGGGGCACCCUGCCCACGCAUUGUAAAUGUGAGAGGGGUUUUCUGGUACAGGAAUGGUGUGACCGGCUACACUUGCUUAAUGAUACAUAGAGCAGAGUUAGUGUGUUCACGUAAUGUUGCUGUACCUCUGCUCAUUGAUCUGGUUAUGGGACAUUACAUUACCAGGAACGACGCUCUGUUAGUGCACAAUUAAGAGCUGCGUAGUGACAGGAGCCCAUCCUCAACACUUAAACACCAGAGGGAUUAGAUCUAGCCACCAGCUGAUGGAGAGCUAGAGAGAUCAUAUGUCCAGAGCUACCCAAAUCAAACAAGAACACAACGUCCCUUUAUAGAUAUUUCAAUUAUGAUACUAUGUGUUAUUUUGGCAUUUAAUAAAUCUGCACCUUUUAUUAUCCAGGAACACUGGGAUAUGAGGGAGUAAUGAGUUUAAUCUGUUACUCCAGUCUUGGGACCACCGGAGACCUGGUAAAAUGGAGUAAACUGAAGCAUAUUGUGGACUACAUGCAUGGAGUAAGGGGAUGUCACCUUAUUGUAUUGGCAUGGAGAAUGGGUCGCUGGAGUGUCGGGGUUUAUGGGAUACAGGACUCUAAAUUUAGGGAUGGUCAGUUGUUGGAAUGGCAUUUGUGGAUUUAGAAUUGGUUAUAAAUGGAUAUAAAGAGAGGGGUGAUAGAAGAUUUGUCAUUCAGAAGCACCCAGGUGGGACCCCUAUUUCAUACUGUGCACAAAAACAUGACCACAUCCUGUAUACAGCAACCCACUCAGGACCGCAGUAUCACUUACACACACAAUGCCUCAAACUUACACAUUUGAAAUAUCUGAAAACUGUUUAAAAGGUUUGGAUUCUUUUUUUUUUUCUUUUAUAAACCUUUAGAGGAGAUCAGAGGGAGUAUUUAGGCAGUUGGCAUUCUAACUGUCUUGUGGACUGGUGGGUGGUGGAGGGGUUCUAGGUUGAGGUGUCAUGGGGCAAUGUUAGAUUUUGACUAAAAUCUUGUCCACGGCUCCCACACCUCUUGGAAGAGGGACAAUUUGUGGGUAACAGAGGCUUGUAUGUUUUCCAUUAUUUUAAGCGCGUCUACUCUCAGAAUCCAUUCUCUGAUCGUCGGGGUAUUGGGAUUUUUCCAUUUUACUGGAAUGAGGAUGUUGGCUGCUGUGAGGAGAUGGGUUACAAGUCUUUUCUGUGUGUUGGUGAGGGUGUGGGGUAGCAAAAGGAAUAGCAGUGUGUGUGUGUGGGGUAUGGGGAAGUUUUAUUCCGGUUACCGUCGUAAUCAUUGAAAAGGUUUGGAUUCUGUGUCUUAUCUUAUUAAGAAGAACAGCUGAAUGACAUGGAACCCCCUUCCUCAAGGAGGGAGUGGGAUGGCGAGGGUAACACUGCAGUAGAAUAUAUGGACCUAUUGGGGCAAUCAGUGGAAGUCUUCUGUAUUUCCCAAUAGACCAUUCUACGUCUUGCAGGUUAAUGUAGGAUGCAUUACCAGUCUGUACAUACUGUGUAAAGCUAACCUACAUGCUUUGUUUUGCAACCUGCCCAUUCUUGAAUCCAGGAAAUCUAUUCCUUGCUUCAGCUGGCCACAUUGUGAGGGUUAUUUCAGCUACACUGAAUUUCUUGUGAAUUGAUUGCUGAAUUGCACAACUUUAACUGUAGUCACAGAGUGACUAUUUGAGCCUGUAUUCAGCAAUGCAUUUUUCACUUCACUAGAAAUGUGUUUUUCCUGUGUGCCAACAGAGGACUGACCCGGCUGUAAUGUCAAGGCUUUAAUACAGACGCAGGCAGGUCCUACGUUAACUCUCAGUGCUGAUGAUCAAAGCAUUGCUGGGAAUUUAAAAUGCAAACCUCGAUCUGCCAACAAGGUGCAUCCAACAGCUUUAUAUAUUUAGAGGUAAUAGUGCUAACUAUAAUGCAUUAAAUCAGGGAAGGGCAAUACCUUGAUCCGAGGGCUAAACUCCUUGUUGCCAUAGCACUGCUGUAAUUAAUCACAAAUAAUACAUGUAAACACAAAAUCUAGAUUUAAAAUAAAUCCCAAAUCAAAUCUUUCAGUAAGCUCCAAUUGCAGGCAUGAUCAUGUAUAGGAACAAACUGCAUGCAUACACACACAAAAAAAAAAAAACUUAAAAAAAAAAAAAUGACAGUCUCGUACACAAUUUAAUAUACGCCAAAAUAACACAUAGUAACAGAAUUGAAAUAUCUAUAAAUGGACGUUGUGUUCUUGUUUGAUUUUGGUAGCUCUGGACAUAUGAUCUCUCUAGUCCUCCAUCAGCUGGUGGCUAGAUCUAAUCCCUAUGGUGUUUAAGUGUUGAGGAUGGGCUCCUGUCACUACGCAGCUCUUAAUUGUGCAGUAACAGAGCGUCGUUCCUGGUAAUGUAAUGUCCCGUAACCAGAUCAAUGAGUAAGGACAGCAGAACCCGGGACAUUAACACUACUUGGAUGAUCGUGCUUGAGAGAUAAUCAAAUGAGCUUCUAUUAGCAGAAUGAUAAAGGUAGGGGGAUCGUAGAAAGAUUGCAGUGAGAUUUAUCGACCAGCGAUUAUUAUUCAUGGAUAUAUCAAUUAUUUUAUUGUUGUUAGUUUGUUUAAUUAGGUCUGCUUGCUGUUCAGUGCUGCUGGUCUUUUCAGCAGUUGACCUAUAGAGUCGACACAAGACCCUGGAACAUGCGCACACCCAGAAGCGAACCUCAAGAGUUGCCAAUAAUAAUAAAAUCAUAACUAAUUACAUUGUGCUAUACUCAGAUUCAAAAUGUGUUCUAACAGCUCAUGAUCCUUGGGUUGGUUAUAGGGUGGAAUCAUAUCAGUUUAGUGAGAAGAUUUAGGUUACUAAAAAGACAAGGUAUUGAACGGGUGUAAGACUGUUCCCUUCCCUCACCUGUCAGUUCGGGCUAUACCAAUGACAUAGUGUAAUAAGACGGGAUAGAGCUAACCGUUCUGAUUUUCUUCACAGCAGCUACAGAGUGUAUUUUAGCUGUUGUAUUUAUUCCUCAGCAACUACAUUGCAAGCCAGAUUAAUAUAGGAAUGAAGUGAUGGAUGUCGCUCUGUUAGGAAGCCAAUGCAUCUGCAGUGUUUCAGCAUGUCAGAGAGAUGGGGGAGGUGCAUUAUCCAAGCAGGGCUAAACAGUUGAAUUAAUUAUUAACUCCUAAAAUAAUGCAGUAUUUAAGCUAUCUUUAUCAUAUGAAUCCAUUUUUAUAGAAGGUGUCACCACGAGCUGCCCAUUGCUGCUGCUUUUGACUGGACUGCUUCGACAAAGACUGCAAAACUGAAUGAUAUUGCCACCAUGUUGUCUGAACAAUAAUAGACGGACGAGGCCCCGUUUAAUCCAAACUGCCCCAGUCCUAGGAGCCAUCGUUACUGAGAGACAAUGGGUGCCAUCUAGUUAGUGCAUACAGAAAAACUUCACAUUAUCAUGUCAGCUACUGCACAGGGUGCUAGGAGGUUCUUUUUUUAUUGCCAAACAACUAGAUAAUUGCAACAGAAAAUGGGAAGAUGGCAUCCAAAUAACUAUUUGCACCAUUACCACUACAUUAUGCUGCUACAGUUUUGGCACAAACUAUGCAGUGCUGACGUCUACAUCAGUGUUUCUCAAAAUAUUUAUCAAUGGUUACACCAAGCACCAUGACAAAGUGCUAGGACACUGUGCAGUGUUUCAGUAUGGCCCAUACACUGAUAAGUCACAAAAUUAAAACCACCUAGAGGGAAUAACAUUGAUUAUAUCGCUUCAAUGGCACCUGUCAAGGAGUGGGAUAUAUUAGGCAGCAAGUGAACAGUCUGUUCUUAUUUUCGUGUGCUGGAAGCAGUCAAUGUAUCUCUAUGAGGAGAUGCUGAUUGGCGCAGAACAACGUUUUGCCAUGUGUGCACAUUAGCCUCCCAACUCUUUCCUGUGGGAAAGCAUUGUUUGGCUGAGAUUGUCAAUUCUAAGAAUCUCAGUCAAGGAGGUAGAGUAGUGGUAGGGGCCAGCACCGGAAGACCCGCGCUGUGCUGGAGUAAAUGUGAGUUUUAGCCUUAUUUAAAUGGAUUCUAUAGUCACCAAAACAACUUUAGCUUAAUAACGCAGUUUUGGUGUAUAGAACAUGCACCUGCGCCUCACUGCUUAAUUCUUUGCCAUUUAUGAACCCUAGUCACACCUCCCUGCAUGUGACAUGCACAGCCUUCAUAAUCACUUCCCGAGAGAGUCAUCAAUGGUUUAUCCUUCCUUUAUUGCAAGUUCUGUUUAAAGGACCACUCUAGGCACCCAGACCACUUCAGCUUAAUGAAGUGGUCUGGAUGCCUGGUCCAGCUAGGGUUAACCCAUUUUUUUUUAUAAAUAGGUUAAUCCAGCCUCCUGUUGACAGCCGCUAGAGGCGCUUGCGUGCUUCUCACUGUGAAAAUCACAGAUAGAAGACGCAAGCGUCUAUAGGAAAGCAUUAUGAAUGCUUUCCUAUGAGACCGGCUGAAUGCGCACGCAGCUCCUGCCGCGCGUGCGCAUUCAGCCGAAGGGGAGGAGAGGUGGAGUAGAGCUCCCCGCCCGGCGCUGGAGAAAGGCAAGAUUUUAACCCCUUCCUCUCCCCAGAGCCCGGCGGGAGGGGGUCCCUGAGGGUGGGGGCACCCUCAGGGCACUAUAGUGCCAGGAAAACGAGUAUGUGAAAACUAUAAAGGAGAGAAGCAAUAAAAAAAAAAGAACAAUAACAACUUGCGGCAACUUAAAUCUGAGUUCAGUACCUGGUGGAUUCUGUCUGUGGACCCCUCAUGGAAUUGAAAGUCCAGCUACUAUGGCAUUAAUUUAAGGUUUUUUCCCUGGUAUGUGUUUUUUGCAUUGCGCGGAGCGGAGCGGGGGGUGAACUCCGGUAUUGUGGAGGGGUUCAUACCCGCCAGACUCGUUGUGGCUGACCUCACUGUCCGUUCAAGCUCAGGCGUUGCAGGUGACAUUCCAACUCCUGGAAAUUCAAAGCUUUGUAUGUCGCACCCUGAUGGGUAAAGGACAGGGCUCUCGGGAACCCCCAACGGUAGGAAAUGUCCUUAGCCUGUAGUAUCUGCAGUAGUGGCUGAAGGGUCUUGCGCCAUGCGAUGGUGCCUCUAGUGAGGUCCGGGAACAGUGAUAGGGUAGAUCCCUCGAAUAACAGAGGAGUGUGCCCGCGGGCUGCUAUACGGAUCGAGAUAUUCUCUUGUAAGGUUUGAAAUCUGAUUAUCAGGUAUGCCGUCGCCUCCACUGGUGCAGAUGUCAGCUUCGGCAGUCGGAACAUGCCCUCAAUCUUGACCGCUUUGGCUUGUUUCGACGGCAGUAGGGUUUUAAGCAGGCGUCGCACAUAGUGCGGUAAGUCAGUCGAACGCACUGAGUCUGGGAUUCCCCGUACUUUCAAGUUGGUACGCCGCCUGCGCUCCUCCAGGGCUUCAGUUCUGUCAGCUGUGGCUUUUUGUUUCUGUUGGAGCUCCGCCAGUGCGUGUUCCACAGCGAUGAGCCUUGAGUCAUGUGUGUCCGUUUUUGCCUCCAGGAGGGUUAUUUUGUGCACGGCCCCGUCUAUGGCUUCUUUGUAAUGGGCCAUGUCCGCCGCUAUGUUCGCUGUCAGUUCAGAAAGCAUGUCCUUAAGUUGGGCGGCUGUGACCGGGUCUCCGGCAGCCAGUGGUUUGGCUUUUGGCACUGCUGGCUGACUGAUCGAGGUCCCUACCCCAGGGUUGUAGGAGAGAUCCUCAGAGGAGUACGAGGAUCCAUCGUCUCCCAACGCCAUUUUGUCCCAUGCUGGUUUUUGAGGGCCUCGCAGCAUCUCACCAAUAUCGUGGCAGAAGGGGCCUCUUUCUGCUCUCUGUUUCUUGUUUUUUCGACCCAUUGCUCCCUUAGGUAGCAGUGUGACAGCUUGAUGUCGGGUACUGGUACUUUUUUUGCUGUUUUACCGCAAUAUUGUAGAUCCUAAGCGCGGAGCUCGGGAAAGUGUGGCCGCUCCGUUCAGAUGCUAGCUCUGCCCCCUCAUCCCCCGCUAUAUUAAUAGCUUAUUAGACCCUGCAAGAGCCUCCUGUAUGUGAUUAAAGUUCAAUUUGCAGAGAAAGAGAGAAAAAUUUUAAGGUAAAUUACAUCUGAUUGAAAGUUAAACCAGUUUUUUUUUUUUUCAUGCAGGCUGUGUCAAUCAGAGUUAGGGGAGGUGUGGCAAUGGCUGCAUAAACAGAACCAAAGUGAUUUAACUCCUAAAUGGCAGUGAAUUAGGCAGUGAAACCUGAGAGGCAUGAUCUACAAUUAAGCUAAAGUUGUUUAGGUGACUAUAGUGUUCCUUUAAGGAAGGCAUGGUGGGGUCUGGAAAGCUAAAUGUUGGUUUUAACGCUAUAGGGUCAGGAACAUACUUUUGUAUUCGUGACCCUAUAGAAUUCCUUUAAAGAAGCACUCCAAGAACCAAAACCACUUAUAUUAUUAUUUAUGUAGCGCCAGCAAAUUCUGUAGCGCUGUAUAAUGGCCACACUGUGGUGCCUCCCCGUUGUAAGUAGUGAAACUGUAUUCGCUUUGACUUUUUACCUGUGCUCUGCCUCUCUCCACUCCUCUACUAGUGCUGAGGUACCAGGGGCUCUGAGGAGAGCUCUGUUAGUCCACCUGGGCUAAGAACUGUAUCUCCAAGCUUAGCAGAGACAUAGCUUCAGGCUCUCUGUCGGAAGUAGUGAAGGCAGGGAGCAGUGGGCAGCAGACCCCAGGUUACAGUUCAAUCCAUUCUAAAAUGGUUUGUUUACUUACAAUAGAUAGGCAGUCUUGGCACCAUAACCACUACAUAGCGCUUUAGUGGUUAAUGUGCUUAGAAUGUUUGUUCCUACCGCAGCAAAAUUUAAUUAUAAACACCUAACAUUAAAUUGGAAGUGUUUGUUUCAGAAAUAGUCCAGAUGGUUCAGGUAACAUGGAUAGCAAACGGUUAACCUCUAAAGUGCUCUGUUCUCAAAAUAUCCAGCUCCCCAAAUCUGGUGGAUGAGUGUGAGUGAGACCAGGCUAGCUGCCAGGUUGGAGUGUGAGUGGGUGGAGUCCAGUGUGUAUCAUAAUCAUAAUGAGUCAUAAUCUGCUUCUAAUUCCAGACUGUGAGUCAGAGCAGAUAGAGGACCCUCCCACACAGCGUGUGUACGUGCGAGUGUACAAUGUAAAGUGUGUGUAUGGAGUGGAGCAUGUGACAGUGACGUGCAUGCAUGGAAUGGAUACAUGAACCUGGCAGCCUUCUCUGUUUUGUUUUCAUCCAAAAAUCUGUCCCUCAGGCCCUCUUCUUGCCUGGUACCAAAGACGUGCCAGAUUUGUUUAAUGGGAUUUGCUUAACCCAUCAUUGUCAUGAAGGCGUAACGUGUGCGUUUACCUGUACACCCAAUAUCCCUGCCUGUCCCAUUCUGUUCAGGCGGUUAGAUCUGUUCCCCUUGUUCCCAUCUCUCCCCUCUCUCUUCAGCUAUCUUCUCCCUGCCAGAACGAUCAUACUGGCUUUUUAGUUAUAUUUUGUACGUUACUGGGAGCCCAGUGUAUUUUACGUACCCUGCCUGUCCGAUGUGUUUUUGAUGGCAGUCCCAUCUGCCAAGCAGGUUUUGUACAACUCUACGCAAUAUGUUCUCUAUUAUUAUUUUAUUAUUUAUAUAGCUCCAGCAUAUUCCGUAGCGCUGCACAAUAGCGAUGUAUUGUUAAUGUGUCAUUCUGUAUUUCCCCGAUACAGUGCAGUCCCCUGUCUGAUCAACCUCUUUCCUCAUUAUGACUAUUCCGUGCUUGACCCCCCAAUGUUACCCUCUCCAUUUCUCCGUUUUGUGUGUUUCAGACCGGUGAUCUCUAUAAAACCAGUUGUUUGGUUUACUAUAGUAACACUUUGUUCUCUGUUGAUCCUUGAAUCUCAGAUUCUCCUCCAUGUCUCAUUUCUUCCACCAAAGAUUCCGCCCCUUCCCUGGUCUUCUCUUCUACAAUUGUUUUUAUUAUUUUUUUGUUAUCUGUAUCUUUUUUGUAUCUUUUUGUCCCUUGUUCACUCUCCUCCCCUAUGUUCUUUCACUCAGUACCUCUAUUACUCACCCCUCCCUCUCUCUACCAUAACCCCCCCUUCCCCCUCCUGUUUACUAUCAUGAACUGAUUUGACUUCUGUAGCCUGUAAUGGGUGGGACUCUGGCUUGCCGACGAUGCUGAUUGGCUGUCCCUUGGUCUAUGCUGGAUUGGCUGGAACAGUAACUUGCCGUCUGUAUCCUCUCUUCUGCAGUUUAACUCUUCGCAUUCCUCUGAGCCUGACUCUCUUCCUGCCUGUCAAUAGCGUUUCUCUUCAACAUGUUUAAUGUUUGAAGGAGAAACUAUCAUGCUUAAAAUAAGAGUGUUUUUGAUUCUAAAAGUUUAAAGUAGUUGGCUAAAUAUAAGAAUUUAAAAAAAAAAAAUUUAUUAAUAGAAUAAACGUAAGCCUUUUGCAAUCCUGGAAGACAAUUUGCAUUUAAUGAUGUUCUAUUUUGUUUAAAUGUAUUGAUAUGCUUAAAUGAAAUCCUAGUGUAUCUUAUUUGUAAUAUUGCAUUGAAUAUUUGAGUAUGUAUUUAUUGUGAUUUUAAUAUACCUAUUGUUUAUAUCAUAGGGUAAAAAAAACAUCACAUGCCGGCUAGGGUUACUCUGUAUGCUUUUUGCAAUUCCAAUGUUCUUUGGCAAGGAACAUAUAGUAGCCAGUGAGAAGGAUCUGAUCUUACACUAGUAAAUAUACAGGCAGAAAGAUAUUUGGUACCCAUAUACAAAGCACUGGAAUGCUUGGGGGCAUCUCUGCUCUUUAACAAAACAAAACAAAACAGAUUACAAUACUUAGCCCAUAGUACACCCCAAUGCAUGUCUGAACAAUUAAGGCAAUUAUUACAGUUUACAGGUGUUCCCACUGAUGCAGUAUAUGGAUUAAAUGCUACCCAGUGCUUAAAGAGUUAUGUCAAGCAUCGUAACCACUACAGCCUGAUGUGGUUAUGAUGCCAGAAGUACUCUUGUUUUCCCCCUUACCUGGUUCCCAGAUGUACUCUGGUGGUCCAGUCUCCAGAAGCCAUGUGUCAGCUGACCUCUCUCGGCCAAUGACUAGCAAUCUGUGCAACAAAAGUUGCAUAGAUUUGACAUUCGCCAGCCCGGCAUUCUAGUUCUUGUCUGUCUAAUAACGUCCCGUGACGUGGCCAGAGGUGGUUACACCUUUUGUAAAGAAGUGGUUAAUAAUCUCUGUGUGCAGCAUUUCAAAGUGAAACCUUGUACAUACAGAAGCAAGGCACCAUGACUACUUCAAAUCACUGAAGUAGUCACGGUGCUUGUAACAAGUCUUUACUGAUAAGUCUACUCUAAAGUAAACUUUAAAAGGAUAUAUUCAGUAACAGCAGAGUAGACACCAUUGCUAAUACAAUGUAACUUUUUGGGUAAGAACAUUCAAAUUUUGACCGUCAAUAGUUAGUCAAUUUUGAGUAAAGUUUUUCUCUAGUUGUAGUAAAACCUAUUGGGAUCUUUCAGUUCCUGGAAGCAUGCCAAAAUCACCACAUUUAAAAAGCCCAGAGCAGCUAAUCUUGAGGAGAAAUAUUUGUCCAAUUUCAGCAAGUUAUUCCCCAUUUCUAAUGCAGUCAUUUCAGCAUUGUUGGAUUCUCAGUUUGGUUGUCUUCCCAGAAUUGUGAUAUGUUCUGCAAAGACAGAGGUUUGUGUUCUCCAGAUUGACUUUCCAUGAAUUCAGCAACUUGGCCUAGCAAGUCGACCCUUUAAAAGGGCACUCUACCCCCAAUGAAAACAUGAAUUUACUUACUACAUUUUUUCCACUGGGAGAAUAUCUUAACACAACUUGCAGAAGAUGCAGAUCUCUUGUCUGAAGCCUUAACAAGCCCUCCUCUUAUAACCCAGACCAGACUUUCUGUGGCUGUCCAAUCACAGACCUCAGCAAUGCAACUCAAUGAGAAGUCUUUGCAAGGCAGGUUCUCUGGGCUAUUGCUAACUCUUGAGUUAAACUCCAGUUAACUAAACAAACCAGGAAGUAGCAGGACUGGUUGUCUGACAGCCAGGUGGGUGUAACUAGGUUAAUUUGUAAAAUAAAAAAUUAAUUAAAAUAGAAAUUGGGGCUUUUAUUAUUUUUGUAGAUAAACUAUUACCCAAAAAAACUAUUUAAAGGUAGGUAUUCGGUGUGUUCCUUUAAUGUGUUUUUAAAACAAGAAAACAACACUUUGGGAAUAUGUACCUGAAUACCUGAGCCACGAGAAGAAGAAUUUAACCUAAGUUUCCCCAGGUGUUAUCUUUCUCAGCCAGUAGCCAAAACUCUGGGUCCAGUUAAAGGACCACUAUAGUGCCAGGAAAACAAACUCUUUUUCCUGGCACUAUAGUGCCCUAAGGGUGCCCCCACCCUCAGGGUCCCACUCCUGCCGGGCUGAACACUCACCUUUCUCCAGCGCCGGACUCCCUCGGUGGUGGGUACUCUUCUCCUCCUUCGGUCUUCAUCGGCUGAAUGCGCAUGCGUGGCAAGAGCCGCACACGCAUUCAGUCAGUCCGUAGGAAAGCAUUCUCAAUGCUUUCCUAUAGACGCUGGCGUCUUCUCACUGUGAAAAUCACAGUGAGAAGUGCGGAAGCGCCUCUAGCGGCUGUCAAUGAGACAGCCGCUAGAUGCUGGAUUAACCCAUAGGUAAACAUAGCAGUUUCUCUGAAACUGCUAGGUUUACAGCAGGCAUGGUUAAUCCUAGAUGGACCUGGCAUCCAGACCACUUCAUUAAGCUGAAGUGGUCUGGGUGCCUAUAGUGGUCCUUUAAGAAAACCAUGAAAAUAUUGUUACUUUAUGUCCAAUGUCCUGUAUCCUUUAAACUGUAAAUGAGGUGUUGUAGACAGAAUGCCUCAUUGUUCGGGGCAGAAUCUACCCCAGGCUACUUGGCUCCUUUUAAAAAAAUAGCACGAACUGAAAAAAAAACAGCCCACAAAGAUGCUGUAUUAAUAAUAUAAGGCUUACAUUUUUAGUUGUAUAACCUCCAGCAAAACGUCAUGGUUGUUAUUGUGUAAGAUAUGCAAAGAAUUUUGUGUACUGUUAUCAGUCUUAAUGGUUUGCUUUCAUUUGCCCUUACUAUAGACCGAUAGCUACUGGCCCUACAGAUAUAUGGUUAACGGCUAAUCCUUCUAGUAAUAUACCCGUAUACAUAUACCCCAUACUGUACACAGCCUGUGCUUAUAGAGAUAGGGAGGAACUGGCAUUGAUAAACCUGUACUGUACACAGCUUGUGCGUAUAGGGAAGGACUGGCAUAGAUAUAACCAUACUGUACACAGCCGGUGUGUAUAGGGAAGGACUGUACACAGCGUGUGCUUAUAGAAAUAGGAAGGAAUUGGCAUAUAUAUAUAUAACCAUAUUGUACACAGCCAGUGCAUUUAGGGAAGGCCUGGCAUAGAUAUACCCAUACUGUACAAAGUGUGUGCUUAUAGAGAUAGGGAGGAACCGCCAUAGAUCUACCCAUUCUGUACACAGCUGUGCAUGUAAUGAGGUACCACCCAGGGCCGCCACCAGAAAUUUUGGUGCCCCUGACACAGCACAAGGUCUGGGCCCCCCCAACCCGCUCCCGCACAGCCCGCCCACAGGACUCCUACCUAGUCCGCUGUAAAUGAUGCAGGACUGAAUGUGGUGUGUAUAGUGGAAGUGAAUUAGAAUCUGUGUAAUGGAUGUAGUGUUUGUGUGUAUUAGAUACUGUUUGUGCAGUGAAUACAGAGUGUGUGUUUGUGUAGCGGAUGCAGUGUGUAUAGUGAACGCAGAGUGUGUUUGAGUAGUGGAUGUAGUUUUUGUGUGUACUAGAUGCAAUGUGUUUAGUGGAUGCAGUGUCUGUAGAGGAUGUAGUGUGUGUAUUAGACACAGUGUCUCUGUAUAGUGAAUGCAGAGUAUUUGAACGUGUGGUGGAUGUAGUGUGUGUACUGUGAAUGCAGGAUGUUUGUGUAGUGGAUGCUGUGUGUAUAGUUAAUGCAGAGUGUGUGUCAGUGUAGUGGAUGCAGAGUGUGUGUCAGUGUAGUGGAUGCAGAGUGUGUGUUAGUGUAGUGGAUGCAGAGUGUGUGUCAGUGUAGUGGAUGCAGAGUGUGUGUCAGUGUAGUGGAUGCAGAGUGUGUGUCAGUGUAGUGGAUGCAGAGUGUGUGUCAGUGUAGUGGAUGCAGAGUGUGUGUCAGUGUAAUGAAUGCAGAGUGUGUGUCAGUGUAGUGGAUGCAGAGUGUGUGUGUAUUAGUGUAGUGAAUACAGAGUGUGUGUAGUGUAACACUGAAUGCAGUGUUUGUGUUAGUGUAGUGAAUGCAGUGUGUGUAGUGUAUGCAGAGUGUGUGCUAGUGUAGUGUAUGCAGAGUGUGUGCUAGUGUAGUGUAUGCAGAGUGUGUGUUAGUGUAGUGUAUGCAGAGUGUGUGUUAGUGUAGUGUAUGCAGAGUGUGCGUUAGUGUAGUGAAUGCAGAGUGUGCGUUAGUGUAGUGAAUGCAGAGUGUGCGUUAGUGUAGUGAAUGGCAGAGUGUGUGUUAGCGAUGAUCGCUAUAUAUAUGUGCAGUGCAGGUGCAGCCGCGGGCCCCAGCUCCCUAUACUUGCAGAGGGGGCCCAGCGGACUGCAAGUGUACUUACAAGCUCUUCCCUCUCUGUAACUCCCGCGAGACUCGAGGCGUGUUGCCGCGGGAGUUACAGAGAGGGAAGAGCUGGUAAGUACACUUGCAGUCUGCUGGGCCCCCUCUGCAAGUAUAGGGAGCCAGGGGCCCGCGGCUGCACCUGCACUGCACAUAUAUAUAGCGAUCAUCGCUAUAUAUGUGCAGAGAGUAAUUGUGGGGCCCUGGACUGCCAAAGCAGUCCGUGCCCCCCAGGACCGCCAGGCCCGUGACAACCGCCAUGGUUGUCACCCCCUGAUGGCGGCCCUGGUACCACCAUAGAUAUGUCUAAUGUACACGGCCUAUGCGUAUAGUGAAGAAUUGGCAUCAAUAUACCAUAUACCUGCACACAGAGUGUCAUGUGGAUGAAUGCCAGACGUCUCAGUUCCACACUAAGGGUGCCCAUACCUCUGUCUGCUCUAGAUAACAAUAGUCUACACAUACGUCUGCCAGGAUCGCUGUUUAUCAGUGUUUAUGCAAUUAUUCAGAUUUUCGUGUUGCUAUUGCCCUAACUAGGGGAAAGUAAACUAAUAUGGGCAUAGAAUGCUGAUUGGCAAAUUCUGGGGUUUAAAGCAGUUUGAUCAUCUGCCAGAAUAAUUGGAUUAUUUACAGAGAGUGAUUCCCCAUGUGUGACUUUUUUGAACUUUAGCAUACAGCGUUGAAGCAGUGUGUAACAUGAGCGUGGAAGAGGGGAGUUGCUUCAUUCAUGGCUGGCAGCGUUUAAUCCAAAACCAGAAAUUUGCUGAUCCUAUAACAGUGAUGGCAUGCUUUGGCCUAAAGUAUGGCUGGGCAUCAUGGGAAAUGUAUUUCAGUGUAGCCAUCACUGUCCCAUAAGAACUUUGAUUUGAAAUGCAGGCUCCAAAAAAAGUCACUUAUAACCUGGUCCGGAUCCGCAUUUGCAAUCUGUACAUCUAAUACUAUUGUAGAACUGCCCAUCUGAACCUUUGAACUGUGCCUUGAAAUGCCCCCGACCUUGGUAUCAGUGCUGGCGCAGGUAGAAUAACCAGUCAUUGUGCCAGCUGUUUAAGGGUCACCUCAAUCAAAGUGUUUCUGUAAGGCAGUUCUCUGAAAUCACAGUCCUUGGAUGCUGCGUUGAUGCAGCAUUUGGCAUAGUUACAGGAAACUUUAUACGACAGAAUGAGCUGAUAACACUCAGUUAGCCUGGUGGGUCUCCCACUGUGUUGUGUAAGUAAAAUAGGUUCAGGCAGCAUUUAUUACAUAUACUCACGAGAACCAAGAAAUAAAAAUUCAGAGUUCAACAUGUACCAUGACUCCAGCAUUAAUUGAUUGCCCCUGUAGUAUAAAUAAUAGUGAUGGCUCUACAGCUAUAGGUCUUCUUGACUCCCCCUCUUGUCAAAUUAAAGGAACAAUAUAUUCUGUAUUCCUGACCCUAAAGUGUUAAAAAUACUAUGUAGCCCCCCUUUGCCCCUAUAAAUAUAGCAAAAUGUUACUUUUAUUCCAGUCUGCUGUUGCUGGUCCUGCACCUGAACUGCCUCCUUGGCUGACGUCAUCAGAAGUGAUGAUCUCAGCCAAUCACAAUGCUUUCCAAUAGGAAAGCAUUGGAUUGGCUGAGCUUGCCAAUUUUGAUGACGUGGGCCGGAGUCAGAGCCCAUUGCCACCAUGGCCAAUCAGCAUCUCCUCAUAGAGGGAUGCAUUGAAUCAAUGCAUCUCUAUAAGGAAGGUUCAGUGUCUCCAUGCAGAGGGUAGAGACACUGAAUGUCAAUCACACUGUGCAGCACUGCCACAGGAAGCACCUCUGGCAGCCAUCUGAGCAAUGUUCACUGUAGGUGUCCCUAGGCUGUAAUAUAAACAUUGCGUUUUCUCUGUAAAGACUGUGUUUACUGAAAAAAAGCCUGCAGGGACUGAUUUACUCACCAGAGCAAAUACAAGAAGCUGUAGUUGUUCUGAUGAAUAUAGUGUCCCUUUAACGUAUAUCAGGAGACACAGUGACAAUUGUAACAUUGUGUUAAGAUCAGUAUAUACAAGUCUGCUAAUUAAUGGAAUAUUAAAAUGGAUUUCUAAAAAAAUAUACACCCACAUCUAGGUCCACCAACAACAGUACUAGACCAGCUUUCCAAAAUCAUUGUCACACGAUGCAUAUGAUGUUUGUUCAAUAGCGGUUACUAAACCUGAUACAUUAUGUUUUGCACUCAAACCCUGUGUGCUGAAUCUCUAUUGGGAUCGUUGUGUUUAGAACUCUUUCUGUUUCUUGUUGUUCUAUGGCAAUCUACUUAAAGGACCACUCUAGGCACCCAGACCACUUCAGCUUAAUGAAGUGGUCUGGGUGCCAGGUCCUUCUAGGGUUAACCCAUUUUUUCAUAAUUAUAGCAGUUUCAGAGAAACUGCUAUAAUUAUGAAUGGGUUAAGCCUUCCCCCUAAUCCUCUAGUGGCUGUCUCAUUGACAGCCACUAGAGGCGCUUGCGUGCUUCUCACUGUGAUUUUCACAGUGAGAGCACGCCAGCGUCCAUAGGAAAGCAUUGAGAAUGCUUUCCUAUGUGACCGGCUGAAUGCGCGCGCAGCUCUUGCCGCGCGUGUGCAUUCAGCCGGCGGGGCGUAACGGAGGAGGAUCGGAGGAGGAGAGCUCCCCGCCCAGCGCUGGAAAAAGGUACGUUUUUACCCCUUUCCCCCUUCCAGAGCCGGGCGGGAGGGAGUCCCUGAGGGUGGGGGCACCCUCAGGGCACUAUAGUGCCAGGAAAACGAGUAUGUUUUCCUGGCACUAUAGUGGUCCUUUAAAUCUGAUUUUAGAGCUUUGUUUGCAUCAGUAGAGAUGUACAUGGUAGAGCCUCAGCCAUGCCACUCGCUUCUAGAAAUAUCCUAAAUCUAAUUCUCUUUGACUUUUCACUUCAAUAAAUAAGGCCUGAUCAUUUAUUUACCCAUUUCUAAUCCUGGCGACAUUUGACAGGUCAAUAUUUCUCUGUACCUUUCACACAGUCUGUAUUUUAGACAAUACAAUGCUAACUUAAUUAGAAACACACAUUUAGGGGUAAUUACAAAAACAAAGAAGGGAAAAUAUAUAAAUAUUUUUAGAUUUUGGUAAGAUGCUAACCAGCACUGUGUGUGACUGCACAUAGGACAAAUUGUAUAACUGUUUCUUUGAUAAGGAGGCCAAGUAGCAGAGGACAAUGGUCACUUAUUUGAAUAGCCUAUUGUUUUAGCUUUUUACAUUUUUUCACAUUUUUAAUUAAAACUCCCAGUGGCCUAGUGAUUGCGGAAAAGCGUAGUACAAUGCUUUGUAUACAGUAUUAUGAAGAGAAAAUGCAUCUCAUAGCUUGUAAAACAAAUGUUAGGUUAGAUGAAGGUUUAUUUGUAAAGUGCAGUUUGAAAUGUAACAACGUCUUCUUGCUGUCAAUCUGUCACACUCAAGCCAUUGGGAAAACUACAACUCCCAUGAUGCAUCAUGGGUACUGUAUUUCAGUGACAGGUGAGAAUCACAGGUUGUUUGUGCAAGUCUAGAUCUUACAGAGUAUCGCUAAAAUAUCAUGAGUAGUUGGGACAUUUACGAGGGCUCAGAAUGGGAAAAAUUUCACCAUCUGGCCUGAGAUAUUGAGCAGCAAGUUGAGUUUCAUCAGAUUCUGGGAUGUUGAGCGUUAAUCAGAAUCUCUGUUGCCUUGUUUGCAGAUUGUAUUACUCAAUACUGUAGUAAUCAGAGCUGAUUUUUCUUGAAAUCCAUUUGCAGCCUAUCGAAUGACUCCAGAGAGGUAUUUGUAUCAUGUCCAUAGAGGCCUAGUACCUAGAAGGCUACGAGCAACAGCAGCAAAAUAUAUGUAGUUAUUAUGAUUGUUUUUUUUGUUUUGCUGUCUUCCGCAAUCUGUAUUGGGUUAGAUACAGCAGUCCAUGUUGAGUUUUUUUGUAUUUAACCUUUAAACACCUCAGUUGCUUGGACUCAGUGCCCUGACGUUUACUUACUUUGUGCUUUCUGGAGACUUGUCUCUAGUGUCCCUAGAAAUGAGACACCAGGGAUCAAAGCCAGGGCACUGGGGGGAAAAUUUUGAUCAGUCCCAACGAAUUCAAAACUGUUGGGAGAUAUGCUACAUGCAGUGUGACCUGUGAAUGUUUAUCCAGGCACGCGUUUCCAAAACACACGUUCACAAAUUGCAUAUUGUACGGUGGGUUGCAUUGGCUAAAAUGAGAGUGGCAACAUGAUUACUAGCUUGCCAGCAGAUAUUUAAAGCCGCACUGUCAUGCCGAACUUACCUUUCCCCAAUCGUUUCCUCUUCUCUCCCUCUAUCAUGGCUUGUUCUUAAUUUCUUCCUGUCUGCUCUAGUUUUCUUUAAAACAUAAGACUAAGUAGGGACUAUUUUGUCUUAUGUAUUUUUCGUACACUUGACCAGCUCUGACCCAGGGGAGGAGCAUAGUCCGCUCCAUUUCCUGUGGUCAAAGCAAUUUCCCCACAAUUCUCACCUUCCUCCUGCAGCUUCAUUCGGCGUUCGAAUGCCAGCGAAACUACUGAAUUUCAUCCUAAAAGAAUGACAAACGUUUGUCCAUUCAUAUUAGGUUAGGACGAAAUUCUGGACUUUUCUUCAGAUCGGAAUUUCAUUCGAAUGAGUGAAACUCCGAUCCUAUUCGUGCCGCGAGUAGAAAGCUCCCUAAUUCCCACGAUAUUUCCCAAAUUUACGAAUACGAAGUAAAGGUUACUUAGUAAUUAAUCUGCCAGUGGCUGCUCACUGUUGUUUAAAAAAAAAAACAAAAAAAAAAACCUCCCACUAAUUUAAUAAAGUGCUCCUUAGUGGGGCACCUAUAAUAAUAAUUAAUGGGGGGGGGGGGACAAAGUGUCUACUCCCCGAGCCCCCACUCGAGAGGGACCAUUACUUGGAGCCCCCUGGCCCCCACCUGUGAACGUGCGGGUGGCGGCCAUUAAGUUACAAUGGGGGGGAGCCUAUUGUCCACCCCACCAUCCCCAAGCACCUAGUCACCCCCUCAAAUAAAAGCCCACCUACCCCAUUACCUUAAAAAUAGUGAGGGGGAACCAAUAAACCUAAAUACCUGGGAGGGGAAAUAAAAUCAUACUUUCCAUUAGAAGUCUUUUUUCUUUCAAAACCUUUUUUCAGCCUAAUAAAAGUCCAAAUAAAAAUCCAUAAUUCCCAUCAAAUGUAUAAAAUAAAAUAAACCAGAGCACAAAAAAAAAAUCCUGACACUAAAAAAAGAAUCCAUCUUCACCCAGCGAGGGCACCAUGCAGACUGAGCUCCGCAGGGCGGGAAAGGCUUAUAAAGCCUUCCCACGCCCUGCAAUUUGAUUUAGAGCGCUCUGGUUGGUUUAAUCAGCAUCUACUCAUAGAGAUGAAUUUAAUCAAUGCAUCUCUAUGAGGAAAGUUCAGUGUCUCUAUGCAGAGGAUGGAGACUCUGAAUGUCAGUCACACUGUGCAGCACUGCUCCAGGAAGCACCUCUAGUAGCCAUGUAAGGAGUGGCCACUGGAGGUGUCCCUAGGCUGUAAUGUAAACCGUUUUUACUGGAAAAAGCCUGAAGAGACGGACUAUACUCACCAGAACAACUACAUUAAGCUGUUUUGGUGACUAGAAUGGCCCUUUAAAGGACCACUAUAGGCAGCUAGACCACUUCAGCUUAAUGAAGUGGUCUGGGUGCCUGGUCCAGCUAGGGUUAACCCCCCCUUUUUUUUUUUUUAUAAACAUAGCAGUUUCAGAGAAACUGCUAUGUUUAUAAUAUGGUUAAUCCAGCCUCUAGUGGCUGUCUCAUUGACAGCCGCUAGAGGCGCUUGCGUGCUUCUCACUGUGAAAAUCACAUUGAGAAGACGCCAGCGUCCAUAGGAAGCAUUGUAAAUGCUUUCCUAUGAACUGGCUGAAUACGCGCGCGGCUCCUGCCGCGCAUGCGCAUUCAGCCGAUGACGUCGCUAUGGAGGAGGAGAGCUCCCCGCCCGGCGCUGGAGAAAGGUAUGAUUUUAACCCCUUCCUCUCCCCCAGAGCCCGACGGGAGGGGAGCCCUGAGGGUGGGGGUACCCUCAGGGCACUAUAGUGCCAGGAAAACGAGGCUUUUCCUGGCACUAUAGUGGUCCUUUGAGGAAGUUGUAGUUCCACACUUAGCACUAUGUUUGACUGGAUUCGAUGAAAGAAACUGCUGUCCAAGCUGAAACUGUAGCAGAUUUUUGCCUGCUAUAAUUUCCAUUCCUAGUCCUUGUGAGUGGCUCUAUCAGAAUAUACUGCAGCUCACAGCGGUUUUAUAGGUUGGUUGGGAUGGAUGUCAUAGAAGCACAGAGAAUCCUUGGCAUCAGUGACGUAGGUUGUGCAGGCCUCAUUUCCACAUAUACACUGUGUCUUUAACACUUAAAUGCCACAGCGUCACAAUGCCAGAGGCAGCUACCAAGUGUUGCUAUGUCAGUAACCCAACCAUCCAUAUGAUGGCUAUCACAAGGAUUCAGAGGAACAGCAGGCAUAUAUACAUAUGUAUAUUUCAGUGUGUGUUACAUGAUGUGUGUGGCAGGGCCCAUACCGCAUUAUAUGACAUUGUACGGAUACGUUUUGAUUCUGUCAGUGUGUGUGCCUGUGUUAAAUGUCCAAUGCAGAUGUAACGGUGUGCUUAUUGCUGAAUUGUCUGCAUGUUGUAUUGUGUCUGAGGGAGUAUGUUACAAGGUUUGCAUGGCAACACUUGUCUGUGGAAGGGUAUGUGACAUUGUUUUGUUUUUGUUUUUUUAGUUAAACUCUGAAUGGUACAUUGAAAACCGAAUUGCUAAAUUUAUUUUAAAAAUCUGAUUUGGAGAAAAUCACAACCUAGCUAUUUUAGCCUCGAUUUGUCUUUCAGUAAACCACCUUGUAGUGUUUAUUGAAUAAAUCCUUUGUGUAAGAGCAUGUUUGUGUGACAUUCUGUAUCUGCAUGUUUGUCACAAUGUGUUUGCAACAUUGUCAAUGUCGCUGUCUCUCUCUAUUGUCUGUCCUUCCUUGUGUCUUUGUGUCCUGGUCUGUUCUUCUUUCAUUGGUGCGUGUGAGUCUCCCUGUGUUUCUGUUUCAUUGUGUGUCAUGCUUGUGACUCACUGCUAUCUAUAGCACAAAUAAACAAUUACACAGAUAGUACAACUGCAGGGUCCUGAACCAGCCAAUCACAAAUGGCUAUGGUCACCGUGGGAACAGCAUGUGUAGGCGGAGCUUUUAAAGAGCAAGCACAGGCUGAUGUGUAGACUCCAGCUAAGCCUGCCAGAUUGUGUACACAGGAGAGUCAUGUACUGCUUGUGUGUGUGUUUAUUUUAAUGUGUUUACUUAGAGAAGGAAAAUUAUAUAUCAUUGUUAUGUUUUUUGUAUUUUCUAUGGGUUACAUCUUCAGUAAACAUAAUUCUUUGUAUUGCAUUAAGUUAUAGAAACUAAAUAUAAAAUAUAAAUAAUAAAUUAACAAAAAGGGUGAGCGAAAAGCACAGGCGCUGCAUAAAAUCAUAAUAUAACAAUUAGAUUCAUGAUGGUAAGCCUUUGGCACUCCAGCUGUUUAGGACCAUUGUCACAGAGGGAUACAUAGAAUUAAUGAGUACACUGUAUGUGGACACCCCAAAACAUCAUAUGUUGACCCUGUACCCUAUGAAUGCAGCACCAUUCACAAGAGCUGUGUUAUUCAUGGAUUUGGUUAUUGUAUUUUCUAAACUGACUUUUUUUUUUUUUUAAUUUUCAGACAGAAUAGCUAGACUUAAAAUUAUCAUUAGUCACCACUUGGCUUUCUGUCUUGAAUUUUGAAAUUUGAUUUCCAGUUCUCCAUAAUUCACGGUUUAGUGAAUUAACCCUUCAGUGAUUUUGAAUAUGCCAUUUUCAGUGCUUUUCUUUAAUAGUGAAUCUUUGAUAUCUUUAUUUUCUAAGAAGAUCGUUACUGAAUGGCCUAUAAUUAGCUACAGAGCCUUUUAUGUUUCUAGAUUGUAAGCGUGUUGGCAGUGCCCUUUCUCGAAGUACUGUAUCAAGCGCUUCAUAAAUUGACUCCAUUAAAAACAGAUGUUAAUAAUUACUAAGAGUGUCUGUAAAAGCUUUGUGCAGCCUCCAGACACGCAAAGAUGUAAUCAGUCACCUACAGAGAGAGACAAAAACUCAAAUAUAGGCAGGAUAAAUUUGGCGAAAUGCAUUUUACAUCUUUUAAUCCAUUUUAUUCAACCUUUUUUUCACUUUCUUUGCCUCCCUCCCUUCCGGGUCCGCCUGUCCCUCUUAUUCUAGGCACACAGCCCAGAGUUCCCACAGCAGGAGGCCCCUUACCCCUUUUUUCUUGCUGCACGUCUUAGGUUUUUCUUUGCUGUAAAGACCCUAAGAUGUAACUCCCCCCUCCCGCCUGUCCUGUAUUCUCCUGGGAUAACCUUGUUAGAGAGGCACAUUAUUUGAGAGAAGGUCUGAGUUUCCACAGCUUAGGAGACGUCAUUUAGAGUACCUUCCAGAUGUGCAGAGGGGUAUACUAACCAACAUCUGGCAGCCGGCAGCAUGUGGCAUCUAUUAGAUGCACAGGGAGGAGAAUAUACUUUUCUGUGGGUUAGGCAGCAGAAGAGAAUGGCUUAACAAGGGACAUGUCAUUGUGGGAAUUUAAUGGAACCAUUAUUUUGUACAAUUACGCUGUUCAUACUGCAAAAGUUUAAGGUCACCCUGACCAAUAACUUAUUAUAUUUCAGAGAGAGCAGAGUGGUCUGCCCUACUCGUUGACAGUUGCAAACAGCAACAUAAACUACACUUAAGGGAAAGGGCUGGAUACUGAUAGCAAUGGAUAUCUUACAUAAAACAAAAUGAUGCAUAGAAAUAUGGUCUUCAUCUGGAGAUAAGAAAUUAACCUGUUUUAGAGAAGAAGACAUCCUAAUGCAAUAGAAUAGGAAACCUACAUUCAGAUAUUCUGCUAUCUUUAAAUGUGGUCUAGCGUUCCACUAAUGAAGUCAUGGCUAAUAUUCUGGCUCAUUCUGAUGAUCUCAGUAAUGCCAGGAUGUAAUUUGUAAGAAGUAGAUUUGAGGGAAAGUGGGCCAGGGUUAAGAUAGUAGUGAGUCACUGAUCCAGUUCUAAUGUCUUUGCUGUACACAGCGGUUUGUUGCAUUGAAGCAGCCCUUGGUGGGUGUUGGAGAAAUGCUUCCGUCUAAUUGCUUAAAACCUGACUGUAAGGAGGUGGGGGUGAACAUAUCAUAUGUUCCUACUUUUCUGUCAAUUCAUAUCUGAUUCCAAAACAAAUCUAUGUGCAUGCAUCCUGUUGAGGAGUGCAGCAAGAUGUUGGGUUGUAUAGUACACACUGAACAUCAUGCUGGUCGAAGGAAACAGUGGGAUAUCAAGGUGUUAGACAUCACGUUUGGAGGUAGCAGGUUGUUGGGGGUUAAUUGUGUCAGAGCAGGAUUAACCCUAAAGUGACCCCCGCUUAGGGCCUGGGACCUAGACAGGGGUCACGGAGCCAUAAUGAAUUUGAUUGGCUCCAUUUACCAUCCCCAUGGAAAGAGUGAAGCAGGGACCCAAACUGGAAACAUGUCUAGGGACCUGUGAAACAGCAGUCAAAUGUUGAGGUCUAUGGGGAAAGGGGUUGGAAUAUAUAGACGGGAGCAGUUAUUGGGGUUUGCACUCUGCCAUGCUGUCUGUCAAGCAGUAUUAUCAAACCGUAAUGUACUGAACAAUGUCUUCUUUCAGACAGUGGCCGGAUGGGUUUAAAUAUUUGUCUUCUUAAACGAGUAAAACAUGCUGGCUGUACUUAACAAGAUGCAUGCUUAGGAAUGCCAUCUUACUGAGGGGAGGGGUAGACCGUAUCCUCUUCCAGUAAACGUAAAGUAUGUGGGCCCCCUGCCGCUGGGCCCCCGGUGACAGACAUGGCUGAAGUUUAUCCUUCUUAAAGAUGUGUUAUUAUAUAGCUGUCAUUAUAGCGCAGGCAGCUGCACUCACAGCAAACUCCCACCCCUCUGUUUACUCACAUUACAUUAUUCACUGUCACUGUAUGCGAUGAUGCCAGUCAUUAGCAAUCUCAUGCUCAGACACCAUAGAGUUUAACCCAAAAGUGUCAAAAAACUCAAGGGAUUGAAAUCCAGCUUGCAAGCCAAGAGCUUGCAAUUCAUUUGAUAUUGAAUGGGCACAAUUAAUCUUUCUUUUUUUUUGCGUAAACGGAAAUCACAUUAAACGUAAGCCAGAUUUUAAAAUGUCACAUGGUCGUUUUACUGUGUCCAAAUUUACUACUGUCCAGUAUAAAUAUUUAUUUUUCUCAAUUUAGGUACCCGUUUCCUAAUUUCUAACAUAAAUUCAGAGUCAAAAUAUUAAAUGUGACAUUUUUAUGCUCCUCUAUUUUUAAAGUUGUUAUAGCAUACAGAGAUAAAUGUCUUGAUAAAAAAGGCACGGUAAGCAAUACUCAUUUAAAAAUGGUUUGAUAUAAAAUGAUGGUCUUUCUGGUGUCCUACCUCACCAUCUGUGCUGCAUCCUUAAUUCUGCAUUAUCACUUCUCCACUAUCAAUCCUAAUUUUGUCCAACCUGGAUAUUGGUUGGUUGAGUUUGCUGGGGAAAGGUUUUAGCCUGGCUCUUACGGACUAUGUAUUUUUUUUAGUGAAAUUGACAUUGAUAAUGUGCAAGUAUUACCCAGGACAUACUUGAAAACGAGAGAAAUCUCAAUGUAUCCAUCCUGGUAAAAUAUUUUUAAAAUAAAAUAAAUUGUACCAUGAUAUAAAAUGCAUAGCAUCGUAUUUAUUCUCAGUGCCCUGAAUUAUGCAGCCCAGAUCUUGACUUCCAGAGCACCCACUGUGCCCAAGAAACCACUCCUCACUGUAAAUAACAGUGGCACAUUGUUGCAGUGAGCAAAAUGCAUUCUAUUUUCAUGCUAAAAGAUAGGACAACUUGCUCCACACAUUUUGUGUCAAAAUGUGCAUUUCUGUUAAAAAAAAAAAGUCCAUACAGUCGGCCCCCCCCCACACACGUGUGUAUGUGUAAUUCUUGAUUUUUACUGUGUUUUUUCUGAGCUAUAAAAUAUGAUUGAUGUUUUAGAAGUUGUAUCUGGUAUUAAAGAGUCCCCUAUAUCCGGGUACUGGAGGACAGGGAGGGUGCUGCUCUUUGGUUCUCCUGCACCCCCAGCCUAUUCCUUCCCAUCAAUCUGUGACUGAGCUCCCUCUCUCUCCCCAGUCAGCUCCAUGUCGCCCCUCCUCCUCCUCCCAGCUAAACUCUCUGCCCCCCUCCUCCCAGCUAAACUCUCUGCCUCCCCUCUCUCUGUGUGUCACCCUCUGUGUGCCCCCCUCCCUCUGUGCCCCCCUACCCCCCUGUGUCUCCAGUCAUGGCUCUGAGGAGGUUGUAGCAGGACAGGGUAUGCAUCUUUCCCCGGUCAGCUCCAUGUCGUCGUCCCCUCCUCCUCCCAGCUAAACUCUCUGCCCCCCCCCCCCCAGCUGAGCUCUCUGUCAUCGCCCCCUCCUCCCAGUUGGCUCUGUCCCCCUUCCUCUUCCCAGCUAAACUGUCAUCGCCCCCCUCCUCCUCCCAGCUGAGCUCUGUCCCCCAGCUAAACUCUGUCAUCCCCCCCUCCUCCCAGCUGAGGCUAUCUGUCCCCAUCCAUCUUGUCUCCAGUCAUGGCUCUUGGGAGAUUGUAGCAGGACAGAGUAUGCACCCCUCCUCCCUCUCUCUACCCCCCUGUGUCUCCAGUCCUGGCUCUGGGGAGGUUGUAGGAGGACAGGGUAUGCACCUUCUCCCCUCCCUGUGUCUCCCCCUCUCCAGUCAUGGCUCUGGGGAGGUUGUAGCAGGACAGGGUAUGCACCUCCCACCCCUGUGCCUCCCCAGGUCUCCCCCACCCCCUGUGCCUCCCCUCCCUCCCUGUGUCUCCCCUCCCUCCUGUCUCCCCCCUCCCUCCCCUGUGUCUCCAGUCAUGGCUCUGGGGUUGUAUGGGACAGGGUACCUUCCGCCCCUCCCUCCAUCUUCCCCCUCCCUCCCUGUGUCUCCCCCCCUCCUCUUCCUCCUCCCUCCCCCCCUCCCUCCCCUGUGUCUCCCCUCCUCCCUCUCCUCCUGUCUCCCCCUCUCCCUCCCCUCUCCUCCCUCCCCUCUCUCCCUCCCUCCUCCCUCCCUCUCUCCUCCUCCCUCCCUCUCCUCCUUCUCCUCUCCCUCUCCUCCCUUCUCCCUCUCUCCCUCAUCUCCCUCCUCUCCUCCUCCCUCCCCCGUGUCUCCAGUCAUGGCUCUGGGAGGUUGUAGCAGGACAGGGUAUGCACCUCCCCCCCUCAGCCCUGGCUCCCAGCUCCCUCCCCCCCUCAGCCCUGGCUCCCAGCUCCCUCCCCCCGUCCGAUGUGUCACACACACUCUCACUGCACUGACUCUCCAGCCAAUCCCCGCCCCAGAAUCCUGUGACAUCACAUCAUUACCAGCCCUGUCAGUCAGGGGAGUCGCGCCCUGACCAAUGAGCGCGCGGCCAUCGAACAGCCCGUCAUUUGCAUAUGACUGACAUUCCAGCGGCGGCCAGUCAGCGAGCGGAGCGCGUGAGAGGCCUGAUUUGCAUGUGAAUGACACAGCGCGGGCAGCCAAUCAGGGCGCAGAGCGGUAAAUGGGCAUGCGUAGGGGGGGGGAGGAGGCGGGGGCGAGGCCUUGUCCCUCCUCCCCCCUCUCAGUGUCUCAGCUCAGAGGGGGAGAGUGAAUGGUUCCUGCUGAUCCAUGUUCCGGGCCGGAGGGGAGCGGAGGGACAGCAGCACACACUCAGUCACUCAGUCACUCAGUCAGUCAGUCAGUCAGUCAGUGAGUGAGCCCCAGAGCCCGGGCCCUGCAGCCAGCCUGGGAGUAUCCUGCUCCAUCCUCCCCACUGACUAGGAGCUCCCCCUGGUCUGUGCAGCCAGGAGCUGGCCAUUGCUGCUCCAGGGAUCCUCCUGGCACAGUGCCCCAUCCCUCCUGCCAUUACAAGCAUUUGUUAUUGUUUUUCAGCCCUGCCCCUCGUGGUAUCACAGGAGAGGGCACCCGGGGGAGUGUAACACUGCCUCUGCCAGCCUCUCACAUCCAGAGAAGGCGUCACAGUCCGGCCACUCGUCCGCACCACUGGACCACCAGCUGCUCCUUUUAUAGGGUAUAACCCGGCACAACGCCUGGCACUACGCCGUGAACUUACCUGCAACCUACCUGUCAUCGCUUGGCGUUGUCACUCAGCGCAGCCGUCUGGACGUGGUCUUUAUUGUAGGAUCUUGGGACAGUCUUUCAAAUUUGUAGGUGACUUAACCGUUCCAUUGGCAUUUUUGUGGACUCCCACUUUGCCAUUGCCCAGUGGGGUCAGGAGUAUGACCAGGAAUAUUUUCUGCGGACAGUGGCAGCGCUACCCUGUGAUGCCCACCGAGGUCAGGCAGUGACCGCUCGCAGGGCACUUGUAUCGUCAAGAGACGGCGCCCCCAAAGAUCAACAUGUUCUCCUCAGAGAAGCCAAGCCCUCCCCGUGCUCUUAGCAUGUUUGGUUAGUGUUUUUAUUUGCGAAACUUUAACAAAAAAAACAAGAGAAAAGUUUCCCCCAAAAUGCAUUGGCCAGCGUAAAAAUGUAUUAAUUUUUUGUUUUUUUUCUCAGAGCAACAAAUUAGAGCAAAAAACCUUACCGCUUUCAUCAUUAGAUCCAGGUGGCGACUGCACAUAUGCGUCUAAAUAUUUUGUUUUAUGCAGAGUUACCUUUGCAAAUGGAUUGAUGCUACAUUUUAUAGUGUAGUCUAUUUUUGUUUGAGUUGUAGAGUGCAUUUCAGGAUACAUUGUGUUUUUUUUGUUUGUUUUUUUGGGUGGGGUGUCUUAGUGUAAAGGCUGACUUUUGUACCCUUUUUCUAAUGCCAUGUGUAGGUGCUGUGCGAGAUCAGUACAUGUGGUGCUUUAGGAGAUGUGUGUUGUAAGUGUUAGGAGUACACAUCUGUGAUUGAGGUCAUAUAACCAUGAGCCGUGUGUAAAUGUGUGUGAGCAGUUUCAGAAGGAGGGAGUGGGAGGGAUUUCGUUAAUGUGCCAGUCACUUGCCACCCCCGCAACCUCCUCCCAGAUACAUUCUGCUCCCCGAUCUGGUCCAGCCCCUGGUUGUAAAUGAUUUAAUAAAGUCGUGCGCUAAGUGGGGAGUCCUUCCAGCAACCCCCCACCCCCCUUUAAGCGCCAUAACCACACUAAGAUCUUGACAAGACCAUAAUGUGGAUGACUGUGUCUGUAUGCUUUAUAGUAAAUAAAUCUGAUUUGGCGAUAGAUUUAAUUUCCCACAGCAGCAUGUUUGAGGAGUGAUGGGUCUUGUAUGUCAAUAAUAAUAAAAGCUAAAUUUGGUAUAUAUUAUAACGUUCGGUUAGAAUGGUGCUACAGGUUGUGAUUUUUAUUUUUUAACCCAUUACUAGAGGGGCUGGAAACAGAUUCCUUUUUAAUGUGUUUGAAUUCUCUGGUAGCAUUAGAAUCAACAUCCAGAAAUGAUCGUGUGCGAUUCAAGUGGGGCAGUGUGUUUGACUGAAUUUUGGGUUCUAAAGUUGCAUUAUUUAAGAUUUAUUCAAUUAGCAGUUAAUUGUGAAUAUGCCCAGGACUGAUUUGCAAACGAGGUGGUUACAAAAUAGUGGUACGGGCGAAUUUCAGAUGGGUAUGGUAUAUUGACAAAUAUGCUUACUUGGCUAGAUUUGUCAAAUGGAAAAUGGGCUGAAUGCGUUCCAUUUGAAACUGAUUAUUGUGUGCUGCCUGGGUGAUGAUGGGAAUUAACUGCACAAGAGUGAUUUGUUUAUACCGGGGUUUGACCUAUAAAGGGUGCCACGGGAAAGAAGCAUGGGGCUUCACAAUUUCAGUUUACCAAUACUGUUGCUGGGCAAGUGGCUUAACAUAAAAAGGCCACACACAGGAAUGUGGAUGUUGUAACAUAUGGUAACCCAGUGUUUAGGUUGUCUGGAUACCCAGGAAAUUUACCGUACUAGAACGGCCAACAAGUCAGACUUCUACCAGUAGAUCUACAACUCCUGUUGUACAUCUAUUGGGGUCUGUGUUUGUCUCCAUGUUAUUAUAUAUAUUAAGCCAGGCUCUAUAGAUACAUUUAUAUAGCAUGUUUUGUUUGACUUGUAUUUGACCCAUUUGAGUUUAGAGUUUAAUUAUUUUUUUCUUAACAUUUUCUUAAGUUCUUCCAUCAUAUUGCAGGGGUUUUUGCGUGUGAUUGGCGAAAGAUUCCUGAUAACACUUCAUUUUGGAGCCUAAUAUGUCUGUGCACACAUCACUAAAUGCAGCCACACUGACCUCUGCACAAAUAAAUGCUGCAUACACACCCACAUUCAUCCCUUCACGGAUGUAAACACAUGUGCACACAGACAUAUAUUAAUUGACUUCAUCACAAAUGCAACCCCCUUUAUUUUAUGUUAUCUGAUCCAUUUCUAUCCAUCAUGAAUAUUCCUCACUUUUACAGAAAAUAACCUUUUAUUUAAAAAAUCAUCAAGAUGCAUCAAUAAAUGUAUGUGUGAAUACAUAAUCCAUUCUAUUCAAAUACUCUCCUUGUUGGGGAAACCAACAAGGGACAAACCAUGCUUACUUUUCACCUACUGAGCUGCUGCAGAAUUUAGAUGGGGAACUGCAAGCUUACAUGUCCAGAGAUGCUCUUGGAGAACCUGUUCUUGCUGGUUCCUGAACGAUUAUCUUUUUGAUAAGUUUAUUAUGACCAUUUCCAAAACCCCAGAUUUUGUCAUCCCUUGCUGUGUUUGGUCAACAUUUGACAGCUAGAGAGAUAUCUAGUAAAAAGCAGAGACACUAUUCUAGUGGGUCAGAUUGUACCCCUGGUAUGCAGUUUAGCCAUAUUUUUCUUUUGAUAUAUUUAUUUAGUGACAGAAUGUUAUGGUAAUAUAAAUUGUACACCGAUUUUAAGCAAAAUUGCAACUAUUUUCAUAACACCAACAUAUUCUGGAACGCCGUAAACGAGGCAAUCCUUCAAUUCUAACAAAGCACAUUUGGCGUAUGGGAAGAGGGUCCUGCCGAAACAAGCUUACAAACGAACUCCCACAUAUCACAAUUAUAUUUCUUUAUUUUUUUCCUUGAAAAGGUGCCUCUAAAAUUCUGCUUGGAAAAUUCCCCUCCCCCUCCCAGAAUGCUUUGCAAGAUAUGCAAAUAUAUCGUUUGCAUUUUUUUGCUCAUCACUUUAUUUUUGGCUGGGUUGGGAUUUAAGUUGCCAUUCACAGUCAGGAGUAGUUUUAUUUUCCGUAGGGCUGUACAAUGGGUAAAAUUUUAAUGGUGCCAAACUCAUUGAGGUAUGCGGGAACAUGAAGUGAUCGGAUCCAUGAUCACCGUUUACAGGAUGGCCAUACAGUAUUGCGGUGUAGAAUACCUUAUUGAUUAAUACAUUCCAUAAUGCAGUAAUCUGAUCCUUUGCAUCUGCAUCUCUGGAAUAACAAGUCAACUGCAAACUAUAUAAAUAUGCAUACAUUCUCAAUUUAUAUCCAAGGUCUUCUGUCUCCUUUCAUUGUUGAUGUAGACUAGAAACACGUAUAAAACCAGCAGCUCUGUAUAUAACACUACUAGGCCUGGCAGUGUUUGACGCACCAUCACAGUGCUGCACUGUGUGGUGGGUAAUUGGGGUAGCUGUCAGGUAGUGCUGGAGGGAUAAUGGUUGCGACGUGAGGAUGUGGUAUACCAAGGCUAGCGCCAAUGAGUAAUUGGAGGUUCUAUCUUGUGUUGGGGCUGUUGUUCACCCCUUGUUUGUGUGUGGCCAGGGUGUUCAGGAAUGUGAUGGGGUAACUGAACACACCAGGUCCCGUUGUGUAUACGGGUUGGAAGUGUUUUCUGUGUUGUGUUGCCAUCGAGUUGUUCUAUUGUAGCGGGGCUGUUGAUCAGUGCUGGCAUAGGUUUUGUGACGUAGUUCUUGAAGAACUCCAUGGGGUUUUAAUGGCUAUAUGCACCAGUGACUGAGACCCCUCCUAAUUCUUGGUUGUGUAAACAUCCCUUGAUGCACCUGGUGUGGCAUAAUUGAAAUCUAGCAAAUUAAUAUAAUUGCAAACAAAAUGUGUGUGUGUUUGGCUCUGUCCUUCCUGAUGUCCAUGCUGUGUCUGUGACAUGUAUCUGUAAAUGUUUACAUAUAUAUACUGAUGGCAAUGCUUACACACUGUCUAUAUGCAUGAAUUUAUGCUGCACAGCAGGGGUGUUUUGAACAUUGUAUGCUAAUAUAGUGUACCUUGUAAAGUGUGUUUACGUGGAGCUGUGCCCAUCCCGUGUCACUGGACAUUUCUGAGGUUGUUUGCAAGGUCAGGGCAAUUCUGAGAAAACAGGAACUGCAACAAAGAAGCCCUUCCUGCCCCAACCUCCUUAGCUGUGCUCUCUCUGGCUCUGCUUAGAAGCAGCAUGCUUUAAUUACACCAAUCUGUUUACCUCACUUUAUACCAGGGCAGUCCAACCUGCGGCCUCCCAGAUGUUGCUGAACUACAACUCCCAUGAUUCCCUGGCUAUCUGUUUAAUUGAAAGAAUCAUGGGAGUUGUAGUUCAGCAACAUCGGGGGGGGGGGGAGCUCAGGUUGGACAGGCCUGCUUUAGACCUUCAAUGGCUGGCCUGGCCCCCAAAUGUUUUGGAACGACAUAACCCAUAAUGCUCAGCCACCUCUAAAGGGAAUGCUAUGAGGGAAUCACUGCACCUUUUCACCCAGCUGUUAAUUAAUUUUUAUGUAUGUGCACAUUCAGGUCCCUUUUAUCUGGCCCCAAACAUGUUGAAUAAUUGCACUUUGAGUCCCUGGCAUGUAUGACUCUCAGAAAAUGAGCAGAUGAGCUUAAUUCUACUUAUAAAACUGACCAUGCAUUUAUAAAUGAGUAGUGAUUUCCUGUAAUCCAUAAACUUUAAAGAGGAACUACCACUUCCUUCCCAGGAUUUUUUUUAGUAUUUAUUAGAAAUAUGCAUUUUUAUGAGGUCUGAAACAUGAGAUGUAGAAAUUCCCAUAAUAGGAUUGGGUGCCUUCACCAUGGCGUCUCUGUGUCAUUGUUAUAAAUGUUGCCCUUUUCUGCCAUUAAAUAUAGUAAAAGAGGAGAAACGGAAGUAAUGUUUCUGUUAUCUUCCUUAUUUGAAUUGUGUGUCUUGGUUCUGCUGGGAUAGAACCAGAUCAUGAUGCCACUUGCUAAAACUUUACAAUGUAGAAAUAAGGGUAAGACGAACGUUCUAGUCCAGGGAUAGGCAACCUUCGGCACUCCAGAUUUUUUGGACUACAUCCCCCAUAAUGCUCUUACACCCUUAAUGUUGGCAAAGCAUCAUGGGAGGUGUAGUCCAAAACGUCUAGUCAAUGAUUUUGGUUUUUAGAGGAGUGUCAGUUCCACUUUAAAAAUAAUUAAUUGGAUUGGAGAAUAUGCUUUUUCACUAUCUGAUCUGUGAUUUAGAAAGGCUGGAUUUAUUUUAAUAUGUAGCAUACACUUUUAUUUGCAAAUAUUUAUUAUUGUAUUUAUUUAUUCAUUUCCUGUUUUAAACUUAAAGGGACACAAUAGUCAAUAAAACUACUUUAGCUUAUUGAGGCCGUUUUGGUAUAUAGCUCAUGCCCCUGCAGUCUCACGGCUCAAUAUAUUGCCAUUUCUUAGUUAAAUCACUUUGUUUAAGCAGCCCUAGUCACACCUCCCAUGAAAAGAGAGCUCUAAUGUUUAAACUUCCUUACUUGCACAGUAUGUUCAAUUUAGAAUUGAUCUCCUGCACUGUUAAUAGCAUGUUGUAGCCUCCUAUGUGUGAUUAAAGUUUAAUUUAAAGUGUUAAGAGUAAAGUAAGUUAAUAUCUGAAAAUGAAAGCAUUUUUUUUCAUGCAGGCUGUGAGAGUCACAGCCAGGGGAGGUGUGGCUAGGUCUGCAUAAACAGAAGCAAAAGUGAUUUUACUCCUUAAUGGCUAUUGAGUAUUGAGCAAGACUGUGGGGACAUGAUCUAUAGAUCAACAUUGCUUUGUCUAAAAAUAAAUUAACAAAUCUCCUGAGAGUUCCUUGGUUACUAGGAGGAAGUGGCUGAAAGGAACGCAUACCUCUUAAAGGACCACUAUAGUGCCAGGAAAACAUACUCGUUUUCCUGGCACUAUAGUGCCCUGAGGGUGCCCCCACCCUCAGGGUCCUCCUCCCGUCUGGCUCUGGAAGGGGGAAAGGGGUAAAAACUUACCUUUUUCCAGCGCUGGGCGGGGAGCUCUCCUCCUCGGAUUCUCCUCCCCGUUGGCUGAAUGCGCACGCGCGGCAAGAGCUGCGCGCGCAUUCAGCCGGUCACAUAGGAAAGCAUUAUCAAUGCUUUCCUAUGGACGCUGGCGUGCUCUCACUGUGAAAAUCACAGUGAGAAGCACGCAAGCGCCUCUAGCGGCUGUCAAUGAGACAGCUGCUAGAGGAAUUGGGGGAAGGCUUAACCCAUUCAUAAACAUAGCAGUUUCUCUGAAACUGCUAUGUUUAUAAAAGAAUGAGUUAAGCCUAGCUGGACCUGGCACCCAGACCACUUCAUUAAGCUGAAGGUGUCUGGGUGCCUAGAGUGGUCCUUUAAAGUUGUAGAACCGCAACACCUAUGAUGCUUUGCUGGGCUUAAAGCAGUAAAAUCAGCACUGACUAUGUUCUGUGCUAGAGGGUAUUUAUUUUUAUUUUUUUUUAAAUUUCCUGCUUGACUCACUUCUUUUUUUUUUCAGUUUGGACUAAUGUAGAGCCACGAUCUGUUGCGGUGUUCCCUUGGCAUUCCCUGGUACCUUUUCUGGCUCCAAGCCAACCCGACUCAUCCGUCCAGCCCAACGAGGGACAGCAGCCCGUCAAUCACCCUGGGGGAUUAAAUCAGAGCAAAGGUAAUCCAAAUUCCUGUUUCCCCAAAUCACUAGUCAUGUCAUAUGCUUUGGUUAUCACAAGGGCUUCUUUCCUAUUCUCCUCAGAGCCCCCAGAGUCUGCAUCGGUGGCACAUGAACCUAUGACUGUGCCGAGCAACGAUGAGGAUAGGUGUGUUGCUUCCCACACAGACACAGGGCCUCCACCUCCUAGUGAAGAGCAUACGAAGCACCCACCGCAUCAAGAGAGCAUAACACAGGGUGCCACUGGGGACCAGAGAGGGGAUAGUGAGACUGAGAGUGACCACGAUGACGCGUGAGUGAGACCACACUACAGAUCUCCUAUUCCCUCCACACAUUUUUCUGUCCACUCUGCCAGGCUCUUGUAGUACAAAGCAACUUAUGGGCAGUGCGUAUCCUUUUGUUAGGAACCAAGGUAUAGUGGGGUAACAGUAGUGCCCAGUUUCUAUGUUUCCCUUGUAGUGUAGUGUAGCGUUUGGUGUGGGCAGUUCCAGAUUUUUGUUUUUACCAUUACCAAUGAUGUAAGGGCAGUGCUAGGCAUGUUACGGAUUGGCAUCGUAUGGCGACUACCUAGAAAAUAUAUUGUAGUAGGAGUUGAUUUGGUAGUGAACAUGUCUUUAUUCUCUGUGUAGUACAUUGUUUAGGGUGGGUGGUGCCAGCUUCUGUUGUUCUCUUACAAAUAAUGUUGUGCUAGCAGCGCCACUUAUUUCUUUACUCCAGGGUAGAAAACAAAUUCUCCUCCUUCAGUCCUUUUACAGACUUACAUUGGUUAAUGCAGUUAGUAUUUGGCCCAUCUUGUUUGCUCAUAUUCUCCUCCUUUUAAACAAAUGCCUCUUUGUAGUAAAGUCCCAACUAGCUUUUAUAUAGCUAACUAUAUGUCAACUUGCUUGUUACCCAAUUUCAUUGUGGAGCAUGACUGUCCCAUAAAUUCAUGUCCAGCAAUGGUUUCUCCGUACCAAAAGAUCUAGCGGUUUAUGGGAGAAUUGACAAGGCAAUUGCUGUUUUUGGGCUAAAAUGGCUAAUAGGAUCAAUUCUUCACCUUUGGACCAAUAUCUGUAAUUUCUAGAUAAUUCACAUUCAGAGUUUGAUUGUUCAUGUUUUAUCCGUGCUAACUAUUCUCUCUCUGAUACAGGUUCUUUUCUAUUGGACCACCAGACUUGCAUCUUCCAGUACAUGCUGGGAAGCGUCGGACACAGUCUCUUAGUGCUCUUCCCAAGGAUCGAGACUCUUCCUCUGAGAAGGAUGGACGAAGCCCCAACAAAGUGAGUCUGCUCUCAGAAACACAAAUGAUGUUGUAGAGCUGUUCAGGUUGUGAUUGCUAGCAUAACAUCUUAACAUAUCGGGCAUAGGACAUUCCUAGCAAUUGCAAAAUAAGGAAAAAAAAUUGACACUUCCCUCUUAUAUGUCCAUAGGGUUUCAAAUUUCUUACACUACUAGUAAGUGACUUGCAGUGGCGAGUCCAUUUUAUGGCCCUGCGAGGGACUUGCCUUUUUUAAGCUGGAUGUGUAUGAGUAUAUUUACACAAUAUUCUAUGUAUAGAGCUCAAAAUUUCAUUUUGCAACUAGCUAUUAAGGAGUAAUAUUUUAAGCUGGGAAAUAGAAAUUCACCCCUGGUGACUAGGCUUUGAUUUACACUGUGAGUAACUUUUAAAGCCUAGCUAGUGGCAUAGAAUUUAGGAUAGUAUGCCCCUUGUACAUAUGUUUAUAUAUUAUAUUGUGUGUAUUUUUCUUCUUUUUGCCAGCGAGAGAAAGAUCAUAUUCGCCGUCCCAUGAAUGCCUUCAUGAUCUUCAGUAAGAGACACAGAGCCCUGGUGCAUCAGCGCCACCCAAAUCAGGAUAAUCGUACUGUCAGCAAGAUCUUGGGGGAGUGGUGGUACGCUCUGGGGCCCAAAGAGAAGCAGAAGUAUCAUGACCUGGCUUUUCAGGUACUGGAGAUGAAAAAGGAGGUCCAUUUGAGCUUGCUAUUGAUCCAAAUAGCUUGCUGUAAAAAAAGGCAUUCAUUAAGCUGUACAUGAAUCACCGACUGAAGGCCAGGUUCAUCUGAAAAGACCAGAUAUAGAUUAGUAUAGUAUUGAAUUAGGCAAAAUACUGUGAAAAUAUGGAGUUUGAGCAGAAAUAAGGCCAUUGGUACAUGUGCCAUGAUUCAACAGGUGAAACGUUACUGGUCAGGAUAAAGCUUUUUGUUCUGGAUGCUCUUAUGGAAAUCUGAAGUCUGUUUAUUGAUCUUUUUCAAAUGGAUUCAUUUUGGCUGUCAGUUAGCACUUUCCCUUUAGGUCUCUAUAAUGUGCCAUAUUCUCAAUCUUCCACUUUUUGUUUGCCCCAGGUGAAAGAAGCGCACUUUAAGGCCCAUCCUGACUGGAAAUGGUGCAACAAGGACCGCAAGAAGUCCAGCUCAGAUGUAAAGCAGGUUAUACCAGGUCACUGGGGUGUUCACAAGGAGAUGAGGGAGAGAAGCAUGUCUGAGACAGGGACCACGGCAGCCACAGGGGGUGAGACACUCUGCAGAGCCUAGCCUGGCGCCCUGUCUUUGGUCAUGUCUCUUGUCUCCGUUGUUGGCUUCUUUUGUUUUUUGUUCUGUUUUUCAUCUUCCCUUUCUUCUGCUUGUUACAGUCUCUAUUGGAUUCCAGCUUUUCUCCUUCAAUUCAAUUUUCUUCAUGUUCCAUCUCAACCCUUGUUCUUUGUCUUGAUCCUCAGUGUCUUCAGAAGGUCCCCCUUCAGGACACCUCUUGGCCUCUGAGCCAAAGUUGGGAGCUCACUCUUCAGGGCCGCCCCCUGGAGACCGCCUGCCUCCGUCCUCCAGCUCCACCUCUCAGCUAACCAGGCCUCGAGCCUUCUCUCAUAGUGCAGUACAGAGUAUGGAGCACCGAGAUGACAGUCAGGCUCUGCAAGAGCUCAAACAGGUAUGGGUCAGCUCAUUGUGUAACCAUUGGAGUGCCACUUGUGCAAAGCACAAUAUAGUUAUGUGCACAAUUCCUCUCAUACCAGAAUUACAGAAGAAAGAUUUUACUGAUGAUCUACAAAUGCCUGUUUAUUGUUUCCUCCUGCUCCAGAUGUGCUCCAGCAGAUCUCCAUACUCCAAUCAGAAAGCCACAUUUGGGACCCCAGAGUCUUCCACAUUCUCUACUCCCACAAUCAGCGAAGCCUCUGCAUGUCCUGCGUCCAGAACCUGUCCUCCCCUGCCUGGUUCAUACUGUCCUCAACGCACAGCCAGCGAGGACAUGACCAGCGACGAGGAGAGAAUGGUCAUUUGUGAGGAGGAGGGAGACGAUGAUGUCAUAGGUGAGUUUCUGUCUAAAUUUUCGGAUGCAGGUCAUUCAUUGUGACUGACUUUCCAUGAACUAUUUUUCUUUUAAAAUACCUAGUUGGCCAUGUCAUUUCACUUAUUUUUUUUUAACCAGUCUUUCAUUGCUUUUCCAUAGUGUCUUUUGCUUUUCUUUACUUCUUUUAGUGAUUACAAGUUCUCUCUCUUUAAUUUUUCUUUCCAGCUGAUGAUGGAUUUGGCUGCCCAGACAUAGACCUAAAGUGUAAAGAACGUGUCACAGACAGCGACAGCGAGGGUGUCUCUGGGGAUGAGGUAGAGAGGAAGGUAUGUUUGGAAGGAAGCCUGGUCUAUUGGAGAAUUUAAGGAGCAUAAUAGACAGAGAGUGACCCUUCCUUUUUUUUAUUAAAUAAAAUUGAUAAUUUGUAUAUCAUUUUUGUAUUUUAAAAUAACAAAGCAGAAAUCAAGAAUCAUUCGUUCUUUAUCCUUGUCCUGAUUGCUCAUUUGAUUUGACCCCUUCUAGGUGCCUGCACAGGGAGUCUUCUCGCCUGUUAUACGGCCCUCCUCAUUAUCCGGCACUUACUCCCUUUCCAAUGAUGAUGUGAAGUCCGAAAGAUCCCCAAACGUGUCACAGUCCCCAAAAACCAGUGACCACCCACAGACUUCUUUUCCCCGUGGAUAUCCCCCUCUUCCUCCUGCUAAGCCCCCUCCCAGGCCCCCCGCUCAGCAUCCUACCAAAAGACCCCCAGAGGUGCGGUUUACCAUGGUGAACCCUAGCAUUGGCUACAAAAGAAAGCGCAGUGUAGAGUGCGGGGGGCAGAAGGUUUCCGUAGAGGUUUCGCUCCCUGUGUCUCAGUACACCACGUACACAACUCAGUCCGUCAUUUCCUCUGGUCCGCCCCAAGCUCUGGUUAUGCCCAGUUUACCAAGUACCUAUCCUUCAAGCACAGUAUAUUCUUCUGCACCGAGGCUCUAUGAAGCACACAAGGGGACUUCUGACAAUCGAUCCCAUGUUUCCACCAUGGGGACCGUACUUGUGUCAGGGCCGCAAGGACUUGGUAUUCUGCCCACUGGUUUAAAACCAGCCUCCACAGCCGUUACCAAUGUGGUAAGACCUGUUAGCAGCACCCCUGUGCCUAUUGCCAGCAAGCCCUUGCCAGUUUCCAGGAGCAGCAGUAACAGCGAUUUGUGCGAAGGCAGGAUAUCUGGUUCACCUGUGGGCAUUGGAGUGGUGUAUGCUCAUGAAAGGAAGCCAAUUCAGCAACUGGCAUCCCCAGCUACUUCUUCACAAACACAGGGCAAGCCAGCUGGCGGGCUGGUAACAAAUCUACUUGUAGGGGCACCAAAUUAUGGACAGCCAGCACCCAGUUCUGGGACUGGGACAGGCCCUGCUCCAGUAACCGCUGUACAGUUCAUUACCCAGAAUCCCACAGGCAGUCCCAAUGGAGCAGUACCGCUAGGAAUCCUGCAAUCACAGCAGCUGCUCCCUGCUGCCCCAGGCAAGAGGGGCAGCAUUACACAAGUGCAGUACAUCCUACCUACCAUCCCACAGCAGCUGUCAGGAGGCACAGCAACAAGCAUUCACUUUACCCUUCCUCCAACCAACGCUAAGGUCAUUGCAGCCCCUCAAGCCCUUCCAAUCGUUCAACCUGGGCCUGCUGCCAGCCCAUCAGUGGGAAUCGUGUCUGCUGCUGGCAAAGGUAGGCAACUCUAUAUAUCGCCUUGUCAUUUUCCAUCCUCUGCACCUGGUUCAUUUUGAAUCUCACCUCUUCCUUAAUUUUCUUUCCCUUUUAAACCUCCAGCUCAAUCUGUGUCUCCUGCCCCCACCCCUGGAGGUGCCACUCAGCUGCUUCCUGGCCCAGGAAUUCUUUCACCCAACACACAGGUUCAGGGAAAGAUGCUUGUCCCCAUGACCGCUCCCCAUGUAACUGUGCGUACUGGACCCACUGCACAACUCCCUCUAGUUACCCCUCCCUUCCCCAUACAAAAUGGAGGACAGCCCACCAACAAGGUACUGCAAUGAUUAUAUAAUUGUCCUUUGCUCUUAUCUAUCAAUAUUCUUUUUUCUUUGAAUAUUUGCUUGUUCUCAUAACCACAGAACUUAUUGUUUGACAUAUAACCCUGUUUGCUUUUUUUCAUUUUUAAACUCUGCUUUUAGAUCCCUGCUUCAACCCUUUAAAUCUCUUGUUUAUAUUCUGAUUUCUCCUCUUUCAGAUAAUUCAGAUCACUCCCAUGCCUGUGGUUCAGUCACCUGCUCCACCCCAGAGUGCCUUAGCGAACCCAGGCAGUUCCACACUCCAAAGUGGUAUCCCUGUCACCAUGGCAACUGCCACUGUAAUGGCAGCAUCAUCCCAACCUCAGAAAGUGAUCUUGCCACCUUCCACCAGGUAAAAAUAAACAUGCAACAGUGCAAUAUUUAUAUAGAUCAAAGUAAAAAGUUGUAGAAUUACAACACAUUCAGAUGAAGUGGGAGGGGAGGAAAUGUUCUAAAAUCUGGCCUUGAUUGCAGUAUUGCUUUUGCAGUCAGUAUUGAAAUUUUCAAAAAACUAUGGAGAAUAAAUUGCAAGUGGGAUUGCUUAGUUGUAAAUUAUUCCAAUCUCCCCCUUUGCUAUGUUUAACCUACUGUAUUCAAGACAUUUGUUUUUACGCUGUGGCUUUUUAUUUUUCUUUAAAGGGACACUAUAGUCACCAAAACAACUUUAGCUUAAAGGAGCACUAUAGUGCCAGGAAAACAAAUUAGUUUUCCUGGCACUAUAGGGUUAUUAGGACUCCCACUGGGCUGAAAGGGUUAAAACCCCUUCAGUCACUUACCUUAUUACAGCGCCCUCGGUGCUGAUGACCUCUCCUCCCCCCGCCGCCAUCCGCUCCGAAUGUGCAUCUGUGAUCAGAGCCGCGCGCGCAUUCAGACCGCCCAUAGAAAAGCAUUACUCAAUGCUUUCCUAUGGACGUCCAGCGUGUCUUCAAUGCGAUUUUCGUAUUGAGGAUUGUGGAAGCGGCCUCUAGUGGCUGUCAGGGACACACCCACUAGAGGCUGGAUGAACCCUCAAUGUAAACAUUGUUUACAUUGAGAUGAAGUGGUCUGGGUGCCUAUAGUGGUCCUUUAAUGAAUCAGUUUUGGUGUAUAUAUCAUGACCCUGCAGUCUCACUGCUCAAAUUUGUGCUAUUUAGGCGUUAAAUCACUUUUGUUAUGCGGAACAUCCCUUCAUGUGACUUGCACAACCUUUCUAAACACUUCUUGUAAAGAGUCAUCUAAUGUUUACACUUCCUGUAUGUCAAAUUCUGUUUAAUUUACAAUUUUGUACCUCCUGCCCUGUUAAUAGCUUUUGCUAGACCCUGCAGGAGCUUCCUGUGUGUGUGAUUUAAGUUUAAUUUACAGAGCAGGAGAUUAAAACUUCUAAAGUAAGUUAACAUUGGAUUGAAAAUUAAACCAUUUUUUUUUCAUGCAGGCUUUGUCAGUCACUGUCAGGGGAGGUGUGCAUAGGACUGCAUAAGCAAAGUGAUUAAACCCUAAAUGGCAUGGAAUUGAAAAGUGAAACUUUACAGACAUGAUCAGGUUGUUUUGGUGACUAUAGUGUCCCUUCAAUGGUCAAAGCACAUACACCAAUAACCUCCUUGUUUAGAUGUCUAAUUACUUUUGACCAAUGGAGGUAAUGUUACAGCUCUCAAUGCUUUCGGACAGACAGAAUCAUAUAUGUCGAUAAGAUCGAGUGAUAACACAGCUGACAAAUUUCAUGUUUAGCCUAUAGACCAUUUUUGUGUUUUAGUCCCUGCCUGUGUCUACUCAUUUUUCAACUCCACUAAAAGAAGGCAGUGGUCUCACCAAACCUUCUUUUACUUUGGGUCAGGAUCACAUAUGUGCCCUCUGCAGGGGGUCAAGCGCUCCCCCUGGUAACCAGCAGCUCUCACUGCCAGACGGUACCUGCUGGCUCCACAACCUGUGUUCAGACCCAACUGGGGACUGGGUCUAUGGCCCUUGGAUUCACAACCAUCGGACCAAGUGGGCAAGCAAUCGUCCAACCACUGUUGGCAGGUAAGAGAUCGAGGCCUUUUAAUGCAGCACCGAGCACUUGGUAGUGGCAAGCAUUGCAUGCUGGGCUUGAGCAGCGUAUAUAGGAUAAUGUGUGCACUAAUCUGCACCAGUAUGGCUGUCAUUUCUUCAAUUCCUAAAGCACACAGCCCAUAGGUUUCCAUGUUUUCUACAUGAUCACAUCAUAGAACUUAUUUGAAUACAUUGCUAACAAUUACAGGUAUCCAACUAGUAAAUGUUUUAUAUAAAGUGUCCUCCUUGCAGAUCAGGUCUAUUUUUAAUGUGGUUCAGUCACUAAGGGCAAAGGAAAAAUAAAAGGAGUAAAGAGUAAAACGUUUUUAUUAGCCCAACUAUAUAUUCAUUGCUCUUGAGUGAUGUAGUGUUAAAGGGACACUAUAGUCACCAGAACAACUACAGCUUAUUGUAUUUGUUCUGGUCAGUAGAAUUAAUCCCUUUAGGCUUUUUGCGGUAAACACUGUCUUUUUUUCACAAACAAUGCAGUGUUUACAUUACAGCCUAGUAAUACCUCUACCAGCCGAUGGCUACUAGAGGUGCUUUCUGGGACUGUAGUGCACACUAUGCAUUCAGUGUCUCCAUCCACUCUUUUUUUUUUUUUCUUUUGUUCUUUUGUUUGACUUGUGCUGGAUCUGCCUUGUUGACAGUCUCAGCCAAUCCUAUAGGAAACGUAUUGUGAUUGGCUCAGAAAAUCACUUCUGGUGAUGUCAGCCAAGCAGGCAGAUCAGGGGCAGAGACAGCAGCUGCAGGCUUGAAUACAAGUAAGAUUUUAUAGUAUUUAGGUGGGCAAGGAGGGAUUAGGGGAGGCAAGAUGGUGGUUCCUUUAAUUACAAGCCCGGCCCAAAAUUUAGCCAGAUUGCAAUGUUCUAGUAUUGUAGUCCCUUUACCUCUUAUAGAGCCAUGUUUCAACUACUUUUUUACUUAAAAUGUUUGUUUAUAUUUUGUGUAUUUUUUAUUUUUUUUAACCGGAUCACAAGCAGUUGUAGAUAUUCUCCAUUUAAAUGUCCUAGAUCACUAUACUUUUUCUGCAUCUUUGUUUGAUGAUUUAAUUUUUAAAUGUGUGAAUUUAAUAAAUUAUUUUGUUAGCAACUGUAAAUUGUUGCCUGACUUAUUGUUUUUGUUUGUUUUUGUCCUAGGUCAGAGUCAGCUUCUUACCCCUGGGCAAGUGGCUGUUUCUCCAGCCUCAACUCCUCCUGUGCCCUCAUCAUGUAGCAACCAAGUCUUAACCGUUUACCCCUCAGUUGGGUCCAACACCCUCACUGUUCCUGCUCCUCCACCUGCACAGAGCCUGGUGUACACUGUGGCAAGCACUGGCAAUAUGUCAGCUGCUCCUGCCACCAUCCUGCCUAAGGCUGUUGCUUCCACACAGAUGAACAGUGCUUCACCACUACCAUGUACAGGAGGAAAUACCAACCAGGUUGCAACUGUCACCGGUAUGUACAUGUGACUGUACGUUUGUCUAUUUUAGUCAUUGUUAACUUUUGGCACUCCCAACUGUUGCGAACUAAGUUUCCUUUUGUUUUGGCUACUGAGCCUCAUGGGUCACAUACAAAAAUUGAAAUAUGUCAUUUUUAUUUAUUUGUUUAUGGGAACAUCUGUUGUUCUAUAUUUUGCAUAUUUGCAGGAUUCACCAGUUAAAUCUGGAAAAAGUUAAUAAAGGAAUGGUAAAUAAUACAAUGGUGUCUGUCAAAGCGUAGACUAAAUGGUGUUAAACAUAAAGCCAACGUUCUCUUUAAUGUGUUCUGAAAACUCUUUUUGCUUAAAUGCUUCUUUAUUUCCAAUUAGAAGUGUUUUGUUUAAUGUGUAUGUUAUGUCAAAGCCAUUUCUCGAGAUCAAAGCAGACUGGAGCUUUGUGGUUUAAAGCGGAACUGCAAGUAAAAAUUCCUCAUUCUUGUACCCCACUAAAUGCUAUUGAAGUUUUACUGGGGUGACAAGUAACACACAUCCCAGUAAAUAGAUGCAUAUUUGGGCGACUGCAGAGAAAUGCUGCACCAGUGCAUCUGGCAAAUUGAUGGGGAAUAUGUCAUUCAGUGUUUUAAAGAGACAAUCUCAUAUGUAGCCAGAUAGUUACUCCGGUCUCCACUGACUUCAAUUAGAUUUUUUUUAUUUUCAGCUAAACAGCUCAGGAAUAGUCUGCAAAUUAGAUUUUUCUGUUUCCUGACUCUGAUGCUUUGAGUGUUCUCAACGUGAAUACAGUACAAAGCUCAGGCGCGAAAAAUCUGGCACCCAUGGGAUUUUAGGAAUUUUUAUAUAUUUAUAUUUUCUUUUCUGAAUUUUUAUCUUUGGGUAAGUACAGUAUUGUGGUAAAAUAAUAUUUUACAUGAAUUCUUCUAAUAUUUGUACUUUCUGUGACUUUUCAGCUGCCUCCGUUACCUUCAGUCUGGUAACACCGAAGACUCAGAGGAACCUUCCAAAACCACCUCAAAAAGUGAAAGCUGCCAUUGCAAACAUCCCAGUGGGGUCAUAUGAAGUGACACCGCCAUCCACGUGUGUGCGUUCCACCCCACGCCACUCUCCUUUACCCCCAAGGGAAGAGAACACGGAGUCUAGGUAACCUGACCCAUAUUUUUUUUUUUUUUUAUUAUUCUGAACAUGGCACCCAUUCAACUCCUAUAUAUGUGAGACCGUAAUAGUAUGAUGAACAUUUAGAUGACUUAGUAUGAAAAUAUAUUGCUUUGUUUUCCUGGGUUGAAAAAAGCAGUAGAGGUGAGUUUAAUAAAAAAAAAAUCCCUUCCCUCCACCUAGCACAGGCAGCGCACUUAGGAAUUCCUUUAGUUGAGCAGAACAAGUUCAUGCCCACAGCACUAUUGGAGCUAAUCUACUUUAGAUGUCAUGCCUAGUGUGUCCGACAUUGAAUGAAUAAAUAAAAAUAUAGUUGGCUAUUCUGUUGUGCAAAAAGCUCACUCGUGACGGGGCCUCUAUCACUAAUGGGGUAUUAAGCCUACAGAUUAUUAAAUCCACAAUAGGAUUUAUUUUUAAAUGUAUUAAAAGACAAUAUUUUAAUAAUUUCUUUCGCCGGUAGGAAAUAGAAUUCUAGUUCUUAGGAGUGCUGUUGGGAAAUCUGGUGGGAAGGUUGGAGCAACAGAAGAAUAAUGGAUACCUUUGUCAUGGAGGGCGAAUGGGAGAACACACUUUGUGUUGGAGGAAACAUGUGUUAGAGGAAAUUGUUCGUUAACAGAGACGCAAGGUGGAAGGGGAAAACUUAAAUACAAUAGGUGAUGUAUAGCUAGAAAUAUUAAAGGUCCCUAGACAGAAGUUAAAUCAGAAGGGGAAAAAAACACAAGCGCACUUAGUAGAGGAGAAUUAAAAAAAAAAAAAAAAUAGCAAGUGGUAACAGAAGGAAGGGAAUAAAAGAGACUUUGUGGACAUCAACGAAAGAGAGCAAAGUAACUGUUGAAAAGAGCACAUAGACCUGUAGGAUAACCAUUUAUCCAAACUACAGGCAGAUGAGAUUAGUUCUGUAAAUCAAAACAAUACAGAAAAGGAGCCACGAAGAAAGGAAAAAAAAGAUCUGAAUAUUACUUUUUUCAUGUGUAUCCCUCGUAAAGGGUAAUAUUCCUUUCUGGGGUUUUUCUGUGUGUGCUUUCACUUUACUGUGUUGGUUCGAAUUUAUGUUUUCUGUGAAUUUACAAAAAUUGAUCCAUGGGUGAUAUAGCUGCACUAUUACUAUUACUACUCUGCACCAAACCUCAAAUUUUUUUUUUUUUUUUUAAUUAGAUCUGCAAAUCAGUUGUUUUUCUAACUCUUGAUGUUUAUCCUAUAUUUCUACGUUUAAUGAAGCUUUGUCUUCCAAACUGAGCUUUGUCCAGAUGGUCGCACCUUAAUUUAUUUCCUUUCUUUCCGUCCAAUGUGUUUUUGUAUGUUUGUUCAUUUGUAUUUUUGGGAUUACCGGUACUUUGUGAUCACUUAAUAUAUGUGAGAUGUCCCCCCACCUCCCCCUUUUCAUUUAGAUCGGUCCUGUUUUUAAAAAAUAAAUAAAUAAAAAUUUAAAAAAUGGGGUGGCAAAUAAUUUUCUAAAGGCUGGCUUCAAAUACCUUUAUUUAUUACACUAAGUUCAAGUUGGCUUUUCCCUGUCUCUGAGUAUAAAACUUUUUGCAUUACUUGUGACCCAUUGUUUUUCUGAGUCACUUAGUGACUCAUAGCAUUUAUACAUCACUGAACAAUGUCAGACUGUUACUAAUUUAGAGCAAUUGGUAUAUUUUCAGGAAGAGAUUGAAAGAUAAGAAUUGAAAACGUACGUCAUUAACCAGAGUCCUUUAUUAAAAUUAAAAUGUAGGCACCUUAACACUUCAACCUUUGUGGUCAGGGUUAGGAAUUCCCCUUGUAAUUGUAACAAUUACAGAUAAGUAAACAAAUUGACCCCAGUAUUCGUUUGAAAACUAUAAUUAACAUUGAACGGUUUACUCCUCAAUUGAAGAAGUAAAGCAAUGCAUUAUACAGUUAUGUAUAGUAGGAUGUUUAUACAGUCUUGCAAUAAAUAAGGGACUGUAACGGAUCACCUGGCACCCAUGAUUGGGUACCUCCAUUGAAGGAUUCUCCUAGUGCUUCCUGAGGGCUCCAAGCACUCCAGCCAACACCAUAACCACUGUAGACUCCUCCAGAGAGCAAGACAGGAACAAGCUCUUACAAGAGCUUAGUAAUGAUAUAGCAAGGGAGUAUGACUAGCAUAGCAAUCCCUUGUAGCAGAUUCCCCCAGUUACGAGACGACACUUAAUUUUGAGGGUCAAGCAGAACUGACUGUUCUGGCACAUGCAGCCUCUUUUAUUCACAAUCCACAAACAUAGUACUGCCCACAGGGUUUUGAAAUACAACCAAUCAAUCCGUACAAUACACACAGACACUCCGACACAAAAUCCUCCCCUCUGCCUGUGAUAUGAUUACUGAACACAAUGGUUAAUAUAAUUAUCACAGGCAGAGAAAUACAGUAUUAUAAAACCUAUCACAGGGACCCCAAAACAUGCAAUACCCCCACAUAUCCAAAAUUCACCCAGAUCCGUUCAGUAGUUUGGAAGAUACAGUUUAAUGCAGAUUCUGCAGAACAUAUACAGGCUAUAUGAAAAAUAAUUACUGUAUAAUGUGUCCCCUGUUGUAUAGUUUAAAACUACUGCACGAUGUCUUUGUGCACCAAAUACCGGCGAGAUGGCACCAUGUAGAAAAGUCCAAACUGUGUCUGUGAGUUAAAAUGGCCGCCAUCCAUUGUUCUCACCAUGUGCUUCAUCCAUUGUUCUCACCAUGUGCCUCUGAUACAUGAAAUGGUGGCCACCCAGUAACUCCACAGUAUGUCCCCAGAUAGUUCUUAAAGGGCCAGCAGCAGCACAACACAAAUCCAUUAUGCCCAAAUCAUGUUUUUAAAGGGCACUACAUCCCAGGGGUCAUAGUCACAUGGCAGGAGGCUGGCAAUCAGUCUUCUCCAAUGCCCAGUGGCGAGGUCAGUUUUGCCACAGGGACUGAUUCACAGACAUCCAAUUGUCCUGAAUGGAAAACUCUAUUGCCAAAUGUUGAGUUCAGUGUUGUGAAGUGGUUAUGGUGCUUGGAGUCUCUUUGCCCAGUGGUUCAGUAUGAAACGUGGCAAACACUGAUAAAUGUAAUGUUGCUCCGUUAAACUGCAAGUUUCAUGGUUUUUGUUUUAGAUACACAGGGGAGCAUCGUGGAGUGUCUUUGAGUCGGGAAGCACCAAGAGAACCUCCUACAGCCUCUGUGAGCCCUUUCCCUCCUGCACCUCCUCAAGACCCUGCACAAGGAAAGCAGAGGAUGUCCGCGGCAGAGGAUCGACCUUCCCGAGAUGUAUGGCUAAAGAGUGUAACUGAAGAUCGAGCUGUGGCUUCCCCUCAGACUGGAUCCUUCGUACAGGCAGAUGACCAUCGAGAACCCCCCCAAUCGCCUACUAUCAAGAAAGAGCCUGGGGUAACUUGCAGAUACCAUUUACUUAAUCACAACAUCCACCAUUUUUCUGUGUGCUAACUAUACAUACAAACUCACUCUUAGCAUUUUAACAUGGCAUUACAGUAAAUUGUGAUGCAAAUUGGAAAUGAGAACUUAAAAAUAAUUUAAUCUCUCUCCUUGGUCAGUUUUCUUUAGAUUGGAAAGUAACAGUCUCGGAGAGUCGCUUAGAAACAACCAGCAUGUCACCUGCUCUACCACCAUCGUCCUCUCCGGCAGCCGUUCCAGUCACCCCAAGUGUGAGCGCUGUUGCUGGAGACAGUCGGGCCACCAGUUCCAUGUCCGAAUCUUCUGAGAGGAAAGAUGGAAUUGUCAAGAAAGUGAAAGUGCGUCCACCUCCUCUGAAAAAGACCUUUGACUCGGUAGACAAGUGAGUCCUGCAUGAGUCUCUCUGCCUCAUAUCCCACCACUAUCCCUGCUUUCUAAUCCUCCCAUACAUUUUGUCGUAUCAGACAGACAUCACACAUUCCUGCACAUGACCUUUAGUUAGAACACCAUCCUACACACCGAAACACACAACAUACACUCAUCGACAACUACUCUGGAUUCAUUCCAAUCAAGGAACCGCAUCCUUAGAGUACCUAUGAACGCUACCAUGCCCAUGUAGCUCUAGCUCUACCUGGAAGCCCUUAGCUCCAGGAUAUACUGAGACGACAAUAUUUUGCAAUCCACCCCUUAGAAAGUAAAUACAAUUGUAGCCUGUCAUUGGUUAUGUAUUGGAACAGGAAACAUCCCUGAAUAUGUACAUAUAUAUGUUAUACUUCAAAAUUGCUACCUUCACUGUUUGAUUGAUGUGGGCCUGCGAGCCCUACAUUUAUUGUACCCAAUUGCUAAUAAAAAUCUGAUUAACAAAAAAAAAAAAAUCCUCCCAUACAUUUUGCAAUAUUCUUCAGGGUGUCUUUUGCUAGUAACCAAAUAAUUCCCACCACCUCUUACCUCUUAAGUCCAGCUUUUGCUCAUACUAUCUAUUAUGCCAAUGAGUCAAAGUUUAAAUUCUGUAUGCUGAAGCAGGAGUCGUUUUAAAGUAUGUGAAAGUCAGUUUAUUUAUUCAUUUAGGUAAUUCAUUCAUCAUUCGUUAUACACCUACUUCUAAUUGGACCUUCUCCCAAUGUCAUUGAUUCAACUCACCACUUCCACUGAUUGUACCCGCUUUGUCAAUUGCAUCAUUGACCAUUUCUAUUGCCCUUUACAUAACAAACAUUGCUUAUUAGCCCACCCGUUACUAAUCUCAAUACUCCAUGUAUCCUCUGCAACUACUGAUCACUCCCUACACUGCCAUAUAGAGUACUACUCUUUUGACUUUACAGAAAGUCUCCAAGUUUUUACUCUCGGAUUUAAUUUACUGACAAGCUUUCAAACCUCCAUAUUACAGAAUACUCUCAUCUUCAAUAUUGCCCCUUCUUCUUCCUUAUAACGGGUAUCCUUCAGAGCACUGAUCUUUCUUGCAUCUCGCCUGCCUUCAUUCCUAAUAGGUUUUUAUUUUUUGGUUGCUUGACCGCCUCCCUGUCCAUUCCAAUCUACUCAUCUCUCUUAUUCUACUCCCAGCAGGGUCCUGUCAGAAGUGGAUUUUGAGGAGCGCUUUGCUGAACUUCCUGAGUUCAAGCCAGAGGAGGUUCUGCCCUCUCCAACGCUGCAGUCUCUAGCUACCUCUCCUCGUGCUAUCCUGGGUUCCUACCGUAAAAAGCGCAAGAAUUCCACUGGUAUGUGCACCGCGCUGGGGAUUGUCAGAUGCUUAGAACACCUGUUAGAAAGAGACACAGGUGUCUCUUUCAUGAUUUGGGGCAUGAUUUGCAGAACCCCUUGAUUUUUGAUAAGCUGGGAAUUCUAUGGAAGCUGUAGCACAGUAAUUUGCUGCCUGGGAGAGAUAGUGGGCUUCAAUAAUCCACCCGCACAUAUCAGGUGCCUUUACUAGCUCUGUCUGGUGUAGGAAGUGUUUAAAACUUAUUUGUUGUAUAUUUUUAUGUAGCUCUGUGACUUAAACUUAUUUUUUUCCAAUAUUUAGAACAAAUCCAUUUUAUCACUUCAAAUUGUUUUGUUAACCUGGACUUGCUUUCAGCUAGGGUCUACAGAUCUGCUUGGUUUACUGGACAUGUCUGCUCUUCUAAUAAUGUCAGUACAGGAAGGAUGUUGGCCUGCAGAGUGCAUGUGGCAUCUUAGCGUUGCUUAGUAUUGUUAAGGUUCACAAGUCCGCGAAAGAUUACCAUUGUGUUACAGUUGAGGUCUAUUCACACACAAAAAUUUACCUAUGUUGGCAUCCGGUUUCUGCUGCUUGAGAAAACUAGAAGCAGCACUGGUGCCCCAUGGGAUGACAUUAAAUGACAGACCGUGCUAAAACGGUUUGACAGAUUAUGCUGAGAUGGUGCCAUAGCAUUCUUGGUACUAUAACCACAGCAAACUGUAGUGUUUAUGGUGCUUGGAGUGUUUCCUUAAUUGCAAAAGUCAUAUGUGAUACAGAAUUCAACCUGGGAUCCUAGGAUAGCGUUUUCAUCAUAAAAGAAGUAAAUUAAAGUGCACUGUCGUGUGUGUUGUGUGCAGAUUUAGACUCCUCAACAGAAGAUCCAAUCUCACCCAAGAGGAAGAUACGAAGACGUUCAAGCUGUAGUUCCGAGCCCAACACACCGAAGAGUGCCAAGUGUGAAGGAGACAUCUUUACUUUUGAUCGAACAGGUAGGGAUAGUGCUUCCUCCUUAAUGUCCUCUGUCCUAAUGUCCUCUUGUUUUUCUGUACCUCACAAGUUUUAUUCUCCUCCUUGCAGCAAGUGAGGCAGAAGACAUGUUGGCUGAGUUGGAAUAUGAGAAGGCCCCUUACUCCUCACUGAGACGUACGCUGGAUCAACGAAGAGCUCUGGUCAUGCAGCUCUUCCAAGACCAUGGCUUCUUCCCUUCCUGUAAGCAUUAUUGGUUUGGUGGGAUUAUUGGGAAGAGAGUUUGAACUCAAGCAUGGGCAAUCGUAGAACGUUUAGAACAUACAAAUAAAGUAAGAAAUUAGAGUCGAUUAACGGAAGAAGCACAAAGACAGAUGUAAUGUUUAAUGCGAGAAUGGGUUAAUCAGGUGAACCAUGUAAGAAAAUGGAGAAGCAAGUGUGAAAAAGAUGGAGAGGGCAAAGUAAUGAAAUUAGACAUGAUGUAUAUUUAGAAGGGGAGGUAAUGACAUUGAUUAGAAGGUGGAGUGUGAGAUGGAAUGAUGAGAAGUGAGAAUCAAAGCACAUUAUAUACAGAUGAGAAAUGUGCUUUUGCACAGUUUUAGAUAUGACCUCACUUCUGUGUUCACAGGGGUUCUGUGUUUCUUAUCACUCAAAUUCUUUGUUAAAGCUCUGCUGAACUUGGCAGGAACCGACCGGCAGGUCACAGGCUACUGUAGUGUUUACUAUGUUUAACUGAAAACCAAAUUGUGAACGGACCGAGUGAUAGUGGUGUAUUCUGGUUUUGUGCUGCCCUAGGCAUGACAAAACUCAGACACCCCCUUCCAAAUUUCUAUUCCUGACAGACACGCCCUCACUGAUGCAUGCACUGACAUACACUCACUUACAGAUACACAUUCAUUGUCAAACACACAGUUUAACCAACACACACUUUCACUAAAACGUACACAUUCACAGACUCACACACUCUCACAUUCACCGACAGACACAUACACACUCACUAAGUUACGCGCACACACACUGGGGGGGACACAUACUCACUGACAGAUACACAUACACACUCAUUGACAGGCGUAUAUACACUCCGUGUCAGACACACACACACCUACUGACAGACCUACACAUUCUCUGACAAACACUCUGUGACAGACACGGAUACACACACUGAUACACACAUACAUACACACUGACAAACCCAUAUACACUCUCAGUGAUAAACAAACAUACACUUUUUGACAGACAUUUGCCUGAAAGUGCAGCCCAAUGCAAAUGCCUUGUCAACUCGCGCUAAAUACAGCGCUGCCGAGUGACACAAAGUUUGAAGCCAAGUUGUAGGUUGUAUUCAUAUUAACCCAAAAGAUUUCUUUUGGGUCCGGAUUCUAGAAGCAAUCAUACACUCUGAUUCUACUUUCUAAUGUGAUUGUGUGUUUUAGGUAGUAUUGUGCAUAUAUACCAAAAACUAACAUAACCUUUCCCUUUCUAGCUCAGGCCACCGCUGCCUUUCAGUCUCGCUACUCGGACAUCUUCCCCACUAAAGUCUGUCUACAACUCAAGAUCCGCGAGGUGCGACAGAAGAUCAUGCAGGCCGCAACCCCUACAGAACCUCCCCAGUUCCCCGAGCAUCCUUCCCCCAGCACAUCAGAGGCUGGACCCUCCGACAUGCAGCCACCCCAAGAUCCCACUUUGCGGCCAAGCGAGCCUCCUGAAACAACAUGGGAAGGAGGCCAAGAACCCCAAGAUUCUUCAAGCAGCAGAUGA